GAGGAGGAGGAGAGGGAGGGAGUGAGGUGGGGGGGGGCGCUUUUGGUGGGUGGGACGAAUGAGCGCUAUAGAAGGGGGAUGCUGCAGCCCCGUCCCCUUCAUAUCUCACUCCACCCAGCCCCAGAAUAAAAAGCACCGGUGACGUGCGCGCAGGGAAGCACCCAGCAGUAUGUGCGCGCCCACGGGAGGGGCCGAUAGAAAAUGGCGAGUCUGUGCAAAAGGCAGCAAUGCACGAUAGAGAGGCGCGGCCUUCGGCAGGAACUUGACUCUUGGAGGCACAAACUCAUUCACUGUGUAGGUAAGCUCUCUUGGCAUCGUGUGUGUGCGUGUGUGUGUCGCGGUCCGGACGGCCGGAGCGUGCCGGUGCCGGUGUUUGAGUGUGUUUCGGAGGCUGAAGGAGCAGAGAGCCGCGGCUGUAAUGCACUGCGGCUGUAGUCCACUGAAAACCUAUAGGCUCUCAUGAAGCUGUCAUUUUUUGUUGCCUGGCGCUGCCUGCCUCCCACCGGACACAGCCAAAAAGAUUCAGCUCUAAGUUUGUGCGCUUGUGUCGGAUUUAUCUUCAGGUGUCUCACCUGCGGAUUGUGUGUUUGUGAAUUGUGUGACUGCUGACUUUUCUUUUAUUCAGAGUGUGUGCGCUUUGGAGCCGCGGGGGAUUUUUAGACAUUAUUCCAUAGCUGUUUAUUUAUUGUAAGCAGGCAGUGUCACGUGUGCUGAUGGAGCUGCGCCUCAGCCAAUCAGAUCCCUCUCUAUAGGCCGGCCCGUGCCCGCGUGCGCGCACCCUGGAUUGAGUUUUUGGCGGAGGGGGGAGGGCAGUGCGCGCUCUCAAUCUCCAAACAUGCCUCCUCCUUCCUAUACUUCCCUGGAAAUCGGCUUUUGGGCGCGCGCAUUGAUGCAUUGGGGGAAAUGUCAGUGGAAAUAAUUUUUGUAUUUUAGGGGGGGAGGUGAAGAGGGGGACGGCUGUGGCAGGGAGGAAAACCGCGCUGAUCGCCUCUUGAAGCGGGUUUGGUAGUUGUGAAGGCGCGUUGUUGUGUGUUUGGAAGAAAACUCUGCGGUGCAGUUUGUCUAAAGAUAUACAGUAUUUCUAAUAUGUUUAUGAUUUUGAUGACAGCACGUGAUCUCUUGGUCUUUGCCUUAAGAUGAGCAGCGCGUGUCAGUCUUUGUCCUCUUGAUAAAAACACUCUUGGACCGUGCUUCUUAUCGCUCCCUCCAUUAGUUCAUGUCGGCUUUUAUUUUGGAAUAUCUCAUCGAUAACCCCCCCACCCCACCACCACCACCACCAGCACCAACCACACCCCCUCCUCCCCCAUCCUCCAUUUCUAUUGUAUUUCAUUAGCUCAGUUUAAUUGACCUAUCUUGAUCUGAUGGUAAGAUUAUCAUCCACUCUUCGCCUCUGAUCUCCUAACCUCUGCGGGUCUCCUCGGCUCUCAGCCCGGCUUCUAAUCUGGCUUUUAUCGGCUGUGGCAGCGGAGCAUCUCAGCCGCAGCAGCGGAGCUGGAGAUGGUGGAGAUGUUGGGGCUGUUUUUGGACGCACUUGUAUGUCCAGAUGUUGCGCGCUGACCUGUCACCUACUUACCCAUCCGAGCGUUUUAUAAUAACUCACAUGGCCUGAUUCCAGCGCGGGCCGGCGGGGCUUUUUAGAAAGCAAACCUCCUAAUGAGGGGAUGAAGUGUUGAAUUAAAAGGUUGGUAAUCUCUGACCUCUGGAUAGUGUGAUCAGCAGAGAGCCAUAAGGAAUCACAAGCAGCAAAUGUAAACAAAAGGCGUCUCCUUCUUCCUGCACUUUGAUUAUUUUGCUGUUUUUCUUGGAGAUCAUUGCACAAAGAUCUGUUGUUGUUGCUCCUAGAAAGUGAGCUUUAACCUAAUUUCCGGCUCCCAACAUAAAAACUGAUGGCUCUGCAUGCAAUGUGCCCCUCUUUGGAGUCUAAUUAGAGCAGUUUUAAUGAUUUAGUGGGUCAGUGGGUUGGGGUUAAAAGCAGAGCGGAUUCAGUGCUUCUUCCUCCUUUUUGGACGGUGCAGUUCCUCUCAAAUUAAUCAAACACUUACUGUGGAUAUAAAUCUGAUAUCUGACAGUUUAAGUCCCUGCAGUAUUUCUAUAAUGAUGCCAAAGUCGAUGGAGGAACCAUGAGCGUAUAAACACACUCGUCUCACACUUGUGUGUGUGUGUUGAAUCCAUGCAGUAUUAUCACAAUGAUACCACAGGAGAUGAAGCAGAAAAAUGAACUCACAGUUGGGUUUUCCAGUUUGUUUUAGCUCUCCGUACUCUGUACAAGCCGCUCUGUGUGUGUGGAUAUUAGCUAUUUUUAUUCUCUGUUACUGCUUCUCACUGCUCUUCGGUUUGUUGUGCGUGAUGACUUUUAUGGUGGAGCGCAGCAGCUGCAGUUAUCAGCGCUCAGAUGGUCUGACAUGUUUACCUGUUUAAGUGCUGAUCAGAUAUAAAAUGGUUAGAAAUGGGAACAUAGGAGGACUUUGUUUCAGCUUUUUCCUUUAAAGUUUGAAUGUGCAAAAGGGAUGUUAGUGUCAGCUGCAGCAAGAUCAUCUUUGGGCCACUGGAGCUGUAAAGAGAGAAACGUGUUCCAAAAUAUUCAUAAUCCAAAGACUCCUCCAGUAUUUUUUCAAGCAAACUUCCAGAAAACACUCAGUUUAAGCCUCUUAAGUGUGCAGAUUUGUGGUUGUUUGUAAUUUUGUUGAAUAGUCUUUGGGUUUUGCACAUUAGCUUUGGUAAAGAGAGACAUUAAGACACUUUAAGCUCCAGGAAAUUACACUGAGCAGUUGCCCGAACUUUCUGAAAUUGGUGGACAAAGUGCACUUCUUCAUUACUGCAGUCAAAGUGUAAAUACUCACAGUCAAAUAUUAUACCAGUCAGGACUAUAUCAGUGAACCCUUUGUUUUGUUGUGUAUAAUUAGAGGUCAUUAUUUACUGUUUUUAUAAACUAUCAUUCCACAGAUUUGCAGCUCUAAAAUAAAAGGAAUAAAUAACCAUUAAAUUAAAAAUUAUCUCAUUAGACAGUGAUUUUUGUUUGGGACAUGAUAAAGUUUUACAGUCAAGAUAAAUGUCUCGUUUCAUCUGAGCCUCAGCCCAAAAUUUAAACAUGUUGAUUUUGGCAUUAUUUAAGACAAAAAAACGAGGCAAUUUUAUUCUGUGGGUUUUAUUGGGGGAAGUUUGACACUUUAUCUCCACAAAUGACUUCAAAAAAGUUCAAAAACCUUCAAAGAUGUCUUGUGUAAAUAUGGACAUAAUAGAAAGUGUGUAACUAGCACAUCUUUGAAAAUUUUCCCCUCAGGUAGGAAUUUAAAAAAUAGUAUUUUUAAUAAAUCAUCCUUAUAUAAUCAUAUGUAUUUGGUCAGCUAGAGAAACACACAGAGCUUUAAAAAAGUUGUUAGAGUUGUUGAUUUCAGUGUUUCAAACCCUAAAAAUCUGACUAAGAUGUUGGAUAAAAAACUAUUAUGUACACAACAAAAAGCCUGUUGGUAUGAAAUAUUAAAUGUCAGUUUGUUGUGACUCUUGAGUCAAAGCUGAACUUAAAAGCCGUCUUGUUAUGAAGCACAUUGUGAUAAUUUGGUGUAAGAAGGUCAGGUGACACAGGUGGACUUUUCACACUCUCUCCGGGCACUCAGUGAAGUGAGAGGAUACAGCUUGUCGCCUCGUCUUCCCUUUCGCCUGCCGCUCCUCUGAUAAUAAAGUUGGCCUGUAUGCCACAGAAAGGUUAACAUUAUUAGUCGGUAGCAAUUACAGCCCGACUGCUGAUAAUAUGAUAUGUUGAGUGUUUGCAGGUGUGUCUUUAGACUUUUUGGACUGGGGAGGCCGUCGUCUGCGCUGAUCAUUUAAUCACAACCCCCUAGUUAUUCAAAGCCAAUAGGAACACUUUGGUGUCCCUCUAUUGAACUUCAUAUUGUUAUCGCAGUUUCAAACAACGUUGACAUUCACUGCAGCUUCCUUGAGGCCUCUAAGUUGUGGUGGCCAAGAUCAAGGGUUCACAUCACCCUAGGUCUCUUAUUUUGGAUACGCCCCUGCACAUCUGGUUUGCUCAAGCAACUUGAAAUAAUCUGAUGAGCUGCGUUUAUUGGUUUGUUGCAUGUUGAAUUAUUUUGCUGUUUUGCAGGAGGGUUGGACAUGUCAGGGUCCACAUAUGCAGCAUGAUUUAAUCAUAUUUGAAGUCAGGAUGUGGUUGAUGAUCUUUUUGCAUUCAGAGUGUGGUUGAGUGAGUAGAUCUCCCUGAUUUCUGUCCGUCUCUUCAUCAGAACUCCCUCGAUUGCACAGUGCACUCAGAGUCAAAUCCCCGCCUUAUCAGUCCACAAAAUCCCUCCAGCACGCCGCCUUCUCCUCCCCUCUGAGCGGACGUCUUUUAUUUCAGUAAUGGACAGAUGGACGCCCCCAGAGAUCUGCCGGCUACUUUCUCAACCUGCUAAUUCCUUUCAUGGUUUUUUUUUUUUGAAAAGGGAAACAAAACAUGGCACGUUUAUCGAGGAGAGUGGCAGCGAUCCCACCCAUCCACCGGACCCUCUGCCAACACUGUAAAUCUCUCCGAACCCUUCUCAUUACACAUGCACACGCACACACACACACACACACACACACACACACACACACACACACACACACACACACACACACACACACACACACACACACAGUGCUCAGCUGUAAUGUGUGUGUGUGUGUGUGAAACUGUGUGGAAGUGCAUGUGUGUGUGGAGCUAUCUCAAGGGCUGAUCCAUGCCAACCAGGAGCCCCGUGGGAGGAGGGCUGCUCUCUUUAGGGUGGUGGGGGGGUUUGAGUGCAAUCUGUCGAAAAGCAAAAUACACCACUGGCACUGAGUGAAUGUCGACGGAAGGUGUGUGUGUGUGUGUGUGUGUUAUCAUGUGUGUGUGAACCUUUAUUUAUCCAGAACUUGUCCACUGAGCUCAGUGCUCUUUUCAGCAUCUUUUCAGCACAUUUUUCCAAAUGUGUGUCAUCGUUCUGCUUCUUUUAUCCUGGAUACAGAGUCGAUUUUUCAUCCGGCCCAAAGAGAAACAAGAUGGAUAUUUCACAGAAUGACCUGUUUUAGUUGAGGUUGACAGCUUUUUUAAAAGAAAAAACAGUUUUUGAGUGUGAGUGGGCUUUUUUGUAUUUGUUGUUACUCAUCCCUUUUUUCCUAAAUGUGAAAUCUAAGAUGUACUUUAGUUUGAAAGUCUUUGCAAGUUCUGCCCUUGAAGACUUUGUGUUGUUUGUGACUGGUUUGGAGAGACUUCUUUUUAUAUUUGUGUGUUGAUGUUGGAUAAGAUUCAUCUAAACUACAUGAGAGCAGAAGAACUGUGUUUUUAAAGUCAGGAAGCAGGUUUGUUGCUCUCUGAUGACGUCAAGAAUCAACCUAAAUUUUAACAUCUUUUCCGCUCUUUCCCCUUCAUUUUUGUUUACUCAGGAAGAAAUGGAUGGUUGAAUUAAAAGUUGAUUAACAGAAAAUGAGAAAGGAACAAUAGAAUAACCAUUUAAGUUUUCUUGUACGCUAAUAACAGAAACUCCUAGAAGGAGAGGCUCCCCCUUCUGUGUCAUGGAUUUAGACCAUGCUGGGGUAGCACUGCAUUUAUUUGUAAAAUGAAAAAAAAACGUAAAUUAAAUAUCACAUAGUCCAUUUCAUCACAUUCAUUUAAUCCUCAAAUGAUUCUGUUUCUUUUACCAUUUGAAUGUGCAAAAGGGAUGUUAGUGUCAGCUGCAGCAAGAUCAUCUUUGGGCCACUGGAGCUGUAUAGAGAGAAACGUGUUCCAAAAUAUUCAUAAUCCAAAGACUCCUCCAGUAUUUUUUCAAGCAAACUUCCAGAAAACACUCAGUUUAAGCCUCUUAAGAGUGCAGAUUUGUGGUUGUUUGUAAUUUUGUUGAAUAGUCUUUGGGUUUUGCACAUUAGCUUUGGUAAAGAGAGGCAUUAAGACACUUUAAGCUUCAGGAAAUUACACUGAACAGUUGCCCGAACUUUCUGAAAUUGGUGGACAAAGUGCACUUUUUCAUUACGGCAGUCAAAGUGUAAAUACUCACAGUCAAAUAUUAUACCAGGCAGGACUAUAUCAAAAAACCCUCUGCUUUGUUGUGUAUAAUUAGAGGUCAUUAUUUACUGUUUUUUUUAAAACUAUCAUGCUACAGAUUUGCAGCUCUAAAAUAAAUGGAAUGAUACCAGGAAUUAGGACUGGGCGAUUGAUGAUCGUGAUAAAUCUAAGUUCGAUCACGGUGAUCAGCUGCGAGUUUAUUUACUCGAUCAAACACAGCGGAAAUGAGCGUUACAGCAGCCAAUCAGAGUCGAGCUUUUCCUGCUCACUUCUGUAAGUUACCGGAGAAGUAAACAGGAGAAGUAAACAGAAUGACCGAACGUGGAGCUAAACGCGGAGCUAAGGGCAUCAAAAUAGAUGUCAGCCAUGAUUCUGAGUCAUCCUCCAAAGAUGUUAUUGUUGAGAAGAAAAGUUAUUCAACGUCGGUUGUGUGGCCGUGGUUCCGGUCUUUCUAAAGUGACGUCGAGCAAUGAAGCCGGUGUGCAAGGUAUGUCAGCGGUCAGUGCCCUCAAAAACCGACAAAACAACAGAUCUGUGUAAUCAUUUUAAAGACUAUUUCCCGAGUAACUAUGCGAAAAGCGUGAAAACGUGAGCGUAGUCUGCAUAGUCUGUCACUGCUCACAGCACAAGUAGCAUUAGCAGUUUAGCGACAACUAGCGGUGCAGCCAUUAGACCAAAGCAACAAUCAAUGGCAUCAUCUAUGUUUACAUCAUGUUGUGUUUACAUUUUAAGGCGUCUGCAUUAACCCUGAGGGGGCGAUUUGUUUAUUUUGGGUCUUGCAUAUCUGCAAAAACACUCAGGACUCUUAAAUAGGUCACUUAAUAAUUUGAUGUUUUAUCAACAUUUGUUGUAUUGUUGAGUAAAAAUAGUUUUUAUAUUUUUCUAUGUUAAUCGUACUUAAUUAGCUUUGUUAUUUACUUUCUAUGAUAAUAAAAUGUUGGACUAAUCUCUAGUGUCUUCAGUUUUAACUACAGAUGCAUUAAAACUGGCGGUUUCAAAGGAUUAAAAAAAAUUGUGAUAAUAAUCGAAAUUGGACAAUAUGACAAAAUAUAUUAUGAUCAUUUUUUCUUUGCCCAGUCCUAUCAGUAAUAAAUAACUAUUUAAUUAAAAAUUAUCUCAUUGGACAGUGAAUUUUAUUUGGACAUGAUGUUUUCCAGUCGAAUUAAAUGUUUUAAUUGUGGCAUCAUUCAAGACAAAAAAGAAGCAAAUUUUAUUUUGUGUUUUAUUGGGGGAAGUUUGACACUUUAUCUCCACAAAUGACUUCAAAAAGUUCAAAACCCUCUAAAAUGUCUUGUGUAAAUAUGGACAUAAUAGAGAGUGUGUAACUAGCACAUUUUCCCCUCACAGAUAGGAAUUUAAAAAAUAGUAUUUUUAAUAAAUCAUCUCUUUAUAUAAGCUUACGUAUUUGGUCAGCUAGAGAAACACACAGAGCUUAAAAAAAGUUGUUAAAGUUGUUGAUUUCAGUAUUUCAAACCUUAAAAAUUAGACUAAAAUGUAAGAUAAAAACUAAUAUGCACACAACAAAAAGCCUGUUGGUAUGAAAUAUUAAAUGUCAGUUUGUUGUGACUCUUGAGUCAAAGCUGAACUUAAAAGCCGUCUUGUUAUGAAGCACAUUGUGAUAAUUUGGUGUAAGAAGGUCAGGUGACACAGGUGGACUUUUCACACUCUCUCCGGGCACUCGGUGAAGUGAGAGGAUACAGCUUGUCGCCUCGUCUUCCCUUUCGCCUGCUGCUUCUCUGAUAAUAAAGUUGGCCUGUAUGCCACAGAAAGGUUAACAUUAUUAGUUGGUAGCAAUUACAGCCCGACUGCUGAUUCCUUUGGCACAUUUUCUGAGUAAGAGAGUGCAGCUAAUUUGAUUUCUGAAAGGUUGUGGCAAACAAAAAAAGGUGAGUGUCUGAGAGGCAGAUGAGUUUUUGAGCUAAAUGAUGAGGAAUGUGGACAUGAGGUUUUUUUUUCUUUACCUGGUAAAUACAGCUCACUGUCGGUAAUCUGAGUGACCAACUCUUGAUCAUUUCCAGACAUUCAGAUCCUGACAUUUUCUGGAUGUGGCCUUGUGCUGGGAUGUGUUGAGUGUUGGCAGGUGUGUCCUCAGACUUUAUUUCAGUGCAGUGGCCAUCACCUAGGGUGAUCAUUUAACCUACUCCCCACAACAAAAAAAGAUUACUGCUUUAUAUCAAAAUACAGACACCAAACACCAAAAAGUUGUUUGAAUGGAAGGACUCAAAUUUGACAAAAACAUUUAUUUUAUGUCAACAAACGAUGAGUUGCCACGAAGCAUGAGUUCAUUUUGCCAGUUUAAGGUGCAGUGUGUAGCAAUUAGUUGGCAGAGAAAACUUAACAGAAAUGGAAUAUUAUGUUUGAAUUAGGGCGGCAGUAGCUCAGGAGGUAGAGCGGUCGGCCAAUAACCGGAAGGUUGGCGGUUCGAUUCCCCCCUAAUCCAAGUCUGUCCGUUGUGUCCUUUGGCAAGACACUUAACCCACCUUGCUCCCAGUGUGUGUCCUCCACUGGUGUAUGAUUGUGAGUGUUGUGUGGUGGUGGUCGGAGAGGCCGUAGGCGCAGAAUGGCAGCCACGUUUCCACCACCACCAAAGUGUGACUGUGUGAGCGAAUGAAUGAUGUAUCCAAUGUAAAGCGCUUUGAGGGUCUCUGAUAAAGCGCUAUAUGAAAUCUGAUGCAAUAUUAUUAUUAUUAUUAUUAGUAAAUACUCACCUCAUUAUAUAAUUUUGUAUUAUUGUUGAGUUACAAUGAGCAUUUUGUACUUAAGAUAGUAGUGGGUCCUCCUCCAUGGAGGCUGCCAUCUUGCACCACCAUGUAUCUAUAAUCCCACAGCACGGACAAACCAUGAUUAUAUACAUUUUUAUAUAUAUUGCACAAAAUGCACUACUGGGAAGAGAAAGAGGAGAGUGGUUGUUGUGUGCAAAGGGAUUUAUAUUAGGGCCGAAACGAUUCCUCAAAUGAUUUGAUUACCUUGAUUACAAAAUAUGAUACUAAGAAAACACAGAAAAUGUUGAAGUGUGCGUAUUUUAAGCUGAAAAUCUAAGUGAACGCCGUUAAGUGAAUUCCUGUAAGACAGUCCUUGCAUACCACAGCAGUACAUCUUUAAUGCUGCAGCAUAUCCACUGAAGGCACCAGUUUACUCCAAGAGCAGAGGACACAACACAAGGUAAAAUUAGGUUAACGUAGGGAGACCAGGUGUCAUAUUUUCCCCCGGACAUGUCCUCUUUUGAAGACCAUAAAAUAUGUCCAGGUGGAAUUUCUAAAUCAUCCUGGAUUUUGUUGUACUAGAUAACUAAUCAGGCACUCGCUGUGGCACAAAAAGUGGGUAUGUAGUAUAUGCUGCGCAUACGGGCGCUGUCAUUUACAAUCACACAGCAGAUGAAUCGAUAAUGCACAGCUGUAAACAUACGCCCCCUCCUUCAUUAGAUUACUCGAUAUUAAUCGAUAGAAUUUCCAGUAGAAUACUUGAUUACUCGAUUUGAUGGCAAUAUCUUGACAAAUUAAGGAUCAGACCUAUCAUGCAGCACAGGAGCUUCUUGUCUUUGUAGCUUCACCGAUGUAAGCAGUGAGCAGGGGGGCAUUUCAAUCAAGGGUUUUACCACAAGAGAUUACAAAAUAAUCCCUUAUCAAUGCACUUUACCUUUUCAGAGGUUAAAGAAUUGAUUUUUGGGUUUGUUUUGGACUAUGAAAGGACAUGUGUAAACACAGGUACUAUGUAAAAUUCUAACACAAAGUAGACAUGAAAACUGUGAUUCAAAGCCAAUAGGAACGCUUCGGUGUCCCUCUAUUGAACUUCAUAUUGUUAUCACAGUUUCAAACAACGUUGACAUUCACUGCGGCUUUCUUGAGGCCUCUAAGUGGCCGAGAUCAAGGGUUCACACCACCCUAGGUUUUCUUCUUGGAUACGCCCCUGCACAUCUGAUUUGCUCAAGCAACUUCAAAUAAUCUGAUGAGCUGCAUUUAUUGGUUUGUUGCAUGUUGAAUUAUUUUGCUGUUUUGCAGGAGGGUUGGACAUGUCAGGGUCCACAUAUGCAGCAUAAUUAAUCAUAUAUAAAAUUGGGAUGUGGUUGAUGAUCCUUUUGCAUUCAGAGUGUGGUUGAGUGAGUAGAUCUCCCUGAUUUCUGUCCGUCUCUUCAUCAGAACUCCCUCGAUUACACAGUGCACUCAGAGUCAAAUCCCCGCCUUAUCAGUCCACAAAAUCCCUCCAGCACGCCGCCUUCUCCUCCCCUCUGAGCGGACGUCUUUUAUUUCAGUAAUGGACAGAUGGACGCCCCCAGAGAUCUGCCGGCUACUUUCUCAACCUGCUAAUUCCUUUCAUGGUUUUUUUUUUUUUUGAAAAGGGAAACAAAACAUGGCACGUUUAUCGAGGAGAGUGGCAGCGAUCCCACCCAUCCACCGGACCCUCUGCCAACACUGUAAAUCUCUCCGAACCCUUCUCAUUACACAUGCACACACACACACGCACGCACACACAAACGCACGCACGCACACACACACGCACAUAUAGUGCUCAGCUGUAAUAUGUGUGUGUGAAACUGUGUGGAAGUGCAUGUGUGUGUGGAGCUAUCUCAAGGGCUGAUCCAUGCCAACCAGGAGCCCCGUGGGAGGAGGGCUGCUCUCUUUAGGGUGGUGGGGGGGUUUGAGUGCAAUCUGUCGAAAAGCAAAAUACACCACUGGCACUGAGUGAAUGUCGACGGAAGGUGUGUGUGUGUGUGUGUGUGUGUGUGUGUUAUCAUGUGUGUGUGAACCUUUAUUUAUCCAGAACUUGUCCACUGAGCUCAGUGCUCUUUUCAGCAUCUUUUCAGCACAUUUUUCCAAAUGUGUGUCAUCGUUCUGCUUCUUUUAUCCUGGAUACAGAGUUGAUUUUUCAUCCAGCCCAAAGAGAAACAAGAUGGAUAUUCCACAGAAUGACCUGUUUUAGUUGAGGUUGACAGCUUUUUUAAAAGAAAAAACUGAUUUUGAGUGUGAGCGAGCUUUUUUGUUGUUGUUGUUACUCUUCCCUUUUGUCCUAAAUGUGAAAAGUUUGAAGGUACCUCAGUUUGAAAGUCUUUGCAAGUUCUGCCCUUGAAGACUUUGUGUUGUUAGUGACUGAUUUGGAGAGAUUUCUUUUUAUAUUUGUGUGUUGAUGUUGGCUAAGAUUCAUCUAAACUACAUGAGAGCAGAAGAACUGUGUUUUUAAAGUCAGGAAGCAGGUUUGUUGCUCUCUGAUGACGUCAAGAAUCAACCUAAAUUUUAACACCUUUUCCGCUCUUUCCCCUUCACUUUUGUUUACUCAGGAAGAAAUGGAUGGUUGAAUUAAAAGAAAAUGAGAAAGGAACAAAAAAUAACUAAUGAAAGAUUUCAUCUAAGCCAAUAAAUUCACAGAAAUCACCUCUUAAAGCUUAUUAUUGCAGCUUUUGGCUCUAGACUUGAAUUGGGACCUAUUUUAUUGUUGCGCAAUUGCUGAGAGAUUUUUAGUCAUCAUAUUUUAGUCUAUGUCUGUGUCUCUCUGCUUCCUGCUCCCACCAUACUGAAGCUGGAGAGUCUGAGUUGCUGCAGAGCUCUAGAUGAUCCAAGAAAUAAACACUUGUUUGAUUUUUGGCAGGCCAGUCUAUGUUGACAGAUAGCAGCCUUACUGCAUGUCCUCAAAAGUGCAAAUGCUCUUGAAUCAACUAAGGAUCUCUGGAUGUCACUGAGUAACCAGAAUUUUCUGAGGAUAACGGUAUUCUGGGCAUGGCAACACUUCAUUGACAUUUUAGACACGCACUCCAUCAUAUUUCUUAAUAUGUGACAGUAAUCCUUAAAAAGUCAAAACAAAUAGACUGUUUUUUACAGAAUAAGCAUUUGAAGCCAUCCCCUACUUUUGUGUCAUGGUUUCGGACAAUGCUGGUAUAGCAAUGUAGUGUAGUGUAGCAUUUAUUUGCAAAAAAAAAAAAGUGAAAAUUCAUUAUCAUACAGUUCAUUUCAUUACUAUUAACUGAUUCCCAAAUAAAACAGAGGUAAAAAUGCAUUUAUUUUUCAAACUGACUGAAUAACAGUUUUUAAAAUGGAAAAUAAUAGAAAUUCAAACAUUUAUUCAUGUUUAUUCAUGAUCAACUAUUAAAAUAAAGCAAUUAAAUGCAGCACAGAGAUUCUGUAACAAACUUUGUAAAGAAUACGCAGUAUAUUUAUUUUUAAUAUUGUUUUAAAAUGUUAUUGAUAAUUUACCAAAAGUUGGUUAGAUUUCAUUUUGAGAGAAGUUUGGGGAAAGAAAAUAGCGCCCAUGCAAAUGUAAAACUCCAAAAUCUGCAUUAAAGGCACACAUAAAAAGGCAAAUAAAUCAUCUUGAAAGCACCAGUAUCCUGUAGGGUUAUGUAGGGAGUCUUAUUUCAGCCUCGUACACAGACUCAGAGUUUAAAGUUUGAAGAAUUUAACCUCAUGAGUAAAAAUCCUGAAGAGUCCAAGAGUCACGUUUUCUCUUUUCUUCAUUUUCACAGCAGACCAAAGUCCUCUGCCUUCAACUAAACUUUGUACACAGCGUUCCUGCCCCAACCCAAAAUUUAUGUAACCUUUCCAUUGUGUUUGUGUGUGUGGGUGUGUGUGUGUGUGAGUGUGUCUGUGUAUGUGUGUGUUUGUGUGUUUAAGUCCUUUUGUUAUGUGAGCUACCUGACCUCCUUGGUACAGUUCUUUGGACACUGACGCCAUGUGGGCUAAGGAGUCUGUGUUUGGAGUACACACACACCCAUGUGCACACACACACACAAACACACACACUUGCACACACAUGCAGAGGUGUCGGGGUUUGAGAGCAGCAGGAAUGUUUACUCUGACCCGCCUUCUCUGAAUUCCUCUGCGAUCUUUAGUAAUGGACGCUUUUGUGAGGAAGGUCAGAUUUGAGCUUUGAGCUGCUUUGAAAGUAUUUAAUCAAUAACAACAAGGUGUGUGUUUCUGUGCCUUUUGUGAGGAUAGGUUUAGGACAUUUUUGGACAGGGAGGAAAUUACUUUAUCUGUGAAGGUCAGAACCUAAGAAAAGAGUCUUAUUAUCUCAACAGUAGGAGUAAAAAUACCUGCAUCUUCCUGAGGAUUCAGUAUUAAUGUCAUUGAAAUAAAAGUGUGUGUCAUCCGCUCCGUCGUUAACAAUUAAUUAAUACUAAGUGGCACCUCGCUCCUCCUGAACAAGAGGAACAGGCUAAUGAGAUAAUAAUGGAGCUGAACAGUCGGUUAAGCAGAGUUAAGCUGUCAUGGUUCACAGUUAAAGGGACAGUCCGCGGAAAACCACCUGAUCUGCCAGUGCUAAUACAUUACAGAAAUAAUCCGCACCCUUCCAAUUAAAGGAUGUCAGCCUUGUUGUCUGCAGACUGCUAUGAAAAAAAGGUGUAAUGCAGGUGUAUCUGCAGAUGAGAGCUCAAACAAUGGAUCAGCAGCCAGAUGCUUACUGACAACCCUAAUACUUUAGAUUAAAAAAAUCCAGUUUUUGUUCAAAUUUAUGAGAAUGACUAAUUUUCUGUAGCUAAACAUGUUAUUUUAAAGGUCUCAUUUCGGCUCCCCGGCUGCAUAACUUCAUCUAUUUUUCCAUGAACAUACAAAAUUGAUUUCUAUGUAGCACUUAACCUGUUUUCAGACAUGUACUCUUUAAAAUCUUAGAAAAUAACAGAAACUCUGACUUGGAAAUUUACCCGACUCUAUUCUUCUCAGAUACACUUGAGUCUGAAAGUAACUCAUGAAAUUAAAAACUGGAUUACAGUCAGGUAGAUAUUCAAACACAUGCAUACACAACAAAUAAACAUGAAACGAUGACGCAAAAAGUAUAUCUUUCAAUUUUGCAUCUUUGGAUAUUUUGUUUUUUUAUAGACAGAGUAGUCAAACAAUCUCUACUAAAUAUCACAAAAUAAGAAGAAUGAUAAUUAGCCUUGUUGUGGGGUUUGAUCAAAGAAAGUUGCAUUUAGUAUUAGCAUUGUAGCAACAAUAUCACAGAUUUCAAGCAUCUUUAUAGCAAGUCGCUAAAGUGCUAAACUAGCUCAACAAUAAUAAUGAGCAAGAGUCAAACGACCAGAGAAACAUGACGAGUGUCGACAAAAACAGUCUGUUUAGACAGAUGAAGUUUAGAUAUUAUGCUGAAAGUAAGCUUACAGUAAUAUCAGUUGAUGAAUUUAUUCACUGUGGGAGGCAGUUGUGUUUUUUUAGGGCGAUUGUCACUUUCCACAAAACAGAGAGAAGAUAAAGAAGCAGCAGCAACCAAUCCAACAAUUUCAACGACUGAAUACAGAAGUAAAUCUGCAGCUAUAAGAACUCCAUCAGCGUUUUUUUAUUCCUUAUCCCGCUAAGAAUUACCAGGUUAAGGCUGUCGAAACUCCGGGGGCAGCUGCGUUUGAACAACAGUGUUUUUGUCUGUUGUUAUAUUUCAUAUAUUUCAUAGGGGGAAACCGUAAUGUUCCCUUACAGGAGACUCAAAUACCACUGCAGGAUCUUCUAGUUACAGCUUGGUGUGUGUCGUGUUGGCUGCAAUGACGGGAAAAGCAUGUUCUGUGUGUGGUCUGCCUCUGUUUUCCACCCGUGUGGGAACUUGGAUUUCACGUACGUUUUGUUCAGUUUGUACUGCACUGUAAGACUGUGUGAGCCCUGCUAAUCAUAAGCUCAGUUUGUUAAGUGUUGUGUUUAGGUGAGGGCUCUGUGUUAGUGGGUGUAUGUUUUUGUGUAUUGUUGUGGUCCAAUCUUUCCAUCUGUGUUAAAUAUUAUAAUAAAGACUCUCCACCCACUGGGCACUGCAGCCAGGCCAGGGCUGCAGCUUCUGCCCACAGGUGCAUCCUUGGAAAUGUAGUAGCUUAGAGAGAGUGAGAGAGAGAGAGAGAGAGAUGGUGGAGUUGUUGCUCUUACACAACUUGCCCUGUGAGGACUCGCGGCGGACGAGUUUUGCACAACAAAUGACUCGUAAAUGAUGAGCAAUGAUUUGCAAUUCAAACCCCAAAUACCUUUUCAUUAUUGUGUGGCCUUGGACAGGUAAACCCCACUCUGCUAAAAUAAAAACACAGAAUUACUGGAUUAUCAGGAGAAAAUGACCACACCUGGAUUAUUCAAACAAUUAUUCAACAACUUAAUGUCUCUUGUUUAACUAUGAGCUUCUGGAUUGAACAUUUCUCCUUGAGUCUCAAAACAUGUCAUUAAAAGUCGAAACUCAAGCUGUACUUUUGUCUUGGCUGUAAUCAUAUCUGGUGUUGAUGUAGAACAGAUGAGUUUAGUUUUGAUAUGUAGCAACAUGAGGUUACUAUAACAAUAUCUGAGUAUUUUGUUGAGAUGGAAGAAAAGAGAUGAUAAAGAGAGAAAUAGAAGAGAAUAACCCCAUUAAAAAUGGAAAAGUAUGUUUCUUUUCUUUUCGUUGUUGAGGGUAAAAUGCUCCCGGACAUGGUAGUGUGGUAUUAACCAUGUUGCAUUAACAGGGGUUAGUUUUUGCAUAUACAACGUUCAGCGUAGGUAUGAAGGAUACAAAAUGGCCCACUCUUCAGUGACUGAGUUCUGAAAAUGUGACGCCAUGUCUGCUCACAGCUUGACAAACUACAUAGCUGACUAGUUCUCAACAAGGAAAUUCACAGACACAAACUUUUGUUGUUGCCAUCAUUCUUCAGUCAGUGCACCUAAAGUUGAUAAAGACAUGAACAGUUAGGCACUCCGGCUUCAUAUUUGCAUUUUAGACAACAUAUGUUGGUGCCAUGUUGGAAGUAUCGAAAAAGAAUUUAGGGAAGUCAACCAAAACAUUAGAAACUAUUUUCUGAAAAUCAUGAUAAUAACCAUUAAAAAAUGGUCCAGUUAGAGUUUAAAAUCGACAUUAAUGUAAAUGUUUUACACUAGAAAUUUUGGUUCUUGUGGUAAAACUUUGAGAAAGAUUUUGAGUCCAUAAGAUCAGUCAACAUCAAACUAUACAUUUUUUAAAAUCCACCAACAGACUGAAAUAUGAUUCGUCCAGCAGCUAUUUCAACAGACCAAAGUACCCUCUACUUUGUUAAUCCUGAAGUGUCUCCUGGAUUUUGACCAAUGUAAACUGGUUUAAAGCUGAAUCUCCGAGUCCAUAUAAGAAGCUUCUUACUGUGUUUUUAUGUAGAGGAAUGACAGGGAGGUGAGUCAGACUCCAACAUGCCUGCAGCUUCAGAAACCAUCACAGGAGAACAUCCUCGGUUCUGCCCUUCACACAAUGGCGGCUGUGUGCCUGAAACCACACUGACAUUGCUGUGACACCGUCUGUAGUUGUUGUGUUGUUGAAUGUGGCGGCGGCGGAGACAGCUCUGAAAUUGAGCUCAUUCUGACAACGCAGAGAGAGGGAAGGUUUGUGGUGUGUAGCUCACCACGUCUAAGAGAGAUUUAUUCACCACGAUGUUAAGCUGUAACUAGAGAGGAGAAGAAACAAAGCAGAGCACAAGAGAUAUCAAUGAUUUUUUCAGAAGAGAGACAAACACGCGUGUGAAGUCCGCAGGUAUAUGCAUGAAUUAUGCAAAUACUGGGCGCUGGUUCAGUGUGAUGGGUGUCUUUGGCAUGUUAAACUUUGUUGUUAAAACUUUUCUGUGAAGUUUUUGGGUGGUUGAGACACUUUGAAAUCAAUAGCGAUGGAUCUUUGUGACCUACAGAUGUAAACAGAUCUACUUGGAAUGCCAUGGAAAAUUGGUAUGAAAUCAUUUUUAAUUUCUUUAACAGUAGUAAGAUAGUAGGUUUAAGACUGGAUGAAAAAAGAGCCUUUUUUCUGGUUUUCAACAGCAAAUAUUCACGAUGAGAGAUAGUUUGGACUGUGAAAAGAAAGAAAACAAGAUGAGAUUGUUGUCCGAAAGAGAGCUUUGUAAUGUCCAAAACAAACCCGCCAAAGAGAAAAGAUAUGCAUCUUGUCCACAGAGGGCACCAAAGUCAUAAAUAACCCAAAUGUUCUUCAUGGCAGCUUAAAUAAACGACUUAUAUGCCAAAAAGUGGAUUUGGUAUGUUAAAUCAAUUUCUUUUCCAAAUAAAAGAGGAAGAGAUUGAGGAUUUACAUAAACACCCAAGAGGACGAUAAAUCUGAAGGUCACUGAUCUCUCUUUUGUCCUUUUCUCGAGUUUUUUCUUCAUUUCAUAAAUCACCUUAGAGAAAAUCUUCUGAGUUACUGCAGAAAUUAUCAUCUUAAUUGGAUUUAUAACUAAUAGGGAUUAGGAUGCAAUAGAUUACUAAUCUCAGGCCCAAGGUUCAUGUUUAGUUUCAUAUUUCAGUCUUUCUUGUACCCACGUGUCUGUUUCGUGAAAUGAACACCCUUGCUCUCCUUCUUUCUUUGUGUUUUGAGACCAGAGCGAUGUUUGUAAACCUGGAGUGCAGCUCUGUCUCAGAGCAUGCAGGGGCGGGGCUAACACAAGGAAGCCUCUUUCUCAUGCUUGUAUUAAUUUAAAGUAAAAGCCAGAGCUUCAGGAAACAGCUAAAGUGAGGUGCAACUUGGCUUUAGAAACCAUGAUGUUAAAUUUCCAAUCAAUCUGCAGAUUGUACGCCACAGAAUCAGUGGUACAAGUGGAUCAUGGAUUAGGGUUGUUAGGAGGGAUAAUCAGUUUCUAUUUUUGUUUUUGUGCCAAAAAUGUUGGCAAUAUAUUUAUCAAAAAGUUAGCCUCUGCUAUCUUGAUAUUAACUUGACCUUUCUGCAAUUUUGGGAAUAGUUGGAUAAAUUAUACAAAUCGUGUCCAUGAUGUCCACAGUAAAGAUGUAAGGAAAGCAAAAGCUGCAGGAUCUUAUUCACUUAGUCUGUAUUCUGAGGUGCAGUGCAUGUUUUUGGCGUCUACCAGCAGCUAUAACUGGGGUUGUAGUUUUUUUUUGGUUUUUUUUUGUCUUUGAUAGUAAUUGAUAUUUAAAAAAGGUCAUCAAAGGAGUGUUUGAAUUUAAAGCAGACAGUUUGGUGAAAAAAGGUGUCACAUUAAUGUCGACAACUAAAAUAUGGACGAGGUAAUAAAAACUACAACAGAUUGUUUUUUUUAAGUUUGGUUUCUAGUUGUCUCGUCUUGUCUGGGUUAAAAUAAUGCAUUUGUUUCGCUGUCUGUGCUUUUUUGUCAUUGCAUUUAAUGAGAAGAUUGAGAGGGACGCACAGCAGAUUUCUUCGCCAGACCUGAGCUGUUUCUUCAGCACCGCCUCCGGCCCCCCUUAACUCCCACCUUACCAGCCAUUUCUGUUUCUUUGUCUACAAAUCUGCAGCCUGUCAUUCACCCGUUUUUUUUUUCCCAUUUCCUGCAGACUGCCUGCUGCUUUGACAGUUGAUCCAGUGUGUAGGUGUGCUCAGUCACAUACGUUUCUCAUCCUGUUUGUGAGUCACUUGUUGUAUUUGGUGUAUUUUCUUCUCCUGUGUAUGGAUAUUUCAUUGUCUGCAAGCUCAGAAAUUAGUCUUAAAAACAAAGCCGACUGAUGGAUUGAGUUUAGGAAAGCUGUGAGGAAGUGUAGCUUUAAUGUUGCUCUUGUAUCUGUACCUGUGACCAUAAGUGAGGAUGCUUUUAAAGAUACUCCAUUAGCCAUAUUUGCAUGGCCAUUUUGCAUAUCCGCUGUUCGGUACUAGCUGAAGCCGAUACCCCAAAGAAGUGUGUGGAUGAUUGGAGAGACAUGCUUGUAACUGAAGCAGGCAGGCUAUCAAAAUGAUGUCUGCAGCAGCGAUCCAGAGGAACCUGUAGCAUGAUGGAGCUCAGGGACUUAAAGAAAAGACUGGUUUUGAUAACACAUUCAACCAUGUAACACUGGUGCUGACAAGUGAGGGAGACGACAUUUCUUUAUUGAGUCAACUUCAACCCUAACAAAUCAGCGAGAGCUAAUAUUGGCUUUAAAGUAGCAAAUGUGUAAAAUAAAGAUAAAGACAGAUUUACCUCCAGCUUACCUCCUAACUCAAAGCCAUUCGACUCACAAACCAAUACAGAACACAACAGCAUGACAGUAAGACGGCCUUCAGGGUCCCUAGUCUGAGCGUGAUGUUUGAGGGAAGUAGCUGCUGUUAAAAUGUGGUCGGUGGAGCCAAGAGUUAAAAAAUUUAGGUUUGUUUUUGACCUUCUGUGUUUUGUCUCCCCUGAGCAAUGUUUUAAACGCUUAUUAACUAUAAUUUAUCGUUACGUUUUGCAGUUGGACUGUAAAUUUAUUUUAUGCACCUUAAUGCUCAUGAGCCACAUGCAUCUGGCUUUUACCCUGCACUGUGCAUGCGCACGCACACACACACAGACUUACUGUAAAUGCGGGCUGGAGCCGGGCAGGAUAAGUGGAGGUGACAGGGCCAGCUGUGCUGUGUGAGGGGCCGGCCGGCUGACAGAGCUGGGGGCUCCGGGCUCUUCUUUGUGUGUGAUCGUGUCACCCUCAGUUAGGUGUCAAGCCGACCAGGCUGCAGCGUCCGCACACACACACGCACACACUCAAAUAAAAGUGAAGGUCAAGCAACAAACGCUGCUCUGCCGCCGCCAUCACUCCCGUCACUAUCAGGAGAAAAUGUCACUUGUAUUUUUAUCUCAUCGUCUUUCUGCUGCAGCCUCUCCAUCUCUCCUCUACAUCAUCUGCUCAUCCUUCACUCCCCUCUUAGUCUUUCUCUCAAUCCUUCUCCCUGAAUUUGCUUUUUUUGAUUAAAGAUGCAUUUAUCUUAAAUCGAUAUCACUCUUCUUUUUGCUGUCCCCAUCUCUGUUAUCAUAUUUUCCACUCUUUUCUCUCCUGCUCUCUAUUGCUCUUGUGUUUUUCCUCUCAUCUUCUCCCUCACUCCUCAUCCUUAGUAUCAUGUACCUGCUUUUGUCCUUUUGCUGCUCCUCAGAUUUAAUUUUUCUUCAUCACAAGUGUUAUCUUCCUCACAGAUUUUCAUUCUUCCUUCUUUUUUUCGUGGUGUUGGUAAGAUAUAAUAUGUGGUGUCACUGCAGGUCCUUUUUUUGAGGCAUGAAGAAAGAAAGAAAGAAACAACCUCAUUUGUUCCUUGUUUGCUGAAGGAGCGCUUGAAUUUUCCCUGUUUCAUUUCUGCCAAGAGGCACUUAUAUUCAACAACUUUUUCUUGGUCUAUUUUCCAACACCCACUCUUCAUAUGAGUGUGUGCAAGCAGACACAAAUACACACACACACACACACGCACACACACUCACACACACAUAUACAGAGUGCAAAUAGCUGAAGACAUUUUCGUCUCAGACUUAAUUGAGGCGUAGGCAGGUUGGUUUUCUCUCUAUGUAUUUUCUUUUAAGUGUUAAUUUUUAAGCUAUACUUUUUUCUUCUUACUAUUAUCAAGACUUCUUACAUGCAUGCACAGAUUUCAUGCACCUCUGGGCAGACAAAGUAAAUGUCAAGAUUUCUGUGCUGUAAACGUGCACUGGCCUCAGAUGGAAGGUGUAGACAAUGUGUAUUCAUGAAGAAGCAACAAAAAAGCAGGUGAUUUCUUUAUGGAGUUGAGUAAAGCUGCACAUUAUAUAAACAAAAAUCAAAGUGCAUUUCUGCAGGAUCAUUUUCGGAUCCAUGCAAAGUAAUUGUUUUUCAUUGUUCAAAAAAGGAAAAAGUUUGGAGUGUGAAGAAAAGAGAGUUUUUUUUUUCCCCUUGAUGCGACUCGUAUUCUCAGUCAUUUAAUGUGCUCUGCUCCAAAAGCUGCGUGAAACACUCUUGUCCUUGCUUCAUUAACAUGGCAGGCUCAUGCAUUUUGGAGAUUUCAGCUGCCUGUGUUGCCGUUUUGACAAUGGAACAAUGAACGCUCUGUGCGGCACACUGAGGAGCUGAGAGCCGUCGUAAUGAAUGUUAGGGUCAAAACCAGAAGAACAAAUUUCUUUGAAACAUCAUCGAAGAAAGAAAGAAGGUGGGGGGUGUCUGCAGGGUGGUGAAGUGGGUGGGAUUAUAUUUGGGUGGAGGUGGAAUCAGUUAAAUCUCACUGACCACAAGAGUUUGUCCGAAAAUCAGGAUGGACGUUGAGAUCUGUGUCAGCAACUGUGCUGGUUUUUCAAACACCUUAACAUUGUUGGGUCAAAAAACUCAGGAGGGAAGGCAACUGCGACUCCCAGGAGGCAUUGUGGUAAGAAGAAAACCCACAAAUCUUUAAACUAAAUGCAGAAAUCAAGAGGUUCUCUUAAUAGCCUGUCAGAUAAAUUUAGCAGUUACCAUGCACAGUUGCUGCAACUUUUUGUUGCAAAUCCGUAAAAUUUUAAGGCUGAAACAAUUAAAACAAUAAUACCAGACAAAAAUGUGUGCAAACUAUGACAUCGUCUUUAGAUUUCUUCUCUUGUUGUUCGUUAAAACAUCAAAUUCACUAUGAUGGGAAAAACCAAAAUAAUGCAGCUCAGUCACAUUAGCUUUUCCUCCAAAUAGAUGACAAACAUAACUUAUUAGUCACGUUUUCUGAAGGAUCGAAGAAGAUUUUUUCUGAAUCAUUAACGGGUUUUUCACCAGGAGCAUGAUGGGAAAUAAUCUCAGCAGGAAUGUAGUUGAAGUUGUGCAGAAAGACACCUGCUCAUGCUCAGUCUCUGCAGAGUCUUUGAAGUAAACUCCUGCAGGUGAGGGAGGGUGUGAAGUCUUUUUAAGUGCAGAUGUUUUGACUGUAUUAUGCUCUAUUGUUCUGCCUCCUUUCCUUUCCUUUCCUUUCAGACAUGUAAGAAAAUCUUGUGAAAAAGUGAAUGAUUUGAGGAUUUGUUCCCUCUCUCUGGCCUGAUGUUAUUUUUCCUCCUUACUUAAAAAGCAGUGGCAAAUUCAUUCUCUCCGGCUAAUUAUCUGUGCAGACUUGCGCGAUCAGAACAUUUUAUCUUGCAGCGCUGCAGUUUAACCACAACAAUAAAAGCUCUGUGGUGCAGAGUGUAAAUGAGUGUAUGAGAGAUCAGAUCCACAAGGACAGGCUCAUGUGAGUCAUAACAAAAAGAGUACACAAAAAAAGAGAGGAAUGAGACUUCAGGAGGAGUCAAGAGCAGCUUUGGUUUGCAGAAGAGGAGUCUAUUUUUUAACAGGUGAGCUUGAACCUGUGAGAAAACACGGAUCUAAAAGAGGUUAAAUCAUAUCAAACAGCUUUGAUCAAAGACACCCAUCACAGUUUAAUCCAGUCACUCUGUAGAGAGGCACCAAAUUUAAACACUGUGAAACUAUUCAGUGUGACAGCUGGAAAAAGUCACAGCAACGACACUAAUAAGUGCUAGUUUAUUUCUUUAUUAAAAACUAGCUGUGCCAUAAAGUUUUUACAAUUAAAACUUUAUGGCAAAUUUUACAAAAGUUAAAAAAUGAUGCAGAAAAAAACAAAAACAAAACAAAACUAAGAGAUUAAAAGUAAAAGCUCCUGUUAGGAGUUUUUAGCUGGUAUCACUGAAGACUCUUUAAGGCUGACAAAAGCAACAGAGACCAUCAGCAAAUGAACUAUUCCAAUAAACCACACUGAAAUGUGUUCAACCCCUAGCUUAAGACUCAAUCUGAGGGAGACUUGAAAAACCAGAUCCUGUUUUUAUAGAGGAACCAGUUUUGAUUUGAAAUCAUUAUUAACAGACUAUGUGUUACUAAAACGAAAAGGAUUGUAAAAGUUCUACCGAUAUAUUUGGCUCUGUUAAAUUAAGAGACUGGGAGGGAGAGAGGGGAAUGCCAUGUAAAUAUCACUUUUAUGAUUAAAUUCAGAUCGAUGUAUGAUAAAUGUUUUUCACCUGUUCUGUGGGUCUAAAAAGUCCCCAGUAAAAAAAAAAAAAGCUAUAUAGAAAAAUUGUUUUUGGUCCCACCGUAUAUAAUACUGUUUUUAUAAGAAAUAAAGAACCAUUUCACAAAAUAACCACCCGCUACAAAAAAAAAGAUUUAUUAUAUAGAUCAAGUAUUGACAACUUUAUUUGUUGAAAUUGGUCAAUUUUUGCCAAAGAACAUAAAAAAAAUAAAUCUCUUGUGAAUAAAUCAGAGCAGUAUUCUGGUAUUUGAAUAAUCAAGAUUAUGAAAUGUUUAGAUAAUAAUUUACUGUUCAUCCAUUAAUAUGUUUCAGGAAAUGUUGACAGAAAUGGCUUUUUUACAGUUUGCUCAUUAAAUUUCCUCUGACUUUGACCAUGAACAGUAUCUCUGGGUAUAAUUUAUAAACUUGUCAAAAGCAUUUUAUACAGUGGAUUAUGGAGUAAUUAUUGCAAAAUCGUUAAAAUACGGCGUUCACUGUGUCUCAUUGAAAUGGUUUGAAAAUAACUUAGAGGACAGUGAACUGUAUGUUUCUGUUAAUGGGUUAAAUUAUAAUAAAGCCAAGUUUCUGAGUGGGGUGCCUCAGGGAUCCGUCUCUGAGGCACGACAUUUAGUAGCUGAAGAGCUUUCAGCUGUUCCUGAGUGGUCUGAGACAAAUAAACUCUCACUCAACAUAAUACAUCUAAAUUUCAUUAUAUUCACCAACAAAAAUCAAAAAAUACACCCCACAAUGCAAAAAUAUUUAAAAAUGAUACUGAAUUAACUCAAGUAAAGUACAUUGAAUUCCAGGUGUCAUAUUCGAUGAAAAAUCAACAUGGAAGUACCAUAUUUAAUUUGUAAAAUAAUAAAACAGUUUGUAUUUUGAGUAGAGUUCGUUCUAUGAUAAAUAGUUCUUGUAUUUUAACUUUCUAUUACAGUUUAAUUUAGCCUUGUAUUAUGUAUUGUAACAUUGUGUGGACAGCUACCUGUCCCACUUAUUGACACAGGGUUUUUUUUAUUCAAAAAAUGUGUGAGAAUGAUCAUUUUUGCGAAAAGAUGUGACACAACUGUUCCUCUUUUUAAAAAAGUAUAAUCUCUUAUCAACCUCUAAUGUCAACAUUCGUCAGACCUGUGGGUUCGUAUGUAAAUAUAGAACAUAGAAAAUUUCUUCAGAUGCUUUUAUAAGUCUACUGAAGAGAUUUUGAGUUAAGUUUAUUCAUUAAAGCUUCAGUUAAAGAAGUCAUGAGGUUAAAACUUCACUGCUGAAUUUUGCCCCAAAAGCAUGAAGUGAGUGAUUUUCAGCUUCUGCAGAAAAAAACUGCUUGUCUGCGAUAAAAAGAGGCGUGCAGUAAGUCUUUAUCUGAGUCACAUUGUCUGGCAGUGUGUGUGGGUUUUGGAUGUGGUUAAUGUGUGGUGAACAUUUUGUGAACUAAGGUGUGUUUCAGCAUAUCAGCGGCUCUUUGGACUGUCCACCUUUGGACUGCUGAGAGGAAUUGGGCAGGAGGUGGUUUAAGGAACAGUUCAAGGAUAGACAGGGCUGUAAACCACUUCCUGUUUGUGUAUUUUUGUGUAUAUGUGAGUACACGUGUGUGAGUGUAGGCUGAGCUAACUAGGAGACUAUACCCCCAUAUCAGUGAUAACAUCAUCUAAUAUUAAUGCCAGAAGGCACCUCUGACUCUCUGUCAAUAUUGAACUCUCUCUCUCUCUCCUUUUUGUUUCUCUCUCUCUCUCUCUCUCUCUCCUUUUUGUUUCUCUCUCUCUCUCUCUCUCUCUCUCUCCUUUCUGUUUUUCUCUCUCUCUCCUUUUUGUUUCUCUCUCUCUCUCCCUCCUUUUUGUAUCUCUCUCUCUCUUCCCUCGCUCACCUUUGGUUUGCAAAAACAGAAAUAUUUAUGACCGGUUGUUAAAACUCUCCUGGGCACACUGCAGUCUGUGUGUAUGGACACAGACUGACACAGACUCGUGCACACAGACACACAGAGUCAGAUGUCAGUGUAAAAACAGUAUAAUCUCUUUUCUGGACUUUCAAAAGUCUUAUAAAGCUGCUUUUAGCAUUUCAUCGGGAUUAAGCUGCAACAAUUCACUGUUGCUAGGUUACAGAAAGUGAACAAAUAAUAGCUAUGCAUCAGCAGCAGCUCUGUAGAUGGAAAUUGCACUAAUAAAAAAUGUUUGGGCACAUGUGUUGAAACAUUGUGUCUGCAAAUCAGUUGAUAAAACUAAACCAGGAGGUCCCUCCGCUUUCGAUUUGUGAAAAUACUGAACUUCACUGGUUGCACAGAAAGUAAGAACUGCCAGAAAGUAAGUUUUUGGGGCAUCAGAUGUAGAAACUGUCAAUUUUAAAAAUGUAAUUUAACAAAAAAAACUUUCAGACAUUUUCCCCCCGAAAUUUCGUACAUUCCAAGGACUAAACAUAAACUUUGUAGGAACUUUCCAAAAAUCAAAUAAUAAUAAUAAUAAAAAAAAAACAAAAAUAAAACAAGCAGGUCAUUAAAUCCUAAAAAGAAAAGCAAUAACUGGGUAAUGAUACCUACUUCAGAGGUCAUAAAGUUCACCAAAAGAACUAAAAAUCAGCAAAAGCACUCAAAUUUCGUGGUACAUGUUCUGUUUUACCAAAGCUCAUCGUAGAUGUUCUCAUUUUCAAUUCCUGCUUCUUUUUUAUGUCACUGAAAAAAUACUUAUUGAACUUUUAUUUCUAUAUAUAUCCAAACAGAAGCUGUAAAGGUCAAGAUUUCUUUGAUUAUUAGAUAAAGGUUAAAUAAACAGCUCCAGAUCUCAAAGCUUUUUAUGGAAUUACAGCAGCAUCUAAAGACAAACAUGAAGACAGACAAAACCUGUUUAAAGAAUGAAUUGUAUAAAAUAAAUUGUAUGACGUGUUGUGUCAGGAUGUGUUUUAAGAACAUGAUAAGUAAAAAAAAUCCUAUUUUAAUCCUGCUCUACUUUGAACACUUCAGACUGUAGCAGCUUUUUUCCUUUAAUUUUCUAGAGUUUGAUCUCAUAGAAACACUCAAAACAACCUCAACCUCCCGAACAUAAUGUGUUUAAACGACCUGUGCGUACCACAGAAACAAGGCUAAUGGAAGCAUCCUUUUAGUGGUGGACACAAAAUCCUCAUAAAGCCUUUUUCAGGGUGACACAUGAAGAUAAAAAGUCCAAAAAAGAGAUGGUUAACAUAUCUACAGGACAUGUCAUACAAAAAGAUUCAUGCCAUCACCGCAUCAUGUAGAGUUGAAGGAAAAUUUAACAUAUUUCUCUGCAACCAAGAUGAUCAAGUUGUUGCUUUAAACUGGCAGUGGUGAGCCAUGUUAGCUGAUGGUGCAUGCACUUGAAAGCAUGAUACAUGAAGCAUUAUUACGUAGCCAGUGCUACAGCUAACGGUGUGCCAUAAAGUAAAUCUCUGACAAGAUUCCCACUUCGCUUUAUGUGUCUUUGUAAUGUCUGACCAAGUAAAUAGAGCAAGAAAGUCCAAGGUAGGCAGAACACACCUCCACUUGUUUUUCAAGACUUUUCAUAGUACAGAACUGAGCAGGUAUCAGAGACAGUGCCACCAAGCACAGUGUAAAAGAAUCAGCUGCAUAUUUAGUCAGGUGUAUAGGACUUAAUCGGCAAAGCUUGGCUCUGUGGCUUGCCUGAAUUAGCUCCAUGUUUUUUUUUUUAUUGCAUUUCUUGUAAGAGCACUUAAUAAAAACAUCACACAGACGGGCUACAUGUAUGAAGACUUUUUAACGGACCUCUCUGUGUAAAAUGACGUGUGUGUGUGUGAGGCAGUUUGGAUUGAAAAAGAAUAUCUACAAACCUCUCUCUUGAUUAAUUUCUUAUCCUCUAGGGAAUUCAUCCCUUUUAUAUAUAUAUAUAUAUAUAUAUAUAUAUAUAUAUAAUAUCAGCAUUUUUAUAGUGUAAGUCUGCCGCUUUAAAAAAUACUCACAUACAAACAAAAUGGAGCGUCUUGUUCAUAAAACUUAAAAAACAUGUUAAUCUCCUCUUAAAGGCCCUGCUGUGGCUCUGCUACUGUGUUCGCGUUACAGCAUUAAAACUACUGCCCAAAUAAAUGCAAAAUUGAGUGUUUUAACAGUCAAAUUUGGUCGGGUUGCAAGGUCACAUACUUCCAGGAACUCCUUUGUUAUUUAGCAAUGAAGGUGUGAGAUCACAUUAUCUGAAAUUCUUGCCCAUUUGAUAAUUAACCAUAAUUUCACGUGUCAGAUUUACCAAAUAGUUUUCUAAAGUUGAUCCUGGAUUGAUCUGUGUAUUUGUGUCAUCAGAGGAGCUCUGAACUCAUCAGAAAAACAAGAAUAUUAAGGAAAAUAUGAUUCUUUCCCAACUCUAACUAACUCCUGUAGCUCACACAGUCUGUGUUCCCCCUCCAAGAUUUGAGAUCUGAGCCUUUGGUGUUUGCUACGAUGUGGAUUGGACACGAGAGUAAGGCCUGACAGUCUUUAAAACAACAUGACCUUGAACAUGUCGUGAUGUAUCUUUGUGUCAUAACUAAGGCUGUCAGUUUGUCAAAAAAAAUCUACAUGAUGUGUAAAUGUUUGAUCAUGUCUGAAAUUUGUAGUCUGAUAAGUGAUUGCCUUUUUUGUUCCUCUGGUGAGAGGAGUUUGUUGUUAACAAGUUAGACAGCUGCUGUGUAUCAAGUCAAAAAACACGUCUAUCUUUGUCUUUCAUUUAUUAAUCUACAGCGUUGAUCAUAAAAUACUUCCACACAGCAUUUCUCUGAUGUUUUGGUGUCAUGAUUGUCCCGCUCAAUGUCCUCCAUUUUUGUUGAAAAACAUUACUGUAUUAGUUCAUGAAGGUCAAGAGUGCCUUUCAGUGGCCAGGUUAUGAUGAGAGCGAGCUUGCUAGGUCAUAGCUACUUCACGCGGUCUGAUGCUCUGGUAUUCUGUAUUAACAUGAGUUCAAAUGGCUCAUUACAGUUUGAAUAUGACCUUUUUUCCCCAGAGUUCGAAUGAAGGUUUGAAUUCAGAUAAAAAUUGACAGACUUAGUCACCACGUUUGGUCAAGUAAACAGCCUCUAUCCUGCUUAGGUGGAGGAGGAGUUCCCUGCAAAUAUGACAAAUUUAUAGACCGGUCAAAGGUGUGUGACACUGUAGACCAUAGUCUGCUUUUAAGUGUACUUCAGCAUAUUGGCCUAUCAAACCUAGCAGGAUCCUGGUUUGCAGACUAUCUGGACAAGAGGUCAGAAUGCGCUCAGAUGGCUGGUAUGACUUCUACCUUUCUGGAGGUUUCUAGAGGUGUACCUCAAGGUUCGAUCUUGGGACCUAUUUUAUUCUCUAUCUAUACUAAUAACGUGUAAUAAAUAAGGGUUAAAUAAAAAAAGAUAAUAAAAAUUACCAACAAUACAGUCCUUGUGUAAAUUUACUAUCCCACUGUCUUUUUUUGACUAAAUUGUGAUUUCCAAUCUUGAUUUGUUCAGUUCCAGCUUCUCAUGCUGAGAUCCUCUACACUGGCUAAUCCAUUUGAAAGGGUAUAACUUUUAUAACACCUCAUAAAUUAUUAUGAAUAGAUGUAACACAAGAUGAUUUAGAGAACAUUCAUCUAGAGCUUAUCUGACCCAAAACAACUUCAAACCCUCAUUUCUGAUUAGUAUGGAUGGUUAAAUGGAUUAACUUUAUUAGUACUUAGCCCUGUAAAAUUGUAGAUUUAAGGCUUGAAACCAAAGUCUUGAUCUUCACAGAUAAUAAAGCUGGCAGACAGGGUUAUGGUUGGAAAAACAAGUCAGAGAAAACAGCAGACAGUGUUUCUGUGUGUGCGUGCGUGUGUGUUUGGGGGAAUUUCUCUUAUUUAAUGCAUACAUCCUUCCCCCGAUGUGCCCUGCAGCCUGUGAAUCCCUGCCUUUGUCCUUCUGCACAAACUUCAUGUGAAAAUCAUAUGAUAACAAGAAGCUGCAAACAAACAGUAUGUACAAUUCACACACACACACACACACACACACACACACACACACACACACACACACACACACACACACACACACACACACACACACAGUAUAGUCCAAAAAUAUGUCUUUGUUGGAGCAGCUCAGGGCCUCCUGACCUCGUUAGCCCACCCAGAUCUACACCAAUCCUCACAUCUGGUCCAUGCUGCUCAGGCUAAAAGACGUUUAAUGAUCCCUGUCUCUAUUUGUGUGUGUGUGUUUGUGUGUGUGUAGCACACUCGGGCAUAUAGCUGUGAAUGUGUGUGUGUAUGUGCGUUUGUGAAAGCAAAUAUAUUUACAUAAGCAAACAGCUGCAGCUGCUACUAAGCUCUUUAAGGCCGUUGCUUUUGAUAUAGUGGCCAAAGUCAAAAGUUUUCGACUUGAACAUGAUGAAACUUAAAAGCAAAAUACAGCUUUGUUUUAAUAUCUUUUACAAGUUUAAUUUUUCUCAAAAGCUUUAAUGAAUCCACACAAAUUGAUCUCUUUUAAACCUGAGACUCCAUGUUUUAGGACUACAGCCCUCUUUUAUUGGAGUUUAUCUGUGUGUGCAUUACUGUAUUUACAGUAGAGGUGUAAAAGUAAAGGGAAUAGGGUCAAACUUAUCAAAUUAGGCAUUUUCAGUUCACUGCAGAUGUUCACUAAUACAAAAGCAUGCAGAGCUGAAUUUAAUUAAAAUCUAACAUUUAUACCAUGUGCCAUAAAAUACAAAGCACACCAUGUUUCUCUGCAAAUCAAAUCAAAACAUAGACAUGGCGAUGGACUUUUGCUCUCACACAUAUAGAAUAAUCCGUUUUCAUUCGCUUUCCUUGUAGCUGCACAUUGAGAUGGUGAGACAAGUUAAUUUAUAAGCGGGAUUUAAGAGACCAGAUUGUCUUGUUUUUCAAAAUGUUUCUUGCACAGCAGGUACAUUAUGUUGGCCCUAUUUGCAAAGUAAAUGUUAAAGUAAAUUUUGUGUUUUUAAGGAAAUGCUUCCUCCUUUUUAAAAGGCAGAGUCACUAGCAACAACCUCUGACACUAACUCAUUAACCCGUGUUAUUCUCUGUUUUUCCAGGAUGAGUUUCAGAUUCAAAAUUAUCCCGACAAGAUGGUACCUCUAAAUAUAAAGGUGCUGUAGUGUCUUUGUGUAUUUUCUAUGUGUCUUAAAGGAGCAGAAACACAGAUCUUUUAAAUGCAAAUUUAAACUCCUCAAGUAGGGAGACUAGAACUAGCUCCAGAGAAACUGCAGCACAGGUGAGUCUGUUUGUUUGGCUUUGAUCAGAAAUGUUAACUAUUAGAUUUAGAUUAAAAUGUAGUUUUAAAAAUGAAGACUUCACAAAAGUCAUUUUUUGUUUUAUUUGUGUGUUCGUGAGUAAACUCAGUCAAGAUUGCAAACUGUAGGUUCAUAAUGAUUUUAUUUGAUCUUAAUGACUAUUUUCAAAAUUAAUAUAUGAAAAUACAAAUUUUGAAGUUUUUGUCUCUUUGUAGCAUCAACAGUGAAAAAACAGUGUAUGUGGAAAAAACGCAAUGCAUUUUCUGUCAGCAAAAAUGACUGCAAUACAUAAUUUAAAAUGCAGGUAGUAGGACCAUGUAGUUCUGACUCAUGUACACACAGUAAUAAAAACAAAUAAAUAUUCAACUCUUUUAUAAUCAAAGUUUCUAAUCUAUUUCUUCUUUAAAAUAAGAGCUUCUCUCCUACUUUUAUUACACUCUCUGUUCAGCCUUUUCACAAGUAAAUCUGACUCUUGGCUUGAAGAUAUCAAAAAAAAAAUGCAGUCUGCAAAAUCGGUGUUCAGUAUUAAUUUAUUGAUAAGAAAUCUGCUGAAUAAAUUAGCGUUACAGGAGUUAUGUAAGUUAGAAUUCUGUUGUCCACUGGCUUCUCUUCAGGCUACUUGUGUUUGCAACGUUUUUUUCUACUAAAUUAUCACAAAUUUAGCUUCAUUGACUGCAUCUAAAUGUUAAAGCCCAAACAAUUACACCCAGGGUUUUAUUUAAUGGGGAAAUGUACAUGCUGAGUGAGAGAUCACAAAUUGUGUAUGCUAAAUUAUCUCUCUUUGUUGCUGUAAAUUUAAGGUUUUUGCUAAUGCUCAUAUUGCAGUAUUUUCUGAUUUAUAGCACAAACCUGAUCAGCUGUUACAGUGUAUUUUUUAUGUUGAGGAAAUGUUGAAAAAAGAAAAGAUUAAAUUUUCUUUUCUCCCUCUAAUACUCUCUAAACUUUGGCUCUAGCUGAGUGGAGUUCACAGAUUGAUUCGUAGACUCGAUGUGAUUGGGAGCACGUCACUCUCUCUCUUUCUACAGCUCCUGAAUUUUUCAGUCUAGUUCUGCCAGGCUAAAUCUUUAAUAAGCUCUUUACCUCCCCAACAGAAACUCCACUCUACAACUUAUCUCCUCCUGUAUCACAGCACACAUUUUCUCUGGAUGAUUCAAAUUUCUAAUUUGCUUCAGUGACAACUGAGUCAUUUCAGUCUUUUAAAAUUGUGCAAAAAAAUGAGCUUUACAACCAGAGAAUAGAGAUGGUGGGAAAAGUGGAUGGGGGUAGAAGGAGAGAGGGGUUAAUAGGCAAGAUAAAAAAAAGGAAAAAUUUGUUGUUAGAUUAAAAAAGGCAAAAGAAAAAAGCUUUCUAUGGACUGUAGGUUUGUUUUAGGUUUUUUAUUUAUGUAUAAAAUCCUACAUCACACUUAAUCCUACAUAGAAAAGAAAACGGCUAGAGAGAAAAGUUGAAAAAAUGGAAAAUAAAUAAGUUUAACUUCAAUUAAAUGGAGGAAAUGUCAAAAAAGCAAAGUGAACUUUAUUUAUACUUUUUUUUACAGACACAACUCAAAAAAGUGUUUCAUAUCAAUCCAACAAAUUCAACAGAAAUAAAACCAGAGUCAAUAUGAGAAAAUAAAUCACUGAUGUGUCAUAAAAGUGUUCAAGUCUGUGGAAAAUUUGAUUUCAGUUUCAAGUUUUGAUGUUUCUCACCAUCCAGUAUUUUUGCUUCUAUUUAAACAAACAUCUUUUUCUGUCAGCAUAACUGUUUGUGCAACUAUGCGAGGCUUACGCAUAAAGAAAAUGAGACCCAUAAUUAAAAUGUGAUUAGAAAAAAUAAAUAUUGUUUAUCUGUGAAAUUUUACAGAAAACCAUAUUUUUUUAUAAGACUUUAGUUUGACUUUAGGAUUUGAAAUUAAAUGAUUUAAAACCAUUCAAAUACAAAUGAACUUCAAAAACAAGCAGCGGUCUGAGAUUUAAAAACAUUAAAGACAUUAAAAACUACCCGAGGUUUUUUUUUUUAUCUCUGUUUUCAGAAAUAUAUGGAAUAAUAAAAUGAAACAUUUAAUCAGAGUGGAUUUUUUAAUGCAGCUUUUAGAAACAGAUUCUUUCUAUUUGGGAUUCCAGUGCAGGCCGAGGCUGGUUGGUCAAAUUUUUGCAACAUAAAAAUGCAUCUGUGCAGUUCUUUAUAUUUUUGAUUUUAUGCUCAUACAGAUUUUUUUGGGUUAUUUAAAGUUUUUGUCUUAAAAAAAAAGGAGACAGAAUCAGACUUCUGCUUGUUAAAAACCAAGAAAUCUGCAGGAUUUCUCCUUCUGGAUAUUUGAUUUCCUUGCAGAGAGUAACUAGUUCAGCUCCGAGUGUGCAUGCAUAUAUGUGUGUGUCUCAGUGUGAGUGUGUGUGUGUGUGUUUGUGUGUGUGUGUGAGGUUGGGAGUGUAUGUGAGUGUAUGACAGUGUGCAUUAGUCCUCCACUGUGAGUGGGUGUUUGUGUGUGUGUGUGUGUGUGUGUGUGUGUGUGUGUGUGUGUGUGUGUGUGUGUGUGCUUGCUGGUGUGUGUGUGUGGGCAGCUUUUAAAGAUUUCACCGUAAUGUCCUUCGUGGUUUUUCUCUCCUCUCUGACUCUCAUUUAAUGCACAUGUCCUGCACAGUGCGCACACACACUCAAACACAGGCAUACACACAUGCACACACAAAUAUAGAGUCAGUCAAUCAUGGAGCCAGCGUGAGGCCUCGGUAAAAGCCUGAUCUGUAUGAGGAUGGAGGGGGAUAAGGGGGGUGUGCAGCACAGCAUUUUCUGUUGUUCUCAUGUCUCCAGAUCUAAACUAUGAUGUAAAAUCCUGCACAUUUAAGGGUUAAUAUUCCAGUAAAAAUAGUUUGAGUAUUAAGUCAGAGAUUAUAGUCAUAUUUGCAGCCCAAUCAAAUGAUUUGAUUAUCUGUCUGGAGUCCUACUAGCUGCUAAAUUUGCAAAGGUACAUUUAUUUUGACAUGUUUUUAGGGUAAACUAUGAAGUUUAUAUUAAUUAGCUUUUUGUUUUUUGUAGGUUUCUCAUAAACUUCUGUAAGGUGCUCAACAGUCGUCUUGAAGCCACCAAAACAAAAAUUUAAAAUGAUAAUGUUUGCAGUUAUGCAAAAGACUGAAAAUGAAUAAAGGAGCUUCUCUGUAAAUUAAGAGCAAAUAGUCUAAACUUACAGAAUAAAUCCAAUGUGUUACAAAUACAGCAACAAAAAAUUCACAAAAUAAAAAGAUUCAGAUAAAAACGCUUAAUCUACAAGAGUCAUAUCAUGAUAUGAUGUUUUAAGGUUGAAAUAGAAUCAAUUAGUGAAUUAACAAUUUUCAAUUAAAUUAAUGAUAAAAAUAAAAUCAUUUGUGACGGAUUUUUUUUUUUUAUUACAGCCGCUGUGAUUUUAGAUUUUCACAUUUUUGAGCCAAAUCUCAAAGAUAUCCCAGAGUCUGACCAAAGGCUGCACACUGUAACUAAUGACAACUUUUACAAAUCCAUUAAAACAUGUGAAAUAAUAUUCUGUUAAACAAUAAAACAGAAAAAAAAUCCUACAGCACAUGCUCAGCCCAGCAUUUUAGGUGCAAAUAAACAUUAUGUUUGACAUAUUUCUGAUUUUCUGUCCAAAUUUUGAGACAAACCAAUUUGUAAUUCUUCAUCCCUCUACUGAUGAACAACUUUGGCAUGAUUUUACUAAUGUCUGUAUAAGGAAAUGACUCUGAUUCUUUUAUUUUAAAUCCAUGUAUUUUUGAUAACACCCAGUACAGUUUGUUACCAAAAAUCACAUCCAUCAAAGUAACACCAUCUUCAUUCGACAUUCGUCCUAAUAAAACUACAGAAGCCUGUUCAGAGCUUGUUUCUGAGUCCCUCUGCAGAGCUCAGGAUCUGCUUCCCUUUGGCUGUUUCUAUUUAUUCAUUCAUUUAUUUAUUUAUUUUCUUCGCUGAAAAUGUCGGAUAUUUAUGUUAAUGUUUUGGCUGGUAUAAAAAAGAUGAUUCAUGGUCAUCUUUUCAAAUUUAUUGCUUGAUGAUUCUUUUAUGUUUUGUGGCUAAAGUAUUGACUCUGCACGGAAAAAUAAGAUCAAUUAUCAUGUGCAUGAAUAAAAAAUAGGUAUAACUUAUUUAUUGGGAUAGAUCUUUUUUACAGUGAGAGACCUCGAACAGCACACUGAAUCCAGACAAGGCUGAAAAAAACAAGAAAGGAUGACUGAGAGUGCAGAGAAACUUUAAAAAAAAAAGUGACAUUAUUCUGUUUGAUUAAGUUUUACUGUCAGAAACUCUGAAGGCUGACCUCCAAACAUUAAGUAGCUUUUCUGAAAUAUCUGUUAGAGAACUUGUCAAGAAUAAAAACUUGUAGCUGCAGCAUUAAAAACACAAAAAAGAAUUUUUUUUUUCAUCCACAAAUAUAAAAACAGAGUUUCAAACAUAACCUCCCCUUUAAAUGUUGUCUUAGUUUGACGUACAAAAACGAAUCCAGACUUUCAAAAAACUGAAACCAUGACAAAAGUUUUUUAAAAACCUAAUCUGUGUGACUGAAGAUUACAUUUAUCACAGGGAUGCAGGAUACUGGAAAAAAAAACUGUAUAUAUAUCUAUAAAAAAACUUUUUUUCAUGAACUUUACGGAGCUUCAUCUGACUACAAUAUGCCAUAAAAGCAUGACUCAUAAUAACCCAGGCCUCCAUCUAACACAUGCUUUGACUAAAAUGGACAUACAGUGACCCGUGGCAUUGAAGAAAAUUUCUGCAGUAAAUUACUGUAAUAUUACUAAAUGUACUGUUUAUCCUGAUCAGAUGUGAAUGAGGGAUUUUGUUUCUUAAAAUGAAAGCAGGAUUUGUUUGUCUUUUGUCUUAGUCUUUUCUAUGCUCUUGUAAAAAGUAUCUGAACUCUGUUGCUGGUUUAGCUCAGUGAAUGUAACGAGGCUACAGCUCCAAACACGCUGGUUCCAGGACCCAUCCUGGACUCGCCUCUAUUUGUUGCCCCCUUCCUCUGUUUGUUUUCUCUAAAUUUGAGGUGAAGUCUAGAGUUUCUUGAACCUGUCAGAAAGAAAUGAAAGGUGAGCGUGUGUGUGAUGAAAAUGUUAAGAGUUGGAAACUCUUUUGUUCUUUCACUAAUAAUGAUCAAUGAUGAUUGAAAUUUGUAUAGAAAUUGAUGAAUUUGUGAUUGACUGUGCAGUCCUAAUUCAUGAUAAUAUUGAGGUGAUAACUGUCUUUAGCCUAGAAAGAUGCAGAGAGGAGCUGUUUUUUUAAAGUUAAAAACAAACAUGCCUAAAGCUUCUUUUUCAAAACUUUACUUUCACUAUCAUUAAAAAAAAUCAAACACUCUUUUAACUGGUGUGGAAAUUUUCAGCUUUGAAGGCUCACAAAAACACCAAUCAUUAAGUUUCCAGACUUUCUGGAUGUAAAGAAACACUGAUGAUAGAUACAAUUUAAAACUUUAAUGAGUUUUUCAAGGUGAGUAUUUCUUUUAAGGUCUUGCCUAAUCUUUGUGAAAAUUUAUAACUCAGAAGGAGAGGAAAUUAGAGAACUGCAGACCAAAGCAGGGAGGGAUUUUAAAAGUCACCCUGCAGGGGUAACCUCUUAAAUUCCGGGCAAUAAAUGGAGACGGAAAAAUAAAGGUCUACAAGUUCAGACUUCCUAAACACAGAACAUGAGCAGCUGACCCAAACCAAACUCUCAGAAAAAUCUAAACUAACUUUUUUAAACAAAGACGCAAGACUGCCAGGGAUGUGUGAACGUUAAAAAACAAAAAAGGCCCAGUCUCUCCAGCCCAAUCUUAACCAUAAACAAAGUAUGAGUGCUUUAAUGGAACCUUUCUACAACUCAAAAGACCAUAUACUGUAGAUCCUCUCACAAUCUCUAAGGUAGAGACAAUGAGUCAGCCCUCUGCACUGGAGCUUAAGGACUUAAAUCACCUUCCCACACCUGGUCUCACUCAAGCCAUUCAGGUACUCCCACACCUGAUUCUUCCCAGAGGUGAUUCUCCCCUUUAACUCCAGAAAAGACAAAAGUGAACUGCCCAUCACGAAUCAUUCAACACUCAAACAACCUUAGAUCAGAUCAGAGAUUAACACCGAGAAAGAAAUACUGAUAAAACAGUCACAGAAUUGAGUGGAAAAAUAAGCAGAGGGGGUUAAAGGUCAAAGUAAUUAAAACAUGCUGCUCAAUGAAACAGAUUUCAAUGGCAGAUUGAAUGUCUUAAGAUUUUGUCUGAAGGUUGAAAAAAAAGACUUUUUUCAGACGUUUGACAGAGCAAAACCUUUCACUGAUAUACUGCCACUAAUUCACAGAGAAAAAGGAGAGUUUAGGUAAAGAGGAGAAGAAAGGGAAGAGGUCUGCAAGGACGGAGAGGGAGGGAAAUACUUAAAGGCGAGGGAUUGAAUCAAAAGGGACAUAAAGAGGGAAUUUUAAGAGUAUUACAGAGAAAGAGGAUGAGCAGAGAAAAAAAGAGAGGAAAAGGUAUAAAUAGAGUUUGUAUUGUAUCUCCAUUGAAGGUCGCUUUCUACCCGUCCGUCCAACCAUCAAUCCUUUCGUCCCCACUCACUCGCUCGCUUACUUCUGCGCUCUCUUUAACCCCCACACACAGUAAAUAUAGCUCACAAUCAGCACAUAAGCCCUCUGUGUGAGUGUGUGUGUGUGUGUGUGAGUGUGUGUGGUGAGCACUCCUGCUUUCUUUUGUCUCAUCUGACAUUUAAAUCUCAUAAGGAAUUUACCCACAUGCCCCGUUGGGUCAAGAGAAGAGGGGAGAGAGGGGGCUGUUGUGAGAGGUAUAAGCUGAUGUCAAUAUUUAAAAGAGGAUAAAAAAAAAAACACCAAAUACACCCAAAAAAUUAAAGAGAGAAGUAAUGAAAGGAGGUCAAGAGCUGAAAUUAAACCGGAGUGAGAGAAUGAGAGGGGAUGAAAGUGAAGAAAAACAGAAGCAGGAGGGCGUCUGGGUGGCUCGGUGGGUUAAUGGCAGACACACAUUGCACAGUAACUCAGUACAAUAGGAGAUGCAGCGCUGUGGUGUUGCUCCUGGUGUAACUGAACAAUGAGAGGAGGAGGAGGGGGUGGAAGGGGGAGGAGGAGGAGGCUGGCACAUUAAGAUUCAGCUCUCGGUUUAGUUGUGAAGGAUGUGAACGCUGUGCUGUGUCACCAAAACAAACGGCAAGACCCUUUUUUGUUCGUCUGAUUAUCAUUUGAACAUUUUCAAUUAACAAAUAUUGAGGAGAAAUAUGUAGAGCUUGGCUGUGAAAAGCCAAGAAAACAAAAUCAACCGAAACAACACCGCGUUACACAAAGUUUUCACAAACAUUUUUAAAAAGUUAAAAUUAAGAGUUUCAAAUCCAAGCCUGUGCCAAUUAAUCAAUCUUUCUUUACAUUGCACCAAUUCACAAGUGUUAUCCCAAGACGUUUAACAAAAAGCUAGUCUAGACCAUCCUCUAUUUAUAAAGACCCCAUGUAGAGAUGGGAUCAGAUUGAGGGAGACUGAUAGAGGGAGAUGCUGAAAGGGAAAGAUGGACAGAUGUGAGACUGAUGCAUGAAGUUACAGCAGCAGGAAAGCAGGCAGGUCCACAGCAGCACGAUGCCUGCAUCCAGAGUAACCUACGGCAUGAUGUAGCUCAGAGACUACCAGAAAAGACUGUGCGGUCUAAUAAGACAUUAUGGUUCAAAGCUAAUCACACAGACAGAAAGAGGAUCGAGAAGGAGAAAAAGGUGCUCCAGUACCCCAGCAGUCUAAACCUGUAGAGACAGUUUGGAUGUCCCAAAGCAACAAAUUCCUUGAAUGAGUUUGUUCUUCUUCCCGUUCCUACUGGUAAAUAAAAUGUUUCUGUGUUUGGUGUUCAUACAACUUCAUCUCCAUUGUCUGUAUCAGAAAACUGUGCCACGCUAUGAGUUUCCAUCUGUCAUCUGUGCUCGUUUAGAUCCGGGGUGUAGAGCAUUCGAGCAUCAUGGCAGAAGCAGUUAAUCAAAGCCCCAGCUAGGGGGUAGAUGGUGCACUAUAAUCAGGAGCCAUAUACUAAAAUGGACCCUAUGGGUGUUUAUUAACUUUAGAGCCAAAAGAGUUAGAGCGCCCCCAACUGGCCAACUGCAGUUAAUGUUAUAAACCCGCUUCCUCCAUGGACACGUACGUAGCAGGGGCCAAACUGUCCAAUAUAAAUACUUUUAAUCCUUAUACUUUUAAUCUUUCUCAAAUCUGGUUUCCGCCUGUGCAGACCAUUCUCAUCAUGAUGAUUUAAGUCAAAAUACACAUUUUUCUGGCAAGUUUGGUUGUAAUUUCUUACAUUUAAGAAGCUGAUUGAUUGACAUCUUGACUGACUAAUGGGAGCUCCUGCAGAGUUGUGAGUGGGUGCUGUAAGUACAAGAAUCCAUUUGCUAUAGGCUGUGGGAUCUCGGAGGUUUUGGGGCUGAAAUAAGAGCAUGUUGUCCAUUCUACAUGCAGUCUAUGGCUACAACUCAUGUGACCCAACAUGUAACCCAGAAUUAUAAAAAUACAUGAAUCAUGUGUUAUCAUGUUUAGCUGUACAUCACUGGUUUUGGUAGUUUGAGCUUCCAUGUUAAUCCAUGUUGCAUUGAAGUCGCUGAAUGUUCUCUUCUCACCUUGCUCCGACACACCUGACUGAAAACAAAGGCGAUGGAUUCUCAACCCUGAAAUCUUCACUGUCUUCAAUCUUUCCACAAUGCCUCUUUGGCCACUUACACAAGAGAUGUAAUGGUGUCAAAUUGCUCUCAGAAAUUGCUGUUUCAAGGACAGUCUAUUGAAAACCCAUUGUUCUUUGUCUACCUCCUGCAUGGCAGUGAAAUGGUGGAGCAGAGCUGCUCUGAUCCUUUCCUGUAGGAUGUUGAAGAGGUGGAAUGAGGCUAAAGAGGUGGUGUCAGAGCAGGCAGGGUGGAACAGCGCUCAGUGUGUGUAUCUGUGUUUGUGUGUUAAAUUCAUUGACUGUAUAUAGAAUGGACGCCGUCUGCCUCCUCGCUGGGUGAAGUUACUCUGAGAACAGCACCCUCUGGUGACAGGCUGCAGUAUAGGUCACAAAUCCCGCCUCCUCCAGCCAUCCUUAUGGAGCUGUGGACAAACUUGAGAAAUUUAUUUCACAAAAUAUUAUUUUUUCUCCCCCCGUUUGUGAUGUUGACAUGUAGUUCCUGUAAGACUGCCUUGCACUCAAGUCCUCUUUUUUUCUGUACACCUCCGUUUUUAAAAGUUAUUAGGGGGUUCAUGUUUUCUAGGGUUGACACUUGAUACAGCCUAAGGGUGUACGAAGAUUGCGUAGCUCACCCGGGGGAUAUGGGAUACCGAAUGCGUAUGAUGCUACUGUGCAAGUGGUGGAGAGUGUACAACGUCACUGCGCAAUGUUGGUUUCAGGAAAUGGAGUAAAAUCAUGGAAAUACCGAGAGCUUUUCGGCUUCAAAUCUGUAUACUGACGGAAGGCGGAACCAAGUUGUCCAUGGUAUAUACAGUCUAUGGUUAAAUCACACUCAGUGGGCUAGUUUAAAGGCAAAGCAAUGCUAGAAUUCUCUUUUUCAGAAUAAUCAAGAGCUGGCAAAAGCAGAUAGUGCCCCCUGCUGUUCAAAAUUUUGCGGUAAUGCAUUAUUUUUGUCAGUGGCGUCCCAAAGAAUCAGCCUCAUUUAACAACGUAUCUUCACUAAAAAUGUUCAUGUUGAGCAAAAGUUUGAUUGUCAGUAGUUGGACAAGAGUAAUAAAGACAUUGAAGGUACUAGUUUGUCCACAGGGGGCACCGAAAUGAACAGGAAUGAAUUUUUUUUUUUAUAGGAGCUUUAACUUGAAUUUUUUAGAGGUGUUAGAGGUGUGAUACAGCUUAAAUUUUUUGAACAAACUUUGGUCAAAAUUUUCAGCACAGCCAGAACUGGGAGCAUCCAGUGAAGAUUAAACGUGAUCCCAGCUGCUGCUCCGGAUGCUGGAAGCUCCACAUCUGUCCGCUCAGCUCCACUCUGCCGUAAAAAAAAAAAAAAAACAACACAUUUAUUCAGUGCUUAGCAGAGAAACUCAAACCUCGCCUCUGGCUUUAAUCACUGGCAUUAAAAGCUUAAAAAAAAAAACAGCCCACCCCCCCUCUGCUGCUGCUGUGUUUGGAAGAGGGGGGAGGUGGUGGCCGGAGUGUGGAGGUGGUCUUCCCUGCUGUGUGUUAGGUGGCUACUGUCCUGCCAGCACAAAUUGGAUUUUCUGCUCUCCAGUAGCUCAGCUGUUCACUAAGCAUGAUGUCACUCCAAAUCUGUCUCUCUUUCUUCCCUCGCUGUCUCUCCCUCCUCCCCCUCUUCCUCACCUCCCUCUCUUUCUCUCUGGUUAAGUUUUAAUUCGAAGGAAAUCUGGGUCAAGUGGGGAGCAGAUGAGAUUGUUUAGUGCAGUGUCGCUGCCUGAUGCUCAAAAACAAAACAAGUAGUGUGUUUUUCUUAACGCAGCGUGUGUGUGUGUAUUACUGUGUGUAUUUAUUCACUUGCGUGUGUGAUGGUACUGCAAGUCACUGAAUCUCAUUAGUGUGUUUGUCUGACUCUGUUGCAUUUACAGUUCAUCCACAGAGCCCUUCUGGCGGAGUGUCCCAACUUUUUCAAUGGCUCCAAAAAUACAAAAUCCCCCGAUGUAAUUGGAUUUGUUUUCACGGACUGUUGAAUCCAGCACAGGGUCAGGAGUUUAAUCUGCUCUUGGGCAGCAUCUGUCGUACGCCACUUUUAACCCAAAUCGUGUGUUUCCCAAAGUCGAAGCAUAAUCCUGAAAAUUUUGAUCAAGAUAGUGUUAGUUGAUGAAAAUCAAAGCCCUGCCUUUGAACAUGGAGUGACUCGACAGCCACAGAUGACUUUUUGAAGAUCUAUCAUGCUGUUGGCUUUCCGUACUAUGCCUCUGCAAAGUUUCACAUUCACGACCACACAGAUGUUGUUAAAAUCUCUGAAUGGCUCAUUUGGAUAACUUCAUGAGACUUGGCCUCAACCUGAUGCUUCCCUGUGGUGUCCAAUAUGAACUCUUUAAGGAUAUCUCCUCCUCAUCACCAGACUUUUUCGCCACUCUGCUCUGUGUUGGUUUAGUACGGACUCAGAUGGUUUUACUCAAAAGCAAAUAAACUUGUCUUGCUUGCCUUUUAUGCAGUUCCCCAAAAUGAUAUGAGCAACUCCAUGGCUUCAAACUUCCUUUUUCAUCCUUGACCACUCUGCUCUCACAAACUCUCCAUGGUGACAGCUGAUAGCGCACGCCAAAUCCUCUUUUAAAGAGGGCGGUCCGCACCACUUUUGCACCUGUUAUCAAUUGCGCACGCAAUGAUAAUAGAUCACCCGCAACACGCCCACAAAUAGCGCAUGAAAUUUUUUUAGUUUGCACACGCAACUUAGCGCCCCUUAUUUGGGGCACCUUAUUUUAUCUUAGUAGAUCAGACCCUAUAUGCAACAUUAAUACAGCAGCUAACAAAAUUACAAUCGAAGUAUGCUAAUGUAGCUUAAUUGGGGUCUAGGUUGGCCCUAACAGCUAGACCCAGAUAUGGUCUCUAAAGUCAAACCCUUUAUUUGUUGCACAGUGACUAAGCUCUGUAAAAAGAAGCACCCGCAAGCUGACACUUUCAAUAUGUUUCACUUGAGAUGAAGCAUUUUAGGCAGGGGCCUGGGUCAAAGAGGGGUUUUGACAGACCCCAGUAGAAGAUUUAAAAAAGAGUUUCUCAAGCUGCAAAUCAUGUAAAGCUCCUGUACAGCCAAAAUAAUGAAAGACUAAAGAGAUUAAAAUGGGUCUCGUUGGCAUCAGGUUUUUACAAGACCUUUAUCUCUGGUGGUCAAUUCAACUUUCAGCUUAACUGUGAUAGUUUUCAAAUUCAUCUCACAGUGUAAACUCUGCAUUAGAUUGAUGGUUUUGCAGGUUAUUUGGGGGUUAUUUACAUAGUUGUGAGCUGUUUUGCAUCGUUGUUCACCCAAAAUGCUUCGACAUACAUGACCAGUAACCAUAGCUUUAGUGCAAAGAUUUGAAAUGAUUUUCUCCAUACUAUAUGUACCAGGGUUGUCACUGUGACACGUGUUUAUGGGCCUCUAAGAUCAGAAAAUAACCCUUUGGUUUUUGCUGUUUUGCAGGAUUCUUUCUGUUUUCCUUGCCAUCCCUGUGUUUAUUUUCAGUGGUUUUUUAAACAAAUUUUCUGAAGCAUGGGAAUAUUUGAGAAAAGCGUGAAAAUCUGUCUGAACUGAUCAACAGCUUUAUUUCCCACAAAACACCCCGCUUUUAUGAAGCAUUGAAAAUUCAUUCCCUCCUUUUAGUUCUGGGUCAUUGGCUGAAUUUUGGUUCACACCCCAAUUUAUUUGAUUCUGGCUCGACAUCAGAGAGGACCCUGAUCUGUCUUUCAGAUUUUCAUCGCUGUUGGUUUCUGUCGAGUUAAGCCUGCGCAUGUGGAAAACAUCGACUUGCCAAAUUACAAUUUCAAGCCUCAUAUUUUCGGAGAGGCAGACUUGUGACCAGAACAUUGCAGAUUUUAAUCUCUGGGAAAAAUCAAAGUGUGAAGAGACAAAAGUUUGCUUCUCUGUAUACCAUAAAUUAAUGAUACUGCAAUUUUUCUAUAUCAAAAUAAUCAUGGGAGUAAAUCUAGGUCCUUUCAUGAUCAUAAAGUGCAGGCUGGAAAGAUAAAACAGCAAUAAAGUAACUUGGAUGACAACGAGGACAAGUAUGAGAACCAAGCAACGAGGCAUUUAUUGUGAAAAGUCACAUUUUUGCUAUAUUUGACACUUGAAGCUGUUUAUGCUCAGGAGCAUGAAGACUGUGAAAAUUUUACAUGAUUUGGCCUUUUUGGAAAUUUUAAGUUGUUAAGAUGUUUUGGAGGAAAGAAAAAAUAAAAUUGAUGUUUGAACCAGUGUGAAUCAUCCUCUGGGAAGCAUGAAUUUUCACAGAACAUUUCACUCAAGUCCCAGUGGUUGUUGCGUACAAUAUAGUGGGCUGGUUUGAUGUUUGAGAAGUGGCUCUAUUAAGGGAGCGAAGAGACCACAGUCGCUUGAUUUAAUAAUCAUAACAUGAAAUAUAAAAUGGUCAUAAAAAGUCUGUGGAUUGCAGAAAAAAUAAUUGGGCUGCAUUUCGCUGUAAAAAAACUCAUAUCAUUUGAAUUGGAUGGUUAUAUGUCAAACAUCUUGUUUUGUUUUCUUGUUUGGUUUGACAAGGUUAUUUUUUCCCCAUGUUGCAGUUAAUUCAUCUUCUUCAAUUUCACUGGUUUCACUUGUAUAGUUGAACUCACUAGCACCUGUUGUUCUCCACUUCCUCAUCUUUUUUAUUCUUUUUGUUGAGAGAGUCUUAUUUUAUCUAAUCAGGCAGCCCUUUUUGAGCCCAGCCACUGACCGGCCCUGUAAUGAUGUUGAAGUUAUGAUUACAGGGGGAAACAGAAACACACAGCUCAGACUUCAGCUCAACUAACAAGAUUAGGCGUCAGCCUCGUUUGCUUUCCAUCUGUGUUUCUCAUUUGAUAGUUCAACGCCUCAUUUGUGCUGUGGAUGUUUUUUUUUUUGUUGUUUCACAGCAGAGCCAUUAUGCCUCCCUUUCUUGAAAAAAAAAGGUAAUUUAGAUUGUAAAAAUCCCCCAUCUCCCUUUGCAGAGAGCUUGAUGGUAAUUACCAGAGGAAGAUUGGGCUCAGAGGCUCCGUGUUAGCAGAUAAUGAAGCGGACACAGGCUUCGGUUUCACAGCUCUUUGAUGCUAACGAGGAGAUCCAGCAUGUGAUUGUUGACUCGUGUGCCACCGUCAAAGAACUAACCCACAGUGCUGCAUUCAAUGUUCAAACUCCGCCACGCGUCAGAACAAGGCUAGUUCACUCAAAGUUUCCAGGGACAACUGGGAUCAGCAGGCCUGAACAUCAUUUCAAUCAGCUCUCAGACUGGACCCUGUGACCACUGCCUGAGCUGCUCUGGGUGGAAACAGAACUCUGCUAGAAAGCUUAUGUAGCACAAGUCCUUCUCAAAACACUGAAUAUGUCUGGAAAGGUUUUCAUUCAUCCAGGUCAUGGUUAUCCAAUUCUUUGUUGAAAGGCAGCUGGACUUGUUUGAGGCUCUUGAAGAAGUUUGGCCUCUCUUCCAAAAGGCUUCUUCAGUUCUGAACUGAAAAAACCUUGGACACUGAAUGUAACGUUACAAAACACAGAGAGAAGUGGUUUCAGAUGUGCCAACUCAACAAAAUGUGCUAUUAACGCACUUUCUCUCCUUGGAAUUGCAGAGUUUCAUUGCUUCAUACUGUCCCCACAAUGAUGCCUGUGGCUAACAGCUAAUCUUUAGCUGCCUAUUCACUGAAGUGCUCCGGCCCAUAGAAACAAUUACCUCCCCCAUAAUGACCAUUAAUAAUUAAAGCAAAUUACAAGAUCCCUUUGCUCUCAUUCCCAUUAAACAAAAUAUUUACUUCCUUUCUGGGCAACUAGAUAUUAAUCGAGCUGGCUUUUUUUUUACAUUUUCAUGAUCAAAAAUUCAUGCACUUGUUUAGUUCUGGGUCAUUUGUUGAAUUUUGGUUAAUGCCUCAAUUUAUUUGAUUCUGGAUCAACAUCAGAGAAGGACCCUGAUCUGUCUUUUAGAUUUUCAUCGUUGUUGGUUUCUGUCUAGUUCAGUCUGUGCAUGUGAAAAACAUCGACUCGCCAAAUUACAAUUUCAAGCCUCAUGUUUUCGGAGAGGCAGACUUGUGACCAGAACAUCGCAGAUUUUAAUCUCUGGGAAAAAUCAAAGUGUGAAGAGACAAAAGUUUGGAGCUUCUCUGUACACCAUAAACUUAAUGAUGCUGCAAACAUCCUUUUUCCAUGUCAAAAUAAUCAGGGGUGUACAUCUAGGUCCUCUGAGGAUCAAAAACUGCAGGCUGGAAAGAUCAAACAGCAAAUAAAUAUCAUGGAUGAGAUAGUUUACCAAACAGUCAAAAGCAUUUUUCGUUUUAUUACAUAUGUCUUACAAAUUAUCUCAGCUGUGGCUUAAACUGUAUCCAUACCAAAUCUAAGACUAUUCAUGUCUGCAGCAUCUGCUUGUAGUAGUGUUUUGGUGGUUAGCUCUGUUGUCAUAAUACAAAAGUUGUGAAGCCACCAUGUUUCCAUCAGUAUCUUCAGGAGUUUGUCAAGAACCUUGGCUUCUAAGACUAUAUUGUGGUAGGGUUUUCUGCACCAACUGCAUCCUUUUUUUGUUUAUUUUAUACUUUUGCACACCGAUUAACUACUUUUUACUUUUCAAAUCUCAACACAAGAUGAACGACAUAGCAAAGAGUUUUUCAAAGCAGCCAUCUCGGGUGCUUUUUUCUACCGGGAGUCAGGUACAGGGAGUCUGCUUUAAUGAAUUACAACCUUUUUCUAAACCAGAAACAGUCACUGCCUUGUUCUCAUCAAAGUCACUGGACUUAAUAGACAAAUUGAGUAGUUUUACCUUGCAGAGCAUGCACAAUGCUGCUCCACUUCUUCAUCAAUAGCUUGCUGUUUUACUAAUGUCAAACUCUGAUUGUUCUUUAGAUUACCUGACAGAGAGGCUCCUACAGAGAGAGACAUUUUUAUUAAAGGUACACCGUGUAGAAAAGGGAGUAUUGAGCCUUGUCUAGCAGUCGGAUUCUAGGUUGCAAAGCUCCCUUGCUAACCUUGUCUGUUGUUGAAACUCCAGAAGUGAUGGUGGCCUUGGAGGACAAAAAACUCCUGUGAUGCAAAUGAAGUAUGAGCCUCUUAUGAUCUGCAUAUGAAACUGGAUGUCAUAAUUCAAAAUCAAAUCUAAUCAAAUCGUCAUGAAACAGACCGAAAAUAAUAUUUUUAACUCAUUAACUAACUCCUGUGCUGGACAAAACAAGCAAAGAUCACUUUGUCCACAGGGGGCGCCAAAAUCAACACAGCCUGAAAGCUUAAAAAGUUUGUUUUGUAAGGCCUUUGGUCCUAAUUAGUUAUUGUUUUUCAAAGACGAUUAAAAACAAUGAUGGACAGUUGUGUUGUGGAAUGAGACUCUUGCUUUACUCUGCUCUGGUUUAGCAAAGGAAAAAAAGAAACAAUGACAGAAAACGUAACGCAAGUCAUUAAACUUUCCAGUGAAUUCAACACAAGGGUCUGCUCUGCUGUGGACUGAACCAACUUAAAGGGAUAUUCCGGCGUAAAUUUAAGUUCGGGUGAAACACACCAUAACACCGAGUUAGACAACCCCUGCCAACUGCUUGCUUCUUUAGGUUUACCAACUUUAGCAACAAUAGGAAUACACAGCAGUCUAUGUCUCCAUGCGUGAACCUCAACCAAAAAGCCACUCUUUAGCCACAAAUAAUGCUCAGAACAGCACCUAACUUCAUCAACAGUGCAUAUAGGGUCCCAGUACUUGCCACCAAACAUCUUUUUAACUUUGCCUAAUUUCUUUAGCAAAGAGACUAAACACAACUCACCCACUCUCUUCCAGCAGCCCCUUGUUUGUGGGGGAGCCCUGACAAGUCCAUCACCGAGUUCUGCAGCUCAUUUUCAUGAAUUAAUAAUCAUUAUAAUAAUCAUUUUGCACUGCAGACGCUGUAGGUCUCCUGCCUUUGCAUCUCAGUCUGUUUACAUUUCCAUGAAAUAAUAAUCUGAAAUGUUCUUCCUUGAGCUGCGAAACUCCGCUGCAUCAUCAUCUCACAUCAGAGCAAGACCAAAACUUUUUGAGUCAGUUUGAUUCUCAAAUAUUUAAAAACAGGGUUAAAUAGACUGGCAGUGUAACUGUGUCAGAAAUUCUUUUAUCAAACCGCUCUCUUUUGGGUUGGUGGGUCUGUAAACAGGAGGUGGAGAAGUCCAGGAAUGUGUGUGGAGGUCAACUCGAGGUUUAAUUGGUGUCCAUUAGCAGAGGCAAAAAUGUCAGUUGAAGACAUAAAGGAGGAAAAUUCAAGGACGGAGGGCCGGCGUGUCGCCCUCUCAUAUCUGAAAGGUUUCUGUUCAGUCAAUCACAAAUUGCUGCCCUUUUGGAAAUGAUGAAAAAUCUUGAGUGCUUGUUGGACGCCCUCAGUGCAGAGAAGUGAGAUUGUCAUUAAAAGGCAAGGUCUCAGUCUGGCUCACAGUUAAACCUUUUCUCUUUCUCUUUGAGUCUCUUCUUUCACUUGCAAGCUGAAACAUUUUAGAUUCGUUUAAUUUCUGCUAUGAAUAAGUCGUCCCUCCGCUGGGGAAGAAUCUUAAGUUAUUUUGAAGAAAAAAUUAAAGGCAACAAAAACAGAUUCCUUUCAUAGCUACCAGUAUUACUGACUCUGCUUAGCACUCAUUUUCUGCAGGACUUUUUUUUUUUUACUCAGCCUUGAAAGGUAAUGAAAGACUGAUACAUUAAUGUGAAAGGAACAUGUACCGGCCACAGAGCAGAGAAAAUCUUACCUUUUUAUGGAGAAGUUGGAUAGAUGUUUAAAAUGUUGGGAUCAAAGGUCAGAAAGUACUUCAGAAAGGAAUAAAAAUUAAAUUAGUUUCUUUAGAAAAGGUAGAAAGAAAGCUGUGGCAAAGAGUAGAGUCCUUUUUUUCAAUCAGUGUUUAAUCUUUUGGCAGCAGGUCGCCACAGUUCACAUCGAACAACUGGAGUCCUACUGGAGGUCACUGCCAACAGCGCACAGACAUUGACCCAUUUUACACCUUCUGUCUUGUCAUGUCAAUCACAUUUAAUCGUUUACUGCUUUGAAUUUGAGUCUCUUUUCAUUAUGAAGUGCUUUAAAUCAAGAACAUAAGGGCACUUUAAUAAAACAGAGUCAACGCAUCUACUAAUAGGCACAAGUUCAGACCUUGUCUGCAUUUGUGAAAGAGUCCAGGUCUGUAGGAUGCUGUUCAGCAGCUGAACUCACAGUCUCAAUGUGUUUUCAUAUAAAAAAGGUAAAUGUUUUUUUUCUGCAGAGUGUUUGCAUACAGAGUAAAUACUUAGACACAAAUGUGCCCCAUGUGAGCCAAGUCAUGCAAAUUUGAUCCAUUUGCAUUUUGCACAAGUUAAAUUCAACCCAAAGUAGAAAUUUGCAAGAUGCUGUGUGGAGAAGGAAUCAGGACUAAGGUUCUCCUGAAGCCCUGUGGUUUCUGGAGAGACGGCUCAUCCAAAAUACACUAAAAAAAAAAAAAACAGAAUUGAGGCUGUUUCCUUGCUUUGUUUAAACAGAUAGAUCUGGUAGUGUCUGAAUUAGUCACUCCUGAUAGUUGGCACCAGUAUAACUACUCAGUUAAGUAAAUAACAAUUUAUACAUGUACAACUUGAUAAUUGUUAGUCCAAAAAACUAGUAAUAUGUUGUGUCUCAGCUCUAGCCCAGCCCCUAGCUGUAGCAGUAGCUAUGGUUACAGGCGAAUGUCAUAAUGCUAUAAUAGUGGUCAAGCACAGAGAACCGAUGACAUUUAAGGGCAUGUUUUGGCAUAUUUUGAUCUGGAAAUCUGAGCUUAAGUUACAUAUAGGCUGAUCCUGGUGAACUAAACUUAGCUUACAUUGAUUGACAGGCAGGCACAGGCAUGUGGAUGAUGGCAAGGAUGGUGAUAGUAGCUUUGCUGUUUGCAUAACCUCAGAUUCUGAUAUACAGUAUCCAUUCUGUCCAAGACGGACUUUUCCUGUUUUUGAAACCACUUGGAAAUUAGCUUUUUCAGAAUACCCCUACUCAAUUGCAAUUUGUUUCUUACCUGCAGAACGAUGCACUUAUUUCAGCUUUUUUUUUUUUGGCCUGUUUAUUUUGAUUUAUUUCCAUUUAAUUUGUAUGUUUUGUGGCACUGCAGUGGGCUAGAUUUCAGUCAAUACUUCAGAUAAAAAGUGCUAUAAUGUUGCUUUGCAUCAUGGAUACGAGGGAGAAACAGAUUAGAGAAUGAAACAGAGUGUGGUAGAUGUUAAACAGAGGGACUCAAAUGUGUUUCUGUCAGAGAGAAAAAAAGGAAGCGCAUUCUUGGCAGGUGAACCAGGAAGUUAAUUGGCAUUACUCUGCCAGCUCGCUCUUGGGGUCAGAGGCAGAUGGUUGAGAACCCCUGGUGCAGAUGGUGCUGGUGCAUCUCGACUGGCCAGAAGCACCAACUCCAACUCUGGUUUUAGAGGCAGUCUUGUAUCUGGGAGAAAGCCAAACCAACAUAAACCAGUGAAAAUCAUGUUGCCCAUUCUGCCUUGUCUUUACAACCAAGCCUGAUCUCCUCAGCUUUCAUUCUCCUCCACAUUUGGCUCUGUUUUCAGUAAUAGGUACACUCAUGCCUGCAGUCAUUUGGGCCAAAACUGACCAUGUGCAUGGGAAUCCAGUCACAUGACUUGGCGGUAGCCCCUUUGUUGGACAGAUGUUCAGACACCUGUCAUUUCUCCAAGUUUUCUCCAAGGAUUUUGGCUAUUAGAGCAGAGAUUUGGGCUGCCUUUAUCUCUAAAUAAGCAUGAUGGAUUUAGUGUAGCUCCACUCCAGAUUAGACACUGAACGAAGCUCAAUUUGUGCAGAUUAGAGUCAGAUCGAGGUUUUCCACAGUUUGUUAUGUCAUGUAUGAUUUUCCAGAUACUAAUAUAAAGUCAUUUUUAUUGCUUGCAACCUUUUUAUUGGCUUUUAAUGACCAUGAUCUGUACAGCUGACUCACAAGUUUAUACAUUUUUAGAUUUCACCUGUUGCAGCUACAAGUCGUCCAUAGCCAAUGGCCAAAUUUAGACCUUAAAAAGAGAUAAACAAAGAUGCAUUCACAAAAGUUUCAACAGAUGUUGUAACCAUGACAACCAAUAACAUAUUAAUGCUGUAUUCCAGUUACCUCGGAAAUCAAAUGUCGGAGCAGAAAAUGACGUUACACCCAAGUUGACAGCUUUCCAGUAAACAAGUCGGAAAACCAAGAUGGACGCCUACUGUUACCCAUUGUUAGCUGCAGUUUGCAAUUGUAGCUGUUGUCAGUUGUUGUUAGUGGUUGUCAGUUGUUGUUAGCGGUUGUCAGUUGUUGUUAGCAGUUGUCAGCUGUUUUGAGCUGUUGUCAGCAGUUUUUGUUAGCGAUACCAGUUGUGAAAAACGCAUAACACAGUAUUUUACUCUUAAAAGCACCACAGCACCGUGUUCACAGUGAGGCGUUGGGCAGUACAACAUAUACCACUUAUUUAAUUUCACAAAAGCAAAACAGAAGUGCUAAUAAAUAAUACAUUAUGAGAGCUUUCCCUGUUACUCUUUACUAUUGAUGGACUGCACUGCCAUCUUGGAUUAUGGCGUUGGCAUCAAGUCGGUGUUGGUGAGGAUUAUCCGACUUCAGGGAGGCUUUCCAGAUAAAUUUCUGACUCGGAGCUCGGAAAUUCCGACUUCAGAGUACAACUGGAACGCGGCACUAGCUUAGGUUAAUAGAUCACAAGGUAACUCCUGAAACUGAAACACUGGUGUCCAACUGUGCUUAGUGCCACCAGUCCACAUAACUUUUGUUUACCUGCACAGCUGAAAUAUCGGACUAUGAACAUAUCACAAGGUAUAGAAACAAUGCAAUAAUACAUCAUUUUUUCAUCUGAAUCUGAACAAAGCUAAUGAGCCACAAGUGUGGGAGCAGCCUGAGAUCUGGACAGAGGUCAAAAACCAUCCCCCAUUCAGAAUUCAAGAAGAAGAAGAAGAAGUAGAGCUUUAUUUAUCCCUGAAGGGAAAUUCAAUAUGCAAUGAAAUAUGAAAUUCAAAUGCAGAGUUCUUAAUUUGACCUAAAUCACAAGAGACGAUGCACACACUCCCAGUUUGGAGUCCAUCCAGUUCUGAACUCCUCAGGUGCUUUACUCCAUCACUCUCCUGUUGUUUACCUCUUAAGUGCCCAAGUUAAUUGGCAGACAAUAAAAGAUUACACCAAUUACCACUCUCAUUCUUUAAUAUGGCACUAAUUACCAGUAUCUCCCGCCCCUCUCUAACACACAUCAUACUCAUCUGUUUGCACAAACACACAAACUCCCUCAUCUCUCUUUUAAUUGCUUUCAAUUUGUUUCUUGUUAGCACUUUCAUGUGGUAGCACCUCCUUCUCAUUGAGUUUAUUCCUUUUUAAUAAUGCGAAGUGAAAACAGGAAGGAAACUGUGUUUUUGAGAAUUAAAUAAAUACAAAAGAGGUGGCAAGAGAGAGGGGGUCAAAUCUAAAGAGGAAGAGCAGAAUCCAGAGCAGGAGGCCACCGAGAGAGGUAAUAUUUCCAGGUGUCAUCAGCAGGAGCACUGAGGGCAAAAGGAAAUGCAAAGAGCAUCUUCAUCCUCCUUCCUGCUCUCUUGGACAUAAUUGAAAUAAUUAGAUAAUUAGAGGAGUAAUUGGACGGAUUCUUUUCUCCCUUUCCUCCCGCUGUGACGUCUGUUUGGCUGCAGGGAUGAGCAAAGAGGAGCGUGGAUUUAGAGCAGUGCCACACCCAUAAGAGUCUGUGUAAGUACAAGUGCUGGUGCAUCAUGGGAAAAAAGAGGGAGCCAAAUUUACCUUGACCAGUCGUUUUCCUUUUUAGAGCCAUCCUUGUGUGCUGUGUUUAGUGUGUGUGUGUGUGUGUGUGCGCAUGCAUGCAUGUGCGCGCAUAUAGGAGGAGAGCGAUUCGUCGUACACACAUGAAAUCAUCUGAUGUGCUGCUCUUUGAUGUUAGGGGUUGAUUCGUCAACCAAUCAGGGAGCUCGACCUACUUAUUCUCCCCCUCCCCCCUCCCCUCCCUGAGCCAUGACCAUGUUCAAAUGUUCGAAGUCUGAAUGUCACACUUUCAGUGCCAUACAGUGUAAAAGCUCCAAAUCCACUGUUUCAUGGUCUGCUCGCUCUCUUUGGAGACACCGCCCCGUUUCUGCUGCUUAAACUGUGUUUGUGUAUCUGUGUGUGUGUGUGUGUGUGUGUGUGUGUGUGUGUGUGUGUGUGUGUGUGUGUGUGUGUUAGUCACAGAAAUAGCUGCCAGCGCACAUCAGCCUCCUUUGAGCUCAUCACCGGAUACUUCAGAGAGAGAGAGAUGAGAUGAGAUUAGGGAUUUGGUUUGCCGAGAAGCCGUCAGAUUGAAUCGACACACUGCGUUUAGGGGGUGUGUCUCUUUUUUCAUAUAUAUGUCUGUGUGUGUGUGUGUGUGUGUGUGUGUGUGUGUUUCCUGCCAUUUAUUUGAAUCUCUGUGUUUCACCACGCCUUCAGCCAAUCAUGCACAUAUUUGCUUUAUUCAUUUUUCCCCCUCAUACCCCAGCGCACAAACACACAUAGUCACACAAUCGUACUGUAACUGCACACACAUACACACAGAAAGAAAACUGUGUAAAGUUUGUGUUUAAUACUGUUCUUACUCUUUGCAUUGAGUGAGGAGACGAGUCUGUUUCUCUAUUUUACAUGCCGGUAAUUUUUUUCAUCAUUUAGCAUACAUUCCAUUAGCCAUUAAACUAAUGAGUUUUGCAGACUGUUGUAAUAUGCAACACAUCAGAGAAGCAGAGCAAUUUACGUUUGUUUACCUGAAAUACCAGGCAGGGGUGUACAGAGUCAACUUUUUCCUAUGUGUAAACUGUCUGCAGUAAAUGGCAUAUUAGCAUUGUGAUUAGAUUCACCUAUUAUUUAAUUUGGUCAUAUUUUGGUCUCUUUGAACCAGCCGAUGAGUGCACUGCAGGCAGAUGAGCGUGUCUGUGUAGUGUCCAAAACGAGGAGGCUUUCUUAUGCUGAAAAAUCUCUCCAUAGAGUGUUUACGUAAACUUAGACGAGUGUUUUAAUCGGACUCUCUCAAAUGUAGCUUAAUUAUGAGGCAGGGCUGUUCCUCUCUGCUGUUGCCUUGCUUUCAUAUUGGUUCCUUUUGCAGUCUCUCAUUAAAGGGUAGAGCUGAUUGGCAUCUUAACUCACUAUUUAGUGAGAUGUAAAUCAUGCAACCCCACUUUUAAAAUACUAAAAUAUCCCUUUAAGUGCCUCUGACUCAAGUAUCAGUCACAUGCACUGAAUCAGCUGAUACAAAAACAAAUUUGAUAUUUCUGAAACAUUUACGUUGAUUCACCGCAGAGGUUCAGUGUGCCGUGUUAAAAUAGCCGCUCUAAAAAUGACAACCGUGCAGAGGAACAUGCUCAGACAUGAAAAAGAUCAUACUAAAGAUUAAUCUUGCUUAUCAAUCUCUGGUCCAGUUCCUUAUGUGCCUCAUUAGAUAUACUGUAAAGCCACUGUUAGUCCAAUCCAAAACACAGUCAACAGGGAACAUGUGUGGAGAAAAUGCAUUAGUCUGCCAGCAAAUUUCUCUUUUAGCGUUUCUGGUUGCUGACUUGUCAUGUGACGUCCCCGUGUCAUUCCCAAUCCUGACUCCCCUCGUCGUGUCUCUCACUGUCACCACAGUGGAUAAGCCUCGGUGUUGCUUUGUGGGGGGUUUGCAUUGGGGUCAAAGUGCAGAGGAUACAGAGUGGUGUUAUUUUUCCUUUGAAAGAAAAAGCCUCUGUGGAAACGGCUGCAGAUACAUGGAGCUAAUUCAGAGCGCAGAGAUCAGGAGGGGCAAAACUCUGCAUUGCAGGGAUCCACAGGCUUUUUUAGAUGUGUAAAUCAGUGUAAGAACAAAGCAAAACAAUCAGUGUUUGUCCUGUUUGUGUAACUAAGGCUCUGUGUUGUUCUUUCUAGCCACCUUGGUGAUCACAGCUACGGCUAACCACCUAACUGUGGUCACUUUUUAGAGGCAAAUCAAAACUCUUAUUAGAGUUUCCACUGCCAAAUAUCAGGUUUUAAGUAUGAAAAGUAAGGCUCAGAUAAUACUUAUUAACAGUUUUUCCUGCUCAGUGUUGUUAUUGAAACAAACUGUACAGAAAACAUGCUAACUCCUCCAAGCCUUUCCCAUGUGAGUGUCUUAUAAUAGGUCAGUAACAAGAUGCCCCUGUGGCUAACAAAACCUUCUUUGGCAUGCUUUUAUGAUCCUUUAAAAAACAAAAGCCCAGUUUUAACAUCCUCUAAAGACUUUCAGCACAUUAACAGACAAAGAUGAGGCCUCAGUUCUGACGUUAUGCUCCCAUCAGCUGACCGUGCAUCAACUGGUUAAUUCAUGCUUCACCAUUAGUGGUUCAUUUAUCAUCUAAAUGCCCUUUAAGAGCGGUACCUUCCAGUCAAAUGCAUAAAGCUGGAUGGUGCAACUUGUCAAUGAAUCAUCUUACUGCUCUCACACCAAUUAUGUACACGGCCUCAGCUUCUAAAUUUUGAAAUACCCCCUCUUCUCCUGGAACACUCAACUCGGUAUGUAUUCUGAAAAAGAAACGGUAUAAAGUCUUAUUUUAAAUCAACCACAGGUAAGAGCAGGGAGAGAAAAGCAGGAGGAGGCAGGAUGAGAGAGGAGAGCAGGGAGAGACAGGCGUAGAGAGGAGAGCAUGGAGAGGGACGGGAGGACACUGUUUCUCUGUGUGUGUCUGAAAAGCCAAGGGACUGAUUGAGCAGAGAGACUGAAGCGAUCAUAAGCUGACAACUCCUGGACUGAAAAGUGUGAGACAUCAUUUGUGAUCAUAAUAAAAAAACGAGCCGAAGUCUUGAUGUUAUACAGGAUGUUUUAUAAAAGCUUGAUUUAUUGUUUAGAUCUGCAGCCUGUGAUAAAAUAUAAGCAGUAAAAGAGCUUAAAUCCUUCAGUUUUUAUGCCACAGUGUAAAAAUACUUUACUGCAUGUGAAUUCUGGCAUUUCAUCUGGAGAGUUUUAUCAACCAAAAGUAAGCCAAAGCCCUUAAAGUGAAGAAUUGACGCAUGGUCCCUUUCAGCAGUCGUACAUGUGUCUUUUUUUAAAAACAUUUAUCGUCCAGAUAGACGGAAAAUUGGCAAAACAGUUUUUAGUUGUUGUGUUGAGGGUUUUUAGGAUUAAAAGAGGUUUAAGGUUGUGCAGUUGUGUGUGAUGCUGAUGUUAAAUCACAGGACAUUUGUUAGUAAUGAUCCUUGUUAAUAAUUCUGAUAUCAAUAUCAAUCAAAAUAGUGGUGAUAAUGAUUUUUCUAUAGUGAAGCAGCCCUGCUGUAAAUCCACCUGCUGUCUGAUGUAAAUGGCUCGAAGGUUGAUGGUCAGAUGAAGUGAUUAGGUGGGCGGUGGAUGUGGUAACAGAGGUGGAUAACUGUCUGUACAAACAAGGAGGUCAGAAUAAUGUGACAGUGUUGUGUGUGUGUGUGUGUGCGUGUGUGUGUGUGUGUGUGUGUGUGCGUGUGCGUAUGCAAAGCUCAUACUGUUUGUUUACAUGUGUCGCCUCCUUUGCUGCUUCAGUGCAGUAUAUUGGUGUAAAAUCACACUCAGAGGCAUCAUCCUGAGCACAGGUUGGUUCAGGAGGAGGGACAGGGCAGAAAUCUCUGUGUAAACUGACAUGUGUCACCUCUGAGGUGUGGAGUUAACUUGGCUUGUUGAUCCUUUCUCUCCCUCCUCACUCCUCCAUGUAUUUUCACCUCCUCUUCCCUUAAGGCUGGACCCCUGCUCGGGUUAAUGAGGUAUUGAUUUGAUCAGGCCCAGGCUAGGGCCCUGUUCUGUGGGCCUGGGUCAUGCUAAAUUAUUAAUGCUCAUGUUGGACUAUUUAUAGCUCGAGUCAAAUGGUCACAAGAAAGCCAAACAUUGGUUCCCCUCCUUGUUUCCUCUCCUUCUUCAUUCCCUCUUGGUCCUCAGAUUGAUUGCACAGCUCCCCUCAGUGUUGAGUUUCUCUGCAGCUGUUGUAAAUUGAAGAGAUGCUUGUUUGUGUGUCGGAGCUUUGAUUUGACAAGCACAGCCUGAAUUAAUUUUUGAGCAGCUCAGUGGCUCUGUGCGGAGGUCCGACAGCACUCCAGGCCUUUUUUUUCCCCACUCUUACAGUACAUGUUUUCAUGCAGCACAUAAAGGAUUCCCUUCUUCUCUUGUCCACACUGGGACGCGGAUAUGAAACAUUUCCUGCUUAUUUUUGGACAGUUCCUUACUCUUCCUCUAUUUUGUCUUUGGGGCGUUAUCUGACUAAUAGAUAAAGUUAGGCUGAUGCUUCCUAAUAUCAGAUUUAUCAUACUGAUGAAGCUCAGCCACACUGAUUGCCCGGCGGCACGCAUUAAAACACUCAUUCUGUUUGUUUUCAGCUGUAGCCCCUCCCCCCUCACGCUCAGAUCCUUCUCCGGUGCUCCUCUGAUCGUCUAUAUCUUCAUGUUUGAGCCGUUUUAAUGACCGGUUUUUACGACUGGCAGGCAGCCAUCUCCACUUCAUACAACAGCAGUUAUUUUAAUGUACCUUUAGAAUUAACAGUAAUAGUGAUAGGUAGCUGCUGCCGCCUCACUUUCAUUGUCUGCAUUGUUCUUAUUACCCACCUACAGUAUAUUGAGCACUGGGGGAGGGUAAGAGUGAUUUUGUUAGGGGGCUUAUGGAUUGAAUAAUUGGUCUUGGAUAAUUUGCAGGGACUACAUUUUUUAUAUUUUUUAGAAGUGGGACCCUGGUAGGGGCUGAAUUUUUAUCAAGACAAUAGAAUAGAAGAUCUGGGUCAACUGGUGAUGCAUUUAGGUGACUGGGUGCAAAAUUUUGAGAGUCAAUAAGUAAGUGAUUCAUAACUGAACUGAACUGAGAACAUGGCUGGUUGUUUUGCUGCAAAAAAACUCAAACAUGACAUGGCUGUAUCAUCAAAAGACAUCUUUUGAUCAACUCAAUUUGAUAUUUUCUUAAGUAAGCUUACAGAUAUGCACUGUAAGUACUCGGUUCAUUGUAGGGGGCAGCAGUGCUCCUUAACACUGGUUGUCAACCGCUGUAAAUUGGAGGAAUGGCAAAGAAGAAGGAGCAGCAGCAGGAGGAGACUCAAGCCACGUUAACACACCUGUGCAUAUUUUUAAAAACGUAGUUUUUUUUAUCCAAAUCUAGACCGAGGUUUUGGUGGUUUGAUAAUUGGCUUUGAAGGUUGAGAUUAUUCUCAUGGGGAAAGCAGAAACAGAGAUCUUUGGGAAACAAAAGUGUCAUUACCUCCAGAGAUUCCAGCUGCAGAAAAAUUCACUUGAUUUGACUUCAGAACUUAAAAUUAGAUCAGAGAACAGUACCUCUCGUGGCCUACAGGGGGCUCUAACGGUGAAUUCCCAUUUGUGUAAUCUUCAGUACAUGGUAUGAGGCUUGCGUUAAAAUUUCUGCAGUUUUUGGUCUAAAGAGCUCCUGUUUCGGGCUCUAAUUUGUGGAGUUUAGUCUGAAACUGCGGCUCGUUCUUAGUAUCUUCAGUUUAAAGACACAUGAGGAAAUCUCAGCAUUCAAAUAAGAUUUCAGCCUGAAAUGAAACCGUUCACAGAGAUGUUUCCUGAGCCUAAACACUGAGUUUCUUGGGUGUGUUUAUUUUCAUAAUCCACCUCUGGUUUUAAAUGUAAAUCAUGUUUCUGUACCAGGUUCUGCUCUCGCACUAGAUCCUCAAUUAACAAGGUUCAAUGUGCCGUUCCAAAUCUGCUCCCACUCCUUUUUUUUUUGUAUUUCCUGGUGCUAAUGUGUAUUAGAUCCAUGUCUUGUGAUUUGUGUGUAUAUUUGUGUGUGUUUUUGUGCAUGUGUGAGUCCCUAAGUUGGUGUCACGCUGCUGUGGGCAGUGCUGCUGGACUCUGAAGUGAAAGGAUGUGACACAGUGGAGGUUUCAGAGAUUGGGGACAGCUAUGUGUGUGUGUGCCAUGUGUGCGUUUUUGCAUAACACACUGACAGAAUCCCAGACCCCAUGAUGCAUGUAUGUGCACACAUAUAUAUGUGUAUGUGUGUGUGUGUGUGUGUAUACCAUGUCAUGUGUGAAUGCUUUUGGGCCCACAGUGCAGAGUGUUCACUAACUGACCUACAUUUCUGGAGCCUUUUGCCUGUGGCUCAGGAGACUCUGUGGCUGUUAUCUCAUUGAACCAAUCACAUCCCCUAAUCUCGUUUGUCCAAUAACAUCCUCGAUCUCAUCUCUCCAAUGGCAGCCUCUGCCUCGCAGGGGGGGAAGUCAUCUUCUGCUUUAAGCUGGCCACUGCUCGGGGCGCACAUGUGACCGACUGUCGCUUUAAAUAUGAAAACACUCAGCAUCUCACGGCCCAAAGAGUGAGGGGGCCGGAGUAACUUUGACUUCCAGGGCUGAUUUCUUACUCUACAGCACUGCAAUCCUAAUUAUUCCCCCUCCUGACUUGAAAGCGGAGCUGUGUUUCUCUGCAUAUUGGCAGCUGGAGCCGAGGAAAAAAUUGAGGCUUUUGAAAGUUCUUUGAAGCUCCCGUUUUUUUGUUAUCAAAGCUGCCUUUGUAGGCCGCAUGAAUUUUGCAUGUGCAGGUUUAAGGGAACUUUGUGAUGUGCCUCAGUUUGUGCGUAUGUGUGUGUGUGUGUGUGUGCAUUUCUCUUCUACUGCACCACUAUACUCAUUUAAGAUGGUGAGGAAAGAGGAGAGAAAUGAGGGGAUGUAGGGAAGGAGGAGGAAUAAAUUUGCAAGGGGUAGAUUUCAUUUCAGCUGGUGUUUUUGACCGACUGGAAGACCGAAAUAAUAGUUUUAAAUGUCAUGCAAAAAUGCCCUGCUCACGAUUUUGUCAGUCAAAUUAGAUUUGGCUGUUCGAUACAAAGAUUUGUCUUUAUUUUCUUUUUUAGGUUCAGAGCUCUAUUUGAGCAUAAGUCUGCCAACAAGAGUCAGACAUUCAGUGGAAUUUUCUACAAGCCCCAACUGAUGAAGUUUUUUGGUUGCAAGACACGUCUCUGUUGUUUUAAGAGUUAUAUUUGUCUGAAUGAAGGAUGUUAGGAGUCUGGCAGCAGCUCACCUCACAGUCUCAAAGUCUCGCCAAAAAGAUGUCUUGUUUUUUUUCCUUUAAGCUGCUUCAUUUAGCGAGCUUAUAGUUUUUGUAUCCACUUUUUGAGUGUAUUUUGAAUGUAUUUCAGUAUUAAACACAGAGAAACUAAGGACCCUAAAGUUUCGUACUUUCUUUUUAUUUCCUUCUUUCAAAAAGUGGAAGUUAGCAGCAGUUUUAUCAGUGAUGCAUCCGCUCAAACCUCCUACUACAUAGUUCAGACUCUUCUGUAAGUUUGUGUGUGUGUGUGUGUGUGUGUGUGUGUGUGUUUGUGUGUGUGUGUGUGUGUGUGUGUGUGUGUUUGUGUGCGUGUGUGUGUUUUGUGAGGUUGUGUGCCUGAGAUACCAUCACUGCAAGAUAGGUCUUGGGAUCUUAAGAAUAACAAAACUGAAUUAGUGCCUGGCACUGUGCCAGCUCAAACAGGGAGGAAUGAAGGGUUGGUAAUGAGGGAUUUGGCUACUCACACACACACACACACACACAGGUUUGGCAGGGUAAUACGACUUAUACAUACUAGUUUUGCAUUACUGCAACAUAAACUCAUCAGGAAUGUGCUUAUCGAUUUGAAAUGAGCACAUUAAAGUUGAUUUCGGUAUUUUACAGUAAUAAGCUGUAAACAGUGUUUUAAAAUGAAUGGCAGGAAAAUGGAAAAUGAUCGAGACGGCGUAAUAAGAUUUAAUGAUAUUGACAGAUCACCACAUGGGUCAGUGUGAAAAGAAGUUUUUGUUUGGUUUAAAGUUGUGCUGUGUGUUUGUCAUCCUCUGAGUGUUGUUAUUGUCUGAUCAAGGAUGUGACCAUGUGAUUUAUGAAAUACUCAGCUCAGUCUCUAUGCUACAGUCCAUAACAUCUCUUUGUUUUUGAGUCACCAUCCUCCAGAGUGUUCACAUCAACAUGCACUGGAUCAAAACACUAAAUCCUGUCAGUGGUGUCUCGUCAAUGUCACCAAGUAAUACUUCAAGUUAUAUCCGGUUUGAAAAGUGUACUGAAGGCAGCCAGCCAAAAACACUUUUCUUAUCCAGUGAACAAAAUCCUAUUAUGCCUGAAAAGUUCAGGAUUCAAACCUUGGAAUAAAGUUUGGUCUAACAGAUUUUGGAUACUCUGUCUCUGUCCAUGGUGCUGGAUCAGCAAAAACAAACUAAACCCAAAAUGUGUCCUCAGGUCUCCACACUCACACAUAUUCUUGUACUCCACCGCUUGUUGAACCUCUGUAGACAUAAUGCAUUCUCCAACCACUCACACAAACCAGGACAGCGAGGUGUCCAAUCAGUCUAGGGGGACUUUUUUUUAAGAGGAGGUUUAAAAAGGGUUUGUUGUUUCCAGGCUGUUGUAACACUGGGCUUUUGUUCCAGUGGAAAAUGAUUUGGACUGUUGGGAUUUCUGAAUAUGUGGUGUGGAAACACUGGGCAGCCCCUGUUAGGGUACAAAUAUUUCAUUGUGUGGGUGUUAAACUGCAGUACAUUGGAUUUGUAAAAUAUUAGAACCGGUAAUAAUUGCUUGGUUCAUGGUUCAAUCCUCAACUCCCCCUAGUCCACAGGUCAAAGUUUAAUCUGGAGGACUUCCAAGUUGCAGCGUGAAGUGGCAUUUAGCAAAACAGCCUCGAAGGAAAUGGAACAUGAUAUUCAUAAGCAUGCUUAAAUCAGUGUACAAUCACCUGAAUAUAUAAACAUGGUUUAGGAGGGGGUCUUCCUCCACAAAGGGCCGCCGUCAUACUGGAGGCCAAAGUGCACCUGUCGAUCAAAGUUAUCAAACAUUAGAAAAGCUUCUCAUCCAUUUCACUCCAGCGAAGGAGUGAGCAAGGGAAUUUCUCAAUCUUGAAUCUGGUACAUCUUGCUACAAUUCAUAUUUUGCUGUAAUUAUGUCUUAUUAAAAAGAAAGAUUAAAAAAAAAGAGAUGAUCAUGCUUUUACUUUUAUUUUUUUGCACAUACUGUCUCACAUGAGGUAAAGAUAAAAGGUCAGUCUGCACCAACAUGGUGUUUAAUCUUGCAAAGAUGGCAAUCAGUAAUUAUGCCAAAUACUUCAAACUCAGAGGACAGUGCAGUGCAUGUGUUGUAGUUAGACCUGUGCAUUUCAAUGGACAGCAUCUUCGUAGUUUUCAGCCUUUUUUGGUAAGAUGUGAAAUGUGAGAGACUCCAAAAUUGAUCACAAAAAACACCAUGCAUGGGUACAAAUGAUUGCAGAUUGAGAUUGCAAACAUGUCCAAUUACUUCAUGCUCUUUUAUUUUGUAGGAUCGGGUAUAAAGAAAAACACAAAUAUUUUCUGCUCUGGGUGUAGACAGUCUUCUGUUGAUAACAGUAUUUGAACCCCAGUCUACUGCAUUCCUUAACCCUGUAGCACAGAGGAAAUAAAAUUUAAAAUGUUCCCCGCCCUCUUUUGUAAAAACUAAACAGUGUAUUUAAUAAAGAGUCAUACAAAACAAAAAACAGAUUCAUAAUUAAUCAGUUUCUUUUAAUCAUUUUGAUUUUGAACUGAAAUUUACUCAAAACUCCCCAACAGUCCUGAGUUGUGUGACGGACUGUCGUUGCUGAAGUGUUGCUGUCAGGAGGUCGGCUGUAGUGAUUUUAUAAAAACAAUUACAUGUCCAUGCAGCCUGCUGGAAGAGGGUAUUUGAAGUGAUAAAAAGUAAGUGACAUUAGCUUGGUAUAUUAGAGGGAAAGUGCUAACACGCUUUAAGAGCUGCAAAGAAAGACCAUGGUGUGUGUCUUUGUGUGUUUGUGUGUGUGUGUGUGUGUGUGUGGGGGGGGGGGGGGGGUCUUUUGUGCAGUUAUAAAGGUAGCAGUCACUGAGAGUGGCUAAGAAAUGCUUCUACACUGUGUGUGUUUGUGCAUGUCUGAAAAAUAACAAAUCAGAAAUGGUCUUCUUUGUAGAUUUUUUGCACGCUUGUGUUUCAUGUGUGCCUAAAAAAUCUCUGUUCUUUGUCUUUGUGCCUUCAGUCGUUCUUUACUCUUUAUCUGUCUGUAUUUUCUGAAUGUAUGGACAGGGCUGUGUCUCUACAAACAACAAUAACAAACUUAAAAAUGUCACUGUUGUAAAGUUUAUUAAAUAUUUCAAGGAAAAACAUAUAUAAAAGGAUAAGGUGAUUUGUGCUGCUGGUUUGUGUUUUUCCUUUUUGGUGUUUUUUUGUGUGGCUGCUGUGCAUCAGCCAAAGAUCUCCUACAGGAAAACAAAACUUCAUUAAUGCACCCCCCCCCCCCUUCUUUUAAAAGAUGAAAUAAUGUUUGAAAUAUCUGUAAAAUGAUCAGUGUGUAGAAACUGCAUUUUGAAACCAUCUCUGGAGUCUUUUAAUCCAGUUUGACAGUAUUUUUAUGCAGUUUUUAGCUGCUGUCUUUUGUUAUUUUGAUGGUAAACAUGUCAGUCUGUAUUAAUGUCACACUUUUUCUUAUUUUUCAGGCUUUGAAAGCAUCUUGGAAGGCUUGUUUGGGCCAGGACUAGUCAAAGAUAUCACCCUUUUCCAAGGUAAACACACAAACAUUUGAUUUUUGACGUACAACUUCAUGAAAACAGAAAGAAAAUCUCAUCCAUAAGGCAAAUACAACCUCAAAUCCAAAAAUCAUUUGGACACUGACAGGAUGUGAUUGCUUCCAAAUCUUUUGUAACUCUUAAACUGAAAAUGGGGCAAAAACAACAUAUGAAGUGUAAAAACUGAUAAGUGUCUCCUAAAAUAUUUACUCGUUUGAAUUAAAUGAAAGCAUUGUUACAAAAAAAUAAUAAACAAGGACAAAAUAACGCUGAAAAAGACGUGUGAAGUAUAAUGUAAAAAAAGGAUAAAAGAAAACCUUUCUAACUCAUGAUAUACAUUUUUGACAAGACAGUAACACGGCAGAGUAUAAAAAGACUUUCCAGGGAAGCUGAGAAGAGUUUCACCACUCUGUGAGAGACUGUGUGAGCUAAUAGUUUCAGAAUAAUGUACAUGAGUGUAAAAUGUGAAAGAAUGAGUGGUUUCAUCAUCUCCAGUACAUAAAAUCAUUAAAGGAUUCAGCGAAUCUGGAUAAAUCUCUGAACAAAGGGGACAAGGACCUAACCGAGUACUGGAUGGUCCUGAUCUUCAGGUCCUCUGCAGCGCUGCAUUAAAAACAGACAUGACUCUGUAGUGUAAAUCACUGUAUGUGCUCAAAAUCACUUCCAAAACCUGUAAAUAAUGAACAUUUUCCCUACAGGUUUCUGGUCUCACACCCAGAUCUCAAGUCAUACAGUCCAUUUGCAUACACAGUUGAGUCAAGCUGCAGUUAAGGUUUGAUUCUGUGAUUUAACUGGAUUGCUGUCCUUGUCUCAGUUUACAUGUGUCUGCCUCCACUACGGUGGGCGGUGACAUGCCUCCUUUCAGUUUGUUUCUACCAGGCCGGCUCUGGUUGGCAUAGAAAGUGUCUAAUCAGUUGACAGAAUGCCAUAACAAGGCUAAUAAGAUGAACAUUGCGCUAUAAAAACACCUGACAACUCUGUACCAUUUGUUACUUUGUCAAGUUUUUUUUAUUUUUUUAUUACCACCCAGCUUCCUAGCAACGCAUCUGUGCUAUUCAAGCCUGGCUUUCGAACACUGGAGCAUGUGCUGAAUGCUGAGUCUCCUUAUAAAGGUUCAGUGUGAGAAAGGUUAAGAAAAGGUUGAAGAGACGCUCAAAGUGGUCGGAGUUUGUGGUUAAGUUUGGUCAUACUUUAGUCAUAAUUUGUGUCAUGUUGUGGUCUUUAAUUGUUCUGCUGGUUCCUCUUCUGCAUCUUUAAACAGGAAAACAAACAGUUUUGUCUCAUUAUUACUCCUUAUGGCAUUAUCACGAAUGCAGAUUUCCCCACAACUUUUGACCUCAGUUUAUUCACCAUCUGUAAAGUAUGAGUAUGUCAGUGUGCUCUAAUUUGUUUUCAUUUUUAUCCCAAAGUAAACAAGAUCCAGAAAGAACAUUUUUAGUCCCCAUUUGGUAAACUUAAAUCAGGAAUUUGUUCAAUAUCAUUGGUGUGUUUAACCACUGAUGCAAAGCUCCAACCAUAGACUGUAAAAUUACUGGACAUAGCAUUGGUGACAUUGUUAGCCAAGAUUGCUCGGCCAAGAUCUGGCUGGGAGACGUGAGUGGCUCAUGGUAAAAUUAGGAAAGCCUUCUACCCUUGAGAUUCUUGCCACAGUCUGAGUCUCAGACUUGUUAGCAUGCUUGCCAAAUUGAAAAUGAAGCCUUUACUGUCUGUGUGAGCAGCAUGAAUUAGCCCUGCUGUUGGUCAGACUGAGCAGAGCAGAGCAGAGAGAGCUUAGUGCAGGGAAACUCAUGGACCUGCAGGCGUCAGGACUGUAACAAGUAAAUCACAUAAAAUGUAUGAAAUGUUUACAGUUUUUUGUGUCAGCGAGUUUUUCUUACAGUUUGAAUUAUAUUCAAACCAGGAGGCCCAAUGAAGGUGUCCAACACGCCAAAUUAAAGGCUUUAAUAAACCUCUGGCUGACUCACGGUUGCCGGGCUCACUCAGUAUCCUCUGUAGGGCAUGCAUACUUAAAAAAAGACACCCAAAGCCCUAAUACCACCACCCUAUAGAAAGUCAUGUAUGCAAAAGAAACUGAAAUAGUUGUGAAGCGUGAUUGUAUAAAUGUGCAUCACUGAUGUGCAAAAUCUCCUGGAUUUCGGAUACUGUAAAGGCUGCCCUGUGUAUGCAGUCAUGUAUGCAGUGAUUUCUUUAUCUCUAGGUCAAUGCACAGUGCUUAAAUAACAAUAUGCAUAUAUGCAUGCUAUUUAAGCAGCACAGAGCCUCAGAGCCAUGUGAUGGGAAAAUGGUAUGUAAUGUAUCUCAAAAAUAUUCAGCAAAGCACCCAAACUGCUCUAAAUGAGGGAAUUUUCCACUCUGCACGACAUAAAUCAAACAUGUAAAAAAAAAAAGCCAACAGAGACAUCAAACACCACACUCUCUUUCUCUCCUUUUCUCCUUUUCUCGCUUUUUUCCUCCUCCAAUCACAGAGAAACCAGGUCAACAUGUUGUCCCCAAGUCAUGUGACCCCCUCCCCCAACAACUUAAGGCAUUUUUAGAAUAUUUCUGGCUCCUCAACGUCAUUUUCACUCAUGCAUUACGCUGACACACACACACACACAAACACACACUCACCACUUGCCUCUUCAUAGUCACAGAUAUAGAUAUUAAAACCUGAAAAACAGGUCCCCAACACUAGAUUUAAUGAAUCUGCACCAACGCUUGAGUUACAUUUUGUGUUAGUGAAAUGUUCACUCACUUUAAGGCAAAAGCAAAGCUGUGUGUCCAAUUAUUCUCCCCUCAAAGGGCUGUCAUCAGCUUCUACAUCAGUGCUCAGAUAUUUUCUACAUUUCCCAGAAUUCCCUGUAGCAUUCUGCUCAAAGAGGGGGCUCUUCCUUGUUGUCUCUACUGCUGUCAGUCAACCCUCAUGGAGCUCUAAUGUCUGAAAAUAGUGACCGGGGUGUUUCCAUAUGAGAGCAGGAAACCUUAUUACUCGGCAGUAACAGUAAAGUACCUCAACAGAGAAACGUGGUUUUUAUACCUUUGAUUUAAUCUAAAAUUAUACUUAGAUCAUGCACACCAGUAGGACUAAUGAAACCAGUUUAAAAUGGAGAGAUGUACAGUGUUAUACCCAUAAGAUGGCGCUUCAGUGCACCAAGUAUGCUAUGCUAAGAUAGCCUAGCUGACCUAGCAGCGCCAUUUUAAAAUUACAAGUACGUUAAAAAAACCCUGUGGAGUAUGGAUUUGCUCAAAAAGACUCUUCAAUUUGACACAAGUGACCUGCAAAAGAGUCUCUGCAAGUUGGUUGUGGUCAGUGGUUCUGUUUGUCUCUCACAACUAUUAAUGGUACCUUACGGUGAGACCAGCGACUCCACAGGAAGCUUGCAGUAUGAUGAUAACAGAUGGGAUCUUCGAGAAGGAGCUUCACAGUCCCACAAAAGCUGCACAUUGUUGAACUCAGUGGAAGUUUUCAUGCAUGCAGACAAUUUAUAUUGUUUGAACUCUCAGCGCGCCUCCCAAGAAAAAGACUGUAUUUUAUAGAAUUGUGAAACUUGUUUUCAAGAUAAUAGUACAGUUCUUAAAACACCAUUUAAUCCCUCAACUUCAUUUGUUAGAAAUGUGAAAAAUUCCAUUAUUUUCCAUUUUAAAACUGUUUUAAGUCUGUAUUAACAAUCCAAACAGUUCCUACUAGUUUCUUGAUUUGGACAUCAAAUCGGAGCACAAAGCAUUUGAGUGAAUAUUGCUGAAACUGAGUUGUUUACUCUGCAAUGUGGUUGUUAUUAUUAUUAUUAUAAUCUUUAAAAACAUUAUGGCAACCAUCCAUGCAACUGUAAAUACACAUUAUUAGGGGUAUGCACUGUACACACAAGUAGUUUUGCUGUGUUCAGUUUGGUUGCAGUUGCAGCUGAAAUACAGUAGACUUCAGUUUUUGAGGAAACUACGAUUACUGUAAGAUGAUGUAAGCUUCUGUAAGACAACAUCAUAAGACUCCUAACUCUCAGGGCGUGUUUGUCUUCAGGUUGACUUUUUUUUUGCCUCCAGCUAAUACUAUGACAUCUCAAAGGCAUCUCAUACGCAUGCACGUAAUGUUAUUUCUGCCCGUUUGUGUGUAUUAUCAGAGUGUACAGAAAAGUACUCAAAAACACCUCUGAUGUGGACAUGAUUUUAUUUUUGUCAAGCAGAAAGAAAAAAUAGUUUUUAUGGAUAUACACAUAAAUGUAGCCCCAUGAGUUGGUCAUAGUUCCAGGCCAGAGAGCAGGGAGUGGUACUGACGAACAUAGAUAACCAAAGGUGCAAUAGCAAUGCUAAAAUGAAAACAUCUCCCUCAGAGUCACUAACACACUCACAGUAAAACCUAACUGCAGUAAAGGUCGCAGGGUUACAUCAGCCAAGGGACUGGAGCUAAUUGGCAUCUUCUCAGGGAUAAUUUGACCAGCGCCACUGCAGGGUUCAAAUGCAGCCCUUGACUUCUUCAUUACAGCAUCACGCACUACUCGAAGAAGUCAGUUAGAAAAAAGAGCGCCCAUCCACCUGUUACAUACGUGUCACUGACAAUACUGUGUGGUUUGAAAAGCUGGAGGUGUAAUCUGCUGGAUGACAAGAAGAAAGCAUGAACAAACACACACAUACAGGGACAAGAAGGCGUCCAGAUAGACUCAGAGCCACCUCAUCGACCUGUGGGAGUCAACAAGCUGCUGCUGCUGCUCUGUUGUCUAUAUCUGCUCAUUUCUUUCAGCGUUUCCAUCUCUUCUUUUUUAAGGUGUUGAAAGGGUUUUCAUUUGAACAUCCAGUAGGGCCUCAUGGGAACAUCAGAAGGAUGAAUUUGAAACCUUUAAGCUGCUGAAAAGGUGGUGUUUAGGAGACAGGUGGACUCCACUCUUUCUUUCUCCCACCUCUUUCUUUAUGUCUCUCCAUCAUUCUCUGUCACUCUGGUUUUCAGACUAAACUAUAGGUUUUUAAAGGCAGUAUAGUGCCAUGGUGACAGCUCAGCUGUAACCAAGUCAACCGCGUCUCCUUUGUCUCUUUCUUUUAGUUUUGAAGGUUCUCGGUUUGAGUAAAUGUAUGCACAUUAUGAAGGUUAAUGACUUACAUACACACGCAGCCUGUGUGAAUACUUUGAACUAACACUAGUCUCAGUGAAGCUGAACUGACAGCCUGAAACACCUAAAUCAAUCAUAAGCUCAGGAUUAAUGUCGAUAAGAAAAACCAAUGUCUGAUUGCGUUAAAACUGCAUGACUCUGGAAAUAUUAAUAGCACUUGAACAAAACAUCAUAUACUUAUCAUUUCUGUGUCUGCUGUACGACAAUGAAGGUCUCUGUUGUUUUGAACUGGCUGUAAAUGCAUCAGAGAAUAUAUUACUCAUAUGAAAAUCAAUCUUUAAAUCAAUCUUUGGGUCCAUAAAUGUUUAAAAAUACAGAGAUACACUCUUUUAAUGCCUCCUGUGUCUAAUUAAUAUUAAGGAAAAGUAUUUUUUGGCUGAUUAAUGGUUGAAAUUUUAAGGUACUUCAGAUUGAAAUAAAAUGAAUGCAAGAAAAUAAAAUGUGAUGCAAUGGCAAACCUGAUAGUUGAGAGAAAAAAUGCGGUUUUCUAACUCACUAAUACAAAUAUAACCCUAAAAUUUCCAAUUAUAAGUUAUCUAAGCAGAGAUUAACUGCAUUUUGCAGUUUUUGUUAAAGGAAGUCACUAAACUAUUCCUCUGGUGGUAAUGAGGGAGCUUCAAGACCUUUGCUUGAUCUAAAUAUGAAAUGCAGGGCUGCACUAGUUUGACUAUUACACCGGUUUUAAAUGCAGAGGACCGUAUUCGGUUGUGUUGUGGUGUUUUACCCAGAAAAUGGCGCCUGAAGAAGUCACUGUUUUUAUGUAGUGUGCUACUCAUGCUGGAUGUGUGGCGAAGCUACCUGAAUACAGUGAAUGUUUAACACAGGAAGACAGUUCAGACAGUUCAGCGAAGCUAAAUACGUCUUAUACACCAGAGCAACUUGUAAUCUGGAUGGUAUGGUUAUUGCAUGCAUAUUAAAUGCUGAACUUUGAUAGUUAAUUGCAUUUAAUAACAUUUUCAACAACAUGUUUAAGGUUUUAUUAUUUUGCAGUUUUAAAGUUUUUAAGUCCAUGUUAACCAUGCAAAGCAGCUCUUACUAGUUUUUCAUAGAGAGGGGGCAGCUGCGUGGGUAAAAAAGAGAGGAGUGUAAAUGUGAAAUAUGCAGCUGUCCUUGCAGGCCACUGGCUUUAAUGGCUUUUAUUUUGCAUAGCAAAUAUAUUGAGACAAAAUGUUUCGGAGGUAUUUGCCAUGUAAAAUAAAGACGCAAAACCAAUCUGGGACUCCUGCUUCAAACCGAAAGGACUUUUACUGGGUCACAUUAACAUUCACAGCAUAUUAAAUAACACAGAGCAAGUAGAACAUUUUCUGACUGAUUUCAACAUUGAUAUACUGGACAUAUCAGAAAGUUGCCUCACUCAAUCCUCUCCAACUUCAGCUGUUAAUAUCUCAGGAUAUAAACAAUCCAGGUACAGAGAGGGUGGCCAUAGCUGAGGACUACUUGUUCAUGUGAGCAGUGGCGGUUUAAUCUGUCAUCAUUCAUGGUAGAUCUGAGGUAUGUUUUCGCCAGCUUUAAAGUAGAAAAACUCUUUCUCCUGCGCAGCAGUCAGCGAGCUUCUGAUGGUGUAGCACUGUAAGGGGUCUGACUGGAACAAAGUGCCACACACAUUUGUUCCGCCUGUCACACUGGUGCAAUACCAACGCUUUUUUCAUUGUAUAACAUUUGUUUGGUGUGAAGGUGUAAAAGCCUCAUUCUGACAUGAUUAACCAUAAACUGUUGCUCACCAAAAUGUCUUAUUUUAACUUUUCAAACACUGCCCUUUGCUGAAUACUUAUCAAACAGAAAGAGAAGCUGUAUAUUGAAAAGUCAAACUCAUCUUGCCUCAAUUGUACGGCUGGGGUUCAACAAGGCGCCAUCUGGGGCUGAUUUUAUUCAGUUUUUAUGUUAAUGACCUGCCAAAUUUUUGUAAAAGAUGUAAAAGUACAAUUAUGUGCCAAUGACAUUGUAUUACAUGCUCAUGCCAAAACAAAGCAAGAAUCUGCAGCUCUACUAUCUGCACCUAUGAUUCCACUGUCUGACUAUAGAACUUCUGUUUACAUCCCAACACAAUAAAGAUCAUAUGCCUGUGUUUCUCCUGCCAGCCAGCAACCAUGUGUCCCAGUCAAUGGAGUAAGACUUGAUGUGGUGGAAACAUGUAAAUAUCUGUAAUUUUUGACACAAAUGUGACUUUUAAAGACCAUGUUACGAAAAUCUUAAAUGUCACAAAGUUCAAUCUGGCAAAUUUCUGUCAUAGAAGACCUUUUCUCUCUGUACAUUCAGCUACAUUCAAGCUUACCUGCAUGACUGAUGGGCUGUAAUAAAACCCAGUAUAUCUUUUUUCAAGAGGUCAGUCAAAAUCCUAGGAAGGAAACCGUUCCAUUUCCAUUAUUUUAAAAUCAUCAGGCAGUAUAAUUGUUAAGUUUUUAACUCUUACGACUCUUAAGUCAGAAGGUGGCGUGUAUAAGAGGUGCACAUUCAUGGUUUCAGAUUACCAUCACAUAUCAGAGACGGUAAUAACUACAUAACAUGUAAAAAGAAACCUAAACAAUAGUAAAAAUCAAACCAGUCCUGUAAUCUUUCAUAAUGUACAUCUCCUCUUCUACUGCUGAGGGCUUUUAGAUAGCUUUCCAUUUGUGAGUAGUUUGUUGUUUAAAAAUUGUGUCCAUCUUGUUUGUUAAAACUGUGUUUUCUCUGUGAACUGUCUUGUGAAUUGAGUGGUGGAGUGUUCUGUUACUUUAAAUCUGUUUCCUGCUCUUUCUCCAAUUACCCGCCUCAGGACAACAGAUGAAACUGAGCUAAUGUGCUAAUUCUGGCGUAUUAACAUUGACCUGUGUUUCAGAAACGUUGAUUGAUGUGCACUGUAAUAUUCAAAUGAGUAAAUAAAUUAAUAAAACAUUCCUGACCUUAAUCACAACCUGAUUAACAGUAACAGCCCUAUUUGGAUUGAAAAUUUUCUCCAUAAUUUCAUGCAAAGUCUUGUUUAAUAAUCAUCCAAACGUCCCUAUUUGUGUUUUCUGUGGGGUAAAAAUGAAGCUGCUCUUGAAACACCUCCUGAUUGAAUUUACUAUGUUUCAUUUGCAUAAUGUGCAGAAACCAAACAACCAGGGAGAGCUGUGAUUUUUUCCAUCCCCCCAAACACAUUUAACAGAUCACAGUUAUGAAACUGGCUAAUUAGUGGAGUGAAAACACAAUUUUAGGGCAUGAAUAUCUGAAAAAAAAACUCACAUUUACUCAAACACAUUCAGCAGAGUUCGUUUGUUUCUGGUCUUUACGUAGGGAUGUAUCUCAGCUUGAACUGAGCUUAUCUGUCAGUCACAGCAGUGCUUAGUUUUUAGAGUUGACAAAUGAAGUUAGUCAUGGCAGUGAUUUAAUCAGCUGAUAUGAUUAAUAGUGAAUCAUUUCAGCUCUCCUUGUUGUGGUGGUGGGCUCUCAGCUUUCACUCCCUACAGGCUUGACUGGGCGGUGAAGGAAAACAGAGGAUUUUCCUGAUUAUUCAUCUUCACCUCGUUUGUAACUCGGUUUCAACAGUGUUUUGAUUUUAAAAAACAAACUGAAUGCAGCAGCUUCAAUGUGAAUGAUGAACAAAAAAAACACAAAAUGUUAAAUUGAUUUAAUUAUUGAUUUAAGAAAGCUGCUCUUGUAGUUUCAUUGCUUUGGCAGAAAUCUAAAAAUUGAGUUAGGAGAUAAAAACAGACUAUUAGAGUUGGAUUUUUUAACAACUUUCGUUGUCUGACUCUUUCUCUCUGCAGACUGCGAGCCAGAAGAAGUGUCAGACUGGUCCUUCGAUGAAAACUGUCUCUUCUGCUGCUUCAGACGUGAAAAAGUAAAGGUAAGAGGAGACUCUAUAUGUCCUAAAGCUGCAAACACGUGGUUACCAUUAUUUAAUCUCAUCAUCAAAAAAGGUUUUUUUAAUCAAUGCAUGUUGUGCACUAAAGAAGUUCUCUUGCAAUAGUUGCAUCUCACCCCAGUGUUGAGGUUGAUAUCAUGAUCCACCUCUAUUGUUUACUUUCCUGUUUUCCUUUAUGCAAAUUUUCUGUUCUUAAAAAGCCAAAACUGGCAUCUGAACUACUUGAGCAUUUAAAACAUGGAGGUUUAAAUGAGGAAAUUUGGCAGAUAUUUGAUAAAUAAGUUAGUUUUUAAAAACGGAAAACAGCCUUGAAUAAACUCCACAGUAUAUGUCAGACAGGAGGAAUGAAACAAAGAGAAAACCAUACUCUGUGUUUAAACAGCAGGUUUGACUGAGGGGGGAGGGGCCGGGUGGUUUUAUUUUUACUGUUGCAUUGAUUUUCAAAAAUACAUAACGAUUAACCUUAAACAGCAUGAUCUGCUUUCAUUUUUCCUUUCAGAAUAAUAAAGUUAUUCUCCAUCUCCCUCAUGAUUUUAAAUGUUUAGCGGUCUCCUUUUCUUGUCCCCUUUUUUGAGCUUUCUGCUGGAAGCUCCACAUCUUUCGUUCUCCUCCUGCUGCUGCAUGCUUGUUAUUUGUGUUGUCCAACCAUCAUGGUCUUGACCCCAAUUUAGCUUAUGAAAAGAAAGAGAGACAUAAUGAUCUGAAGGUUUCUGUGUAUGUAUAAGUACAUGUGCAUGUGCAUGUAGGUGGAGGGAGGAGGAGGAUGGUGACAUGGGUGUAAAUUAGCGGGACUGCGCUGCUUCCCCUGAAGAGUUUCUCAUCAGCUAAAAAGUGAUGAGGGCAGAAUAAUAAUGGGUUUAGGGGGCUGACUACUACUAAACACACGCAUGCAAACAGAGAAGUUCAUGUAUGAAGACUGUGGUUCCUGCAUUUCUGUUUUCUUCUGUAGACAAAGCAUCCAUGUGUUGCAGCCUCACACCACCAUCUGCCUUCUUGCAAAUACAAAAUGAGAACAUUUGGGGGUUAAAUUCAACACGUUUAGAAAACAGGACAAAUUCAUCGCAAGAAUGUAAGACGCAAAUGCUGCAGCACUCAGAAGGGACUUUUCGCCCAUGCUUUUCACCUUCGUCCAUUAUUAUUUUUGGGAUGCAACUGGAGAAAAUGAGGGAGGGGAAGGAAGUAAGGAGGGGGUGUCCUUCCUUCAGCCGUUGCUUGUUUUUCAACUCGACCUCGGUCUAACCUCGGAGGUCAGCCAUCUGUCUCCUAAAAACAUCCUUGCAUCCCCACCAACCCCCUAACACUCAGCCCCCCAUCUGUCUCUCUCUGUUCAUGCUAAUAAAACCAUGCUAAUGCUGGCACAAUAGCUCCACAAAGUUGCCAUGUUUGCUACAGAAAAAAAUCAAAAUCCAUCAGCUGAGCAAAUUCAAUUUAACACAGCCGAUAGAGACUGCAGUAUUGUCUGACUAGUCAAUAAUUAUGUUAGCCACUUUUAGCAGGCUUAAUUAUAUUCCUCUUCUCCCUCAACACAAUUUUCAUCUUUUAUUCAUCCUUUAGGGCUUGAAAGCUCUCCGUCUCCCUGUUAUUACCCUCUGCUUGUUUGUGAAAUGCCAGAGGAGCUUCAGUGGGCGGGAACCAUUGAUUCAUUGAUCUGAAGCCAUGCAAACUGCCAGCAGAUAGAGCCAGCUGAGGGGGGUUCAAAUAAAGAGAGCGGAAGGAAUAGUGAAAGCCUUAAAAACCCGCUCCAAUCUCCGUUUGUUGCUCUGGCUCCCUUUAUUUAAUGCAAACAGACACACACACACACACACGCACACGCUCUCAAAUUCCCUGUUUAGUGCUGUAAAGACAAUGGGAGAACGCUCAUUACAACUAACGUCAACAGUGGUGUUAAUCCCCUCUCCUUCUCACAGGCUGAAUUCACAUUUUCACUCAGCCAUGGCUUCUUUCAUAAUAAUCUCUAAUUGGCAGCUACAAAAGCCUCUCUUCCAACACCUCAGAGCUGAACUGAGCUGUUCUACCACUUCUUCUCCCUGUAGUGUCAUUUUAUUCCUGAUUGGCGAGCUUCUCUUUUACGACACACUCAGAUCUACUGUGCUCUGAUUACACAUCAUCAGUGCUUUACAGUUUUCUUUUUAACGCUCAGAUGCACCAGUGAUCAGACUCUAAGUUCUUCCAUGAGUGGGUAAAAAAAGAAGACCAAUAUUACAAUUUGUGUUUUUACCACGUAAGCUGCAGUUUCUCUAGUGUCCACUUGAGGCUUCCUCCAGAAGCUCCAGAUGCCACACACACACCUAUUCAAAAUACCUCAUUGUAAUGACAAAAUCAAACAUGUUCACAGCCUGCUACAAAAACUUCAGAAACCAAUAGGGGAUGAUUUAACUUGGUUGAAUAAAGAUAAAUUAAAAUAAUUAUCUAAAAUAAUAGAUAAGAGGAUUUGAAAAUUCCUUCCUGGGUGAAGAUUUUUGAAAACACUGCUGGUGUUGGUGAUGGAAACGCUGCAAUACUUUGUUGGUUAUUGUUGGUUUUGUUUGUAUUACACAUGAGCCUAGAUGUCUUUCUAUGAGCUUGUUUUGCAUCUGCUGGUAUUGUUGGGUUUAAUUUAAUGUUAUCAAGUGAACCUACCAUUACGUCAUCAUCAUAUAAAUAUAUCACAAGUUAGUUUUUAAUUUGCUGCUGUGUACACAGUUUAUAAAACACUGUUUACAAUCACUACUCACUCAGGGGAGUUGCUCAGCCCUCAUGCACAUUAUUUUCUUCUGUGGUGUUUGGACAUCAUGGUCUUGACCUGAAAAAACCACUGCGCUGUCUCUUUGCUUGAACUUGAAGAAAAUCAGCAUAUACCUCUUUAUUCUCAAAUCACAAUCUACACAAACACGAAUGUCUACCACUGAAUAAAAUCAACAAUCAAGACAAACCAUGACCGGUGUGGGAGGAUGAGAAGUUAUAGAUUGAGAGGGAGGUCGUUCACUCACUCAUUUUCUUAUUGUCUUCGUAGGAGCACGGCGUAGAGAACGGUGGAGGCAGCCAGGUGCUGUCGGAUUGGGAAGACUUCAAACAGGAGCAGUCUCGGAUCAGCCGGCUGGAGAGACAGGCUCAAGACUUCCUCAAUGCUGUGUUCCACAGAAAAGGUAACACAAAAUCCUGAGCAGCUAUUUUUCUCUUAUCUUCAGAUCUCUUCUGUGCCCAAAUAUCUACAACUGACCAAAGUGGAAAUCAGUUUGUUGCUCCUUUCCUUACCCUACAGUAUUAUCAAGUUAACUAUUCUUUUGUAUUACAGAGUUUCCCCCAUGAUUUAACCAUAAAAAGCUUCAGGGCCUUGAGUAGGUGUUUAAUUUAACCUUCACCAAGUGAGGGAAACUAAAUAUCCUACAUAAAUCAAGGACCUCAGUGAAUACAAUGAAGGAGGGCACAAAUCCCCAGCCUGAUAUUUGAACUUGUGUGUCUCCAAUACAAUUUUGACAAUUUGAGUGGUUCAGAGAGAAAGGGGACCAGGGAUUGAUCCCUGAGGGACAUCGAAUGGAACUUUGUCAAAGUUUAAAAUCUGGAACAAAGACACUUAUACCCUCCAGGUAGACCCUAAAUUGGUUAAGAUCUGGGCCAGAGAGGCCGACCCACUUUUCCGACCUGUGCCAUCAUUACUUUGAGAGGCCAUGUGGGAAACUCUGCAAGGUUAUUUUACUUGGUGGUUUUAGGUAAAGUGAAAACAAGGAGCUACUAAUGAUUUAGGAAGUAACCUUCAAAAAUGGGGAAUUUAAUAGCACCUGGAUGAAGACAGUAUACAGCGAUCACAGAUGAUAUUAGCCAAAACAAAAAUGCAUUAACACACAAAAAAAAAAAAAAUCAAUGUGAGGAGGUGCUCAUCACCAGAAAUGUUUAAAGAUGCAACAGAUCUUAAAAGCCCUGCUUGGGAAUAAUGUUGUCUCCCAUUUUGCAGCGUUACCCUCAUCCCUUAAAACAUUAACUUUGCACAUUCUGCAAGUUGCAGUUUCAGCGUUCUGCCAAAUUUACCAAGUUGUUGGCAAAUUUUAGCUUUCGUCAAAGUGCUGGGCUUCUGCAGUUAGCCUCACCCUCCAUGCUACAUCAGCUCUACUCUCCCUACUAGAUCGUCCUCAUUAUUAUGCUGCAUCUGAUUUCAACUGUGUCACUGAUGCCUGCUCUGGUCUGUAUUCUGAGGGUCUGCUUUGGCUUUUUUCAUAUGUGUAGCAGGAGGAGAGGUGUGCUCUCCCUGCCUAAACUUUGGUGUUGUACAUAUGCAUGUGGAAGGACCGGGAGCUGUCAAAACAGAACCUUACCUGAAAUAAUCAUUUCUCUCCAAUGAAAGUGAUUAGCUUGUCAAACUAGUUAAACUGUAAACCAGCGGAUAUCAGGAUUGAACAAUUUGAGUAAGUAAGAUUGAGUAAAAGAAACAGCAAUUCUUUAUCAUCUGUCAUAAAAAACCCCAAAUAUUCCUAAUAAUGUUAUUAUUUCUAGCUGAAAUGACUUAAAGUUCCUGGUUUUUCAUGGAGAAUGAUGGGUGUUGCUGUUUUUCUGCUGCUUGUAGCCACUGUAAAUGCACUGUCAGCUUUGGUACAUGGCUUAAAUCAGCACCUAUUCAAAGUCAGAAUACUUGCUGAGUUGUUAUAAUCCCCUCCAAACUGGGAGUGUAUCAUGUUCUGUCCUGAGGCAGGCAGCUAUUUAGUGUCAGAGGAGAGCUGAGCCUGGUAGAUGGGGGACUCAGGGGCUCGUGUUGUGUUUUUUCCGGGAGGGCGGGAGGGAGGAAGCAGAUGUCUGUCCAAUCAAUGCUCUGCCCCAAUCAAUCUGGCUUCACUCGCACAGGCCGGGCUGCCCGUGGAGCCGCCAUAUAUAGAAAGAUAAACAGACCCAGAAACACACACUAAUACAGGCGCUAGCUCAGUAGCUGACCUGUCAGCACUUCGUCAGGAGCAUGAACACAGUUAAAACAAGCGCACAUUUAUCAACACGUAGGAAUAAGACUCAGGAAUGUGUCGUUAUGUAACGUCAGUGAACAGACGCAUAAACCAUGCAGCACUGUGUAUGCUUUAAAAAAUUCCACGCAACAGUAAGAGCAUGGCCUUCCUGUUUUUAAAACAAGUAAUGCUAAUUGUUUGAAGGCUUUACUUUGGCUACAUUCACUGCUGUUUUCAAACCAAGCAUAUCUGACAGGCUUGUUAGCAUUUUGAGAGGCUGAUCUCAUCCGUGUGGUUACUGUGCUGCUAACCUUAAUAUAAACAUGCUCACUGAUCACUGAAAACUGAAGCAGGAGAACCUUUGCAUAUAACCUGAUUACAAAAACAGCGUGUGUGCGCAGAGUUUUUACUCAUUAGUCACAAAGUUGUCUCUUUUCUCAGCUUGUAGCCUCAGCUGAAUAUAUUUUAAUAUUCUGUUUCUCAGUAAACAGGGCUAUUUAUUGAUUUUUGUUUUGUAAACAUGUCAGAAUACAAAGGACACGGCACUGUAUGCAUAAUAUUAACUGUACACAACUGAUUUUGCAGUAUGAAUAAAAUCUUAAAGGGAAUAUUUAAAGGAAGCUUUUUAACAACAAAAAAAGAGAGAAAAAAAUAGCUCUUUCUGUGUGAAUUAUUUAUUAGAAACAAGCCAGUUUUCUCAACUUAAAACCAAUCAUGAUUUCAUAAUUAUUUACUUAAAAUGUGUUUUUCCUGCAUAAUAAAAUUUGAUGUGGAACAAAGACCACAGUUGUCAAAGGACAGCACUUGGAAGAUAUGUAAAAUGUUCACUGCAUGGUGCUUUUAUGUUUUUUUGCUUUAUGUAAGGUCGCCUCUGCCAAUAACUGAGCCUGAAAAUUUAAAUGUAAUACCCAUGUCUGAAUUUUAUAUUCUUUCUGCCCCUCUCUUUCUCUUUCAGUGCCAUCAGGGAGUAAUGUUUUAUAUGUGAUUAUCAGUUUAAGUAAUACUGAGCGCCCUAACGUCUUGGUUACAGCGUGUUAUCAAAAAGUUCUGUCUAACACAAAAAAUACGAAAAAAUUUACAUAAUAACACGAUAAAAACAUGGAAUACAUCAGAAUUCAAGGAAUAAAGUAUUUUGACAUUUAAAUUUACAGCUAAACCUGCUUCAAUAAGAAGACAAAGUGCAGUCUCUUUGCAGUGUAACAGAAAAAGAAUUACUAAAAUGUAUAAAUAACUAAAACCCGUCAGUUUUGCCCUACAGAGGCAAUAAACCUGUUAGCACCAUACAAACAGUUCUUCGGUAUGCUGUAAAGCCUGUUGUCUAUCUAAUCACAACAUCUGGAUCCUUUGAAAGAUUUUUGUUUGCUCUUUCUGUGAACUGCAUGUCAGCUGAAGGAUCCAGCUAAAUUAGCACUAAUUUGCCGUCACAACUAUUUACAGCACCGAACCAAGCCUCAAUUAACUUUUCAGUGGAAGAAGUGAAGAAAAAAAGAAAAGAUUGAGAUGCUGAUUUGGAUCGGAUUAAAAGCAUAAGAGGAGUUCUGAGCUUCCUCUUUCAGGGGGGAAGCAGAAUUCCUAAAAUACUCCAGGAAACGUCUCUAAAAAAAACUACAGCUGGAAAGUCACUUUGUUGGCUCUGACGCAGAAAAGCAGGACCCCUUAUGUGGCUCUGGUGUAGCAGAGUGAGCUUUGUUGUGUAACUUUUCACAAGGCUGUAGUGUUACACAACCAGGUGAGCUCAGAAGAACCCAGAGAGACAGCACACUGAGGUAUCUGCUGGAGAUUUCUAAGGUGGUAGCGUUAGACUUGCUCCUGUCAGAAAGGAGCUGCAUGAUGAAGGCAGACUUCUUGCAAGCUUAACCCACUCCCUGUGAUUCCUGAACAUUUAAGGCCUGUUUGAUUGUGACAGAGCAGGGAAAAGGCCACACUUGAUCUGCUUAGUUACUCAGUGAAUCUUUGAAUUGCUCCUGGGUCUCUGAGAGAACACACAGUUUAAUCUCUGUUAUUGCAGUCAAAGCCUGAUGAUGGAGACCGCUGAUCAGAGCUCAAACAAUUUUUCAAAUGAAGAGAUCAUGAACUUUAAAAUGAAGAUAAUACUCUUAUGUUGACCUUUAUUUUAUCGGUGCAUUAUUAUUACAGGACCAAAUAGCAAGUAUAAUUUAUUGUACUUGAAUAAAGAUGGCUGUUAUACAUUUUUGUAAAAUGAUCUAAAUUUGAAAAACAUAUAUUUCUUUAAUCACAUUUUCACGUUGAAACUCGAGUUAAUAUCUUUGUUUUAAAAGACAAAAAAAUAUAACAAGAUAUUAGUCCCAUCUGUUCAUUGCUGCUUCUUUAAAACAAAUCAAAGCACAAACAGCUUCAUCAUUUUCACAUCUCUGUUUGCUUGAUGGAUUUGACUCCAUUUUUAAAAUAAACUCUGACUGUCCAAUUUUGUAGUGGCUCUUUUAACCACCUAAAAAAGAUUUUUUGUUCUGUACAGUACAAUAAAAUAGGACACAGUAUAAUACAAUACAAUAUUACAUGAUAUGAUACGAUACAUUACAAAAGGGUAUGACACAAUCCUUUACGAUAUAAUUUUAAAAAACAGCAGAAAUUUCAAUAUAAUAUGAUAUAGUCUAAAACUGUGCAAUACAAAAUGACAUGAUACAGUAUAAUACAAUAUGCAAUGCUAUGACGCAGUACUGUACAACUCAAUAUGAUAUAUGAUUCCAGAUACUUGAUAUACCGCUACCCAUAACAAUAGUUUCACAACCCAGCAUGUCAAAAAGAACCUUUAAAUGAAAAAUCACAAUAUCAUACAAACUAAAGAAUAUGAUUUGCCUCUAAAAGUUCUAUUAGAUUGGAUAUAACUUUAAUUAUCCUUUGGGGAAGGUUCCCUCAAGCAAAUUAAGCAGCAUUUAUACCAUCAGCACUGGUUAGAGUCAUGAGGAUAUAAGGUGGUGAGUCUGAAUGCUUUGUAUCCAUAAUAUGAUAAAUGUUUCCCAUUAAGCAGGAUGUUUGUAUAUCAACCUUAUCAAACCAGGUAAAAAAAGUUACAAUCAAAGACAACUUUGGAGCUAUUAUACAUUUUUUCUUUGGCGACUCAAAUGCAAUGAAACCUCAACUGAAAAAAUAAAAAAGGAGAGAGACUAGAAAAUAAUUUGAAACAGCAGAAGUUUGGAAAGCUAUAGCUUUCAAAGCAGAAGGCAUGCUGGGUAAAAAGAGAAUGACCUGCAGUGCAUCCAUAUCAUGCUGCCUUUACUGUGGCAAAAAGCAGGAUUAAGUGCUGUAUAUAAAUAUAAAUAAAUCGGUAUAUGAAUGAUUUUUGGAUUAUUUCAGCACAGCUACAGGAUUAGAUUUUAGGGCUGAUGUAUUGUUUGAAGGAUUUGAGGCUUGACUCAUGGCAUGCAUGAUUGAGUCUAAAUGAUAUAGCUGCUGGUUAUGGGGAGAUAAGUGCAGCUGACUUAUCUGGGACAACGCCAGAUUAAUGCAUUAUUUACAAAUGUGUCGUCACUGUCUCUGUUUUGCUCUGAAUGAAUUAACCAAUGAGAUCAGUGACCGGUGUUUGGAGUGGCUUUGUUUUAUCACAGCAGGAGGUAAUGGAAAGUUUACUUUUGACAUCUGUGUUUAUUUCGCAGACUCACGGUGCUGUAUGAGUACUUGUUGUGCUCAGUAUAGAAAUUCUUCUACAUUGAUAUUGUGAAUUUUAAUGCAGUGGACACUUGUUUUUCUUUACAGAGUCUUUAUCAGUUCCAUUAAGGCCUGAGCUUUGACCUAUUUUUUACUUUCAUAUUUGUGCACUGGGUAAGCCACAUCAGCAGCUACUGAUGGCGUUUUGACCUGAAGCUGCUCUAACAUGUUUGAUUCAUUCGUGGUACAGUCAAAAUAUUAGCUUUUUUUUCUGUUUGCAUUGUUAACAGAAGAGUAAAUUAGCAGCAGGACUUGUAUAAGGUCCUCUUCCUUAAUCAAAGCCCAUAUCUUAUUGUGAUUUGACAUUGCUUUGUGUCUGUUUUUUUCAAUUUGCUUGAUGUCUCUUUUUUACUCAGCUCCUUUGGAGUUCUAGCAUCCUUAAUUUUAUGUCUUCCGCUCUCUGUUGCUGACCCCUAAUCUUAAAUCCAAAUAAAUUAAGAGCAGUUUUGAAACAUCUUUCAAGUUAUUUAGCACUUUAGCUAACUUUUUUGUCAACAAGAGGGAAACUUCUUAAAGAAAUUAUAGAUGUGACGUGUGAUCAGUCCCUGUUGCUGUUUAGAAUAAAUAACCUUUGCCAAGAGGUUUUAACCAGUCAGAAUCAAGUAUUUGACUCAGGUGGGUGACUUGUAACAAAGCCAGGUGAAGACUAAAGCAAAAAAAUAAAAAAAUAAAUAAAGUCGUACCGUGAGUUCAUAUUAGUGUUCCCUAACUCUGGUUCUGACAAGUUAUAAAACAAAGGAAAAUGUAGAUGAACAGCAGCUGAUAGUGAGCUAGCUGUAGCAGCCUUCUGAGAGAUGGUUUCACCUUUGAAAAGUGCGCUUCCUAACCUGUAUUUUUACUGUUUUCAUUCAGUUUGGUAACAUACUAUCAUUUUGUAUACUUCAAAAUAAAAACAUGGUUUUGCGAGUAUACUUCACCACAGUACUACUAAAGUGAUCCAGCGACCACUCUCUUCAAAAUGAUCUUGAUAAACAGUCAGUUCAUAUCAAUGUAAAAAAUAAAAAAAAAAUAAGGCCGGAGCAACACUAAACUCUGACAAGCUGAACACAAUAAAAAUAAUCUGCUCUCAACACCCAUAUCAUGGUUGCUCUCACCACUGUCAAUAGGCGGGAUUAAGUGCUGCUUCUGGGUGAUUUUUGGAUUAUUUCAGCACAGCAUGGGGAUUACAUUUUCAGGAUGAAAUGAGAUAAAUAAACAGGCAAACACUUUGAGGCAGUGGGAAUUCCUGGAGGACGGGCGGCUGCUGACAUGUUUGCUCCUCUGUUUCUGUUUCUCUGCAGACCUCCCAAGUUUCUCAGAACCUCACAUUCCUCUAGUGGCUCGUGAGAUCAUGCAGCGAAUGAUCCGCCAGUUCGCUGCCGAAUAUACCUCAAAAACUUCUCAGGACAACUCGCCCCUGCCCAACGGCACCAUGAAGGACCAAAGCCUGCCGAGAGCGGCGUCUCUGGCCCAGGCCCCCGGCUCUCCGCCUGGGCCCCUGCCCGCACCCAGCUCCCCUCCAUCGUCUGCCUCCUCCUCUCCAUCCCCCACCCCGGGCCUCAGCCCCACCUCAGCUGCUGCUGCCGCCUCAGCACCCGCCUGCAGCAACGGUACGGGAGCCACCAACGGGGGUGGAGCGGGAGGAACGGCUGUUGCCUCUGCACAGAACCCCGUCCUCAGCAAGCUUCUCAUGGCUGACCAGGACGGCCCGCUGGACCUCUCUGUCAAAAAGAGCCAGGACGACCCGGAGCCCUGCCAGCAAGGUGAGAACAACACACACAGACCUGUUAGGAUUUAAGCUUAACACAUCGAGGUCUUGAAUUUAAACUAAAUAUGAUCUGACAAAGUGAAAUUAUAAAGGAAAUAAACAGUAACAAAAGUUAAUCUUGUAGCCCAGCGGGUUUAGGUUUCAAUAAGAACAAACGCAAGAUGUCAGUUUAAGGAGUAUACCUGUAAAGACAAACUUUUAUGAAUAGGUGUGAAUUCUGCUUCCAGGGCUUUCAGACUUAGGCUCUAGUGGACAUUCAAGGUACUGUAGUUUUAGCGCAGCAUCCUGCAUGGCUCACAUUCCUGCAGGUCGCUGCUUGGUCAAACCCAACUCUAGACGACACUAACAACACCUGCUUAAAUCAGUAUCCACAGAGAGGGGUCUUUGUUGACACAGUUCCUAGUUUUGGUUGAUUUAAAACCUUGAAACAAUUUUUUUACACAUCUGGGGUCAACAUGAUGAAUACAUAGAAACAUUUUUUGGCUUUUUCAGCAGAUUUUUUACCAAACAAGAUGCUUUAUGAAACUGGAAACAGCCCCAGCAUUAAGUCUUCAUAGCAGCCAAACUCGCUCAGCCACCUUCUUAUUAACACUCACUGCUUCUGUAAUGUAAAAAAAACUUUAGGUGAUGUAAGUAAAGCAGGUGAUGAAGAGUAGAACUCAUCUCCUUGUCUUCAUCAGAAGGACAGACUUCAUGCUGCACAUGUUGGCUGUGCACUUCAUCAGGUACAGAUUCAUCUCAGGAACAGAUCAUUGAGGCAGCCUCAUCUUUUGGAUUGAGUCUCUGCAGCACCAUACUGAUCUCUGGAUGUGGCUCCAGGCUCAAUCUGCCUUUAAUCAAAGUAAACCAGCAGGGGGUCUGACUUUCCAUCAACGACAGGCCAACGCUACGGCUGGCUUCGUUUUUUUUUUAACCUCAGUCGCAGUGUGAUCACUCCCUCUUUGUAAUACCAGCUUUUUAGAAUCUGCUUACAGUAAUCCUCCUUAAUUUUUACAAAAAAAGAUUUAGGCAUUUACAUCCACCUCCGGCUCACACAUGAUCUCCUCUUUUUCACGCACACAGAUAAAAAUGUAUGGAGAAGAGCGUUUAGACAAAUUUUUUCCUCUGAUAAUCCAUAAAGCUGGAUCACACGCAUGCACUCUUUAAAAUGAAACAAAUUAUAAAGUAAAAAAAAAAAAAAUACUCCUUAUGCUUCAGCUGUUAUUUUACAUACACAUAUAUGUAAAUGCUGCAGUGAAUCACAGAGAGCUCUGCAGCUCCACUGAGUUUUCAGCCACAUUUACAGUUUGAUUCAGUCUCAGCUGUAAAGGACCAUGCCGAGCAGGUUCAGAUAAAGAACGAAAGUAAACUCUGGUGAAAUAAAAAUCUCCUCUUGAUCUCUGAACGUUUGGAGCAUGUCGACUCUUCAGCGCAGUUUCCAGCGACUCCCAGUAGAAGGAAAAACUCAGUCUGACUGUGUGUGGCUUUUAACUCCUGUGUUGGUGGAUUAUUAAGUGAUAUUUACAGUGAGACUCAGUCAGAAAUAAGAAAUAACUGUUAAAUAAAUAAUUUAAACGCGUGUUAACGUCACUAGAACACAGAGAUCUUAACUGCUCUGCAAAUUUUUCAGUUUUUUUGUCUUUUCUAUUUGUGGUAUUUGUCUGGUUUUGUUACUUAAUAGCCGUGUUAGAUCCUGAUAAGAAACAACAAUCUGAAAUGUAACAGCAAUCCCAAAUGUGAUACAGAAAGUCAAAUAAAACCCAAAAUGUAAUAAGUGACCUAAAAUAUGACAAGAUGCUGAGGCCAAAACAUAAUAACCUUCUGCCCAAAACGUAAGAACUCGUUACAUUUUUGGUCAGUUAUUACAUUUUAGGGUUUCAUUUCUUUUCAGGCUCAGCACUUUGAUUACAUUAUUGACCAGUUAUUACAUUUCAGGUUUUAUUACUUUUUUUUUCAUUACAUUUUGAGUCGUUGUUAAAUUUCAGAUCAUUGUUACAUUCUGGGCUCUGACAGGACUCUUUCUUCUCUCUCUUGGUUUCUCUGUCACUUUUUUUGUCCUUCUUCUUGUCCCCUUUUUAAUUUUUUUAUACUUUUUCCACUUUUUUUGGUCUCCUCCUCAUGUCCUCUAAGUCUUUCUAAUGUUAUUUUGUCCUUUCUUGUCUCCUUUUUGUUUCUUUGUUUUUGUCUCCUUGUCUGUCAUUUUUGUUUUCUUUCUGUGUCUAUUUUGUCUUUGUCUUCUUCAUAUCUUGUCAAUCUUUCUUUUGUUGUUUUGCCCUUUUUUGCCUCAUUUUACUCUUUUCUGUCUCCUUUUUGUCUCUUUUCUGUCCCCAUUUUUAUCAUAUUUUGUCUUUGUUUUGUUGUCUUUUUUAUCACCCUUUUCUUUCUUUGGGUUUUUAAUCUUUUGGUCUCCCAUUUUUCUCUUUGUGUUUUUUCUCCCCUUGUUGUCUCUGUUGGCAUAUUUGUCUUUUUUGCUCCCUGUAUUCUGUGACUCUCUCUCCUUUCUCUUUGUCGGUUUUGUCCACUUUUUUUGCUCUGUUUCGUCUCUUUUCUUUUCGUUGUUUUGUUUAUAUAUCUUCUUCUUAAUCUCUUCAUUUUGACCCUUUUGUCUUUUUCUCUUCUGUCCCUGUUUUGUAUCUUAUGUUUGUCUUUCGUGUCUCUUUUUUACCCUUUGCUUUAAAGGGGGUUUUUGUCUCUUUUUUGGGGGGUCUUUUUCUCCUUUUUUCUUCUUUUGUUGUGUUUUAUUUUUCUGCCUUUGUAAAGACUUUGUAACUCAGUUUUGAAAAUCGCGCUAUGAAUAAAAAACUAUAAUGAUUAUUGUAAUAAUAAAAAUUAUCGUUAUUAUGACUUGAUGAUUGAACAUCAGUAGGAAGAAAAAAGGUGACAACACUUACUGGUCUUACUGGUUAAAAUUAAUAUCAUUAAGGUCAAAAAAUGACAAUGAAGUGAGAGGACACAUGAUAUUAUCAGAGAUCUUAAAGAAAGUGGUGAAUAGUCGAGGCAUAGUAUUGAGCAGACAGAUCAGAUUAUAGCCACAAAACUCUCAGUCUGUCACUGUCCUAAAUUUAGCUGAAAAACCUGCUGGCCCAGUUCGAUUAGCUUUUAAACCUGGUCGAGCUUUUAGCUGCUUAGAAGUGAGCCAGAGAGCAACAGGAGAGUGAAUCCUGGACCCGAGUUCAUCAGGUUUAAACUCACUGAACUUCAUUGAUGUUACCGUCUGUCCACUGCUGCACCUAUUUAAAAAUCCAUAAGAAGUGAGGAUGUAAACCUCCCAAUGCUUCAAUCUAAAGUUUUCAAGAUUUUUACACAACCUAAAACAACACGAGAGCUUAUGACUUUUAUAGAGGAACAAACAAUGAAAGUCACCCCAAAUGGACACAGUUGUCGCUGUUUUCAUCACUCAAAAGAGCUUCCAUUGUACCUGAGGUCCUGUUUUUAACCUUUCAAAAUAAAAGCACAUUAAAAAAAUUACAUACAAAGCAACCUUAGUCAGGGAAAAUUGCAAAAUAAAAAAGAAGAACGAAAAGCAGCUGCAUGAGGCAGUUGAUUGCAUAAUACAGGGGUUAUUUUCUCACAGAAAUCCUUGUUUGGGUUAAUUUAAGAGAUAUAAUCAAUGCAGCCUGCAGGGCUUACAAAUGCUGACCUAUAAAUAUUAAAUUUACUCUAAUAUUGGAAGAAUCUGAUUUAAUGCAUCUGUUGCAUCAUUCAUUUUAAUCAGGAGGGCCUGAAAAGCAUUAUGAUUUAGUCAUAGUUAAUCCCUUGAAAGUAUAAUAUACUGUUUGGAUUUUUCUUUUAUGUCGGAAAUUUUAUUCUGAUGACAUUUGAACUAUUAAAAUGGGGUUUGGCACACCUCUUAGUUACCUCUGUUACAUGGUGGAUACCACAUCCAUGUCUGCACAGUUAUGGUGCCCAGCAGCACCUCUGAUGGUGUGAUACUUGUUUAUAUGUCUGUUUGUGCAUAUGUAAUAUAGCAAACACAGUAUCUGAUAAACAUCUGAACAUUUGUACUGUGUUGGUCUGAGUUGCAGGUCAUGAUCUGAUUAGCAUUGGAAGAGCCAUUCUGCAUUAAUCCGCAUGUUUACUGUAAAAGGAAACUGUUUUUUUAUAAUUUUCCUCCUUUUCUCUGCCUUGAUUUAACACAGAAAUACAAUUACAACCAAGUCAAGCCUACACAAUGUAGCUUUAAGAGUGAAUGUUUCCAAGCCUCAUGAAGACCUUAUCAGUGAAAUCUCUAUUUCAGCAUCUGCAUUUUGAUUAUGUUCAAAUUGUGUAGCCAAAUUUAUUUGUAAAUACCUGAUAUUUACAUUUUUAGUUAUAAAGUGCAGUAUUAAGCACAAACUACUAAUAAAACAACGCAUUCUAGAUUUUUUUUCUGCUUCUUCUGGGUCAUGCAGAGCCUGUUUUUCAUCUUUAUAUCACCUCAUGUUUUAUUUUUGGUCCGAUUAAACAAGAAAAGCCCCUAAAGAUUAGUGAGUCCUGUGCCCGUAUAGGGCUGUGUGGGUUAGAGGGGUCAGGAGGUCAGCUGCACUCGAGGGAUUACAGCAGCAAAAUACACAGAGACAAACACAGACUCUGUUCAUGAAUUUAUAGGUUUGCAUUUGUGUAAGUGCUGUGUUAUUUAAAGCUUUAUAAAAACACUUAUAACAUGUGAAAACUGGAUUUUAAAGGCCCGUUAUGGAAGUUUUCAACCAUAAAGGAUUCUCAUUUUCCACAAACCCACUAAAAUUGAAAAAGUAGAUCCAUUUUUUGGACUCAAAGCAGUUUUUCUGGUGAUGCAGGUUGUGUGCGUGUGUCUGAGUUGAUCUGACAGAUGUACUCACAAAUAAACUGAGAUUUCACACACAGCAUGUUGCCAGCAUAUUCUCCAGACUUCAUCGCUAAAGUGUCACACAGAGUCCUCCUGUUCUGGACUGUGCAGGAUAUCUCAAGUCUUUUUUUUCCCUCCUCCGGUCAUAAGACGAAACAGAAGUUACUUUUAUAUGCAGAAAAACAAGCUGCACGCUGUUGAUAUGAAUUAGAUGGUGUUUUUUUUUCGUGGAUAAACAGAUGAAGAGCAGUGAUUUCUCGCUGUGGCUGAAAGGUUUUAAACAAAAAUUCAGUUUUGUGCUGCAGGGACUGACAUUGUUUUGUUUGUUGAAAAUGUUCAUUGAGUGUUAUUUGACCAUCUAGCAGAGGGAAAGCGUGUUUAGGUACUAAGACUUCCCUCUGUUUUUUGUACGUUUAUAUAACCGUGCUGCUGACCGUGUCUUUUGAAGUGUUUUUCUGAAUCCUCAAAGUGGUACUACUUGAAGGAUUGAACCACAGCUGUGUUAAAUCUUUUUUUCUCUUUUUUUUCCUCAGACGGCGUCCUGGACCUCUCCACCAAGAAGAACCAGAGCGCAGGCAGCCACAAAACCGGCUCCCCCCCUGCGCCUGGGGUCAAAGGGUAAGACAACAGGAUUAGUUAAACUGGUCCCUGUUGGUCUUGUGCCUAAAACAACAAUGAAGAGGUUCAAACAGCCUCUGUUAUUGUGUUUCUGCACGACAGCAGAAAGCCCUUAUCAGUGUUACAUUUAACACUGUGUGGAGACUUGACCAGAGGUGAAGAGGUUUGGCUCAGAUUCAGAUUCAGAGCUGUUUAUAGAUGCUAAACCACAGCUCAGCUUGUGUAGUGAGCCGCACAAGUUUAUUUUACUGCAAAUGAACAUCUUCAAAUGGGGUGCUCCAUAUUUUGAUUCUUUUUCUUGUAUAAAAUAGGAUUUUUUAUUUAUAUGUUUAUUAAAUUUUCCAGAAACAAAACAAGAACACAUGACAAAAAAACAAACAUAAAAACAUACAUUUGGCUCACACACACACACACGUUUAAGUUCAAAUUUAUACAGGCAAGAGAUUCAGAGGUCAUCUUAUGCAAAUAAAAUAAGUAAGUAAAAUAAAAGUAAAAUAAAUCAAGUGCACGUCGUCAUGCAUAAUACGUUCAUAUGUUCAAAGAAAGGAACAUAGAGGCAAAAACAUUCAUAAAAUAUGACGUCAUUUUCGAGGCAGCAUGUUCAUAGCUAUGAUACAAACCCUUUUGCAAGAAUAGUAGAAAUAUUUAAACCAACAUAUGACAAAAAGGGUUCCCAUGUUUUACGAAACACAUCGUCUUUGCUGUGUAGUUUACACGUCGGGUAGUCCAAUGGUAUGUACUCAAGAGUCACCCUUUGCCACUGAACCUUGGAUGAGACUCUGUCCACAAUCCAAUUUAAGGAAAAACACUUCCUAGCACAGAGUGCAAGUGUUUGAUGGAGUUUCUUUCUCUAUUUAUCAGUGAUGGACAGAUCAAAUAUGAAGGAUAUACAUAAAGGAUUACUAUUUGUAUAAGUAGAUCGAAUCUUAUUAUUUUCCUGUCCAAUGACUUGCCAGAGCUGUGAAACAGGAAUAAAAAAAAAAAAAAUUCUGGUUUAUAUAGAGCUGAUUGAUUAUGGAUAAACUCAUAAUCACAGUUAUUUUGAUUGAUGUUGAUAUCCUGAUUGUUAAAGAGGAUUAUCCAUGAGUACACAUUUGCAUCACACACACGAAAGCAACUUAAAAACUCUUAAAACCUUUAAAACUUUUAAUCAUCCUGCUGCUCAUCCUGCUCUUAAUCAAGUGUAAGAGAGGGAGGGUGCACCUUAUUUAAUGUAUAGGACGUAACGUUUGACACAGCAGGUAGCACCAUAUAGAUCAGUCUCAUUUUUUUUGUAUUUUUAAGAUUGUAACAAGCCACGAUUAUAAUCAAAAUCCACUCAAUUGCCAAGCUCUAGGUUUAAAUCAGCGCAUCAGUUUUAGAGUCUUGGUGAUGCACCACUUUACCUUUUCAGUUUAUAGCCAUACUUUUUUUGUAACUUAAACUACAAAGAAAAAGAAGUCCAAUUAACCUUGGAUUGACAAUUUGACACCACUGUACCUUUUUAUAAGUGUAAGUAUGGGAGGACUCAUACUUCAUGAUACCACACCAAUAAUUAGUGAAGGACGUCCUCUAAAUGCUGCCGUAAUAUCACUGUCAAAUAUGUCUCUCAUUAUGUUGUAUUAGAUUGAAAGGACUGAUAGGAGCCAUGCAAAAUUCGGCACUUUAAAUGUCACCUGUCACUCUGAAAAGUAUUUUAAUUACUUGAUACUGAAAGUAUUUAACACCCUAAAGGUCACCACAUUAUGCCGAGACUGAAUCUUGUUGGCUUUAGACCCCACUCUGAGUGAAAACCUCAUUUGGACUGGCAGCAGAGUGUCCACUUAUGUUGCCUUAGAACCGGGUUUUAGUGUUUGGAGCCCAAAAAGCUGCAGUAUCAGCUCCACUCCUGCAGUUUAUGUUACCAUCAGACUCUUAUGUACCUGAGCCUUGCUGUCAGGUCUUAAAGGGAUAAUUUGGAGUAAAAAAUGCCACUUUUACAAACAAUAAAUAGAGCGUCAGUACUUUUAGGCCUGAUAUCUUUGUGGUACAUGAAUGCAUCACAGCACAUUUAGCAAAUUUCAGCACAACCACAGAGCAGCUAACAAGAGACGUUAAAUCAAAUGUGGUAACUGAGAGAGAGCAAACAGAAAGGACAGAGACAUUUUCAUCAAAGAUGCAUGAAGUGAAGAUGAGCAAAACAAUGACUUCACCGCUCUGAAGCAGCAGCAGCACGGGGCCAGUGAAGGCACCAAACAGAAGGGCAGUUUGUGAGACUUUUGAUCACUGUGGCUCAUGAAUUAUUGCAGAAACAACAAAUGUCUUCAAUUUUAAGUAUAACUUUUUGAGUCAAAGAGUUAAAAACAUUUAAACUCAGCUUAUUACACAACGAUACGAGCCUUUUAACGCCUUUUGUAUCAUAAUUGAUACAAACUUUUAUAUACUUCUAUCAAGUCAAUAUGAUCAUAAAUUACUAAAAAAAAAACCCACCUGAAUACAGUCCGAUAGAUGAUAAAAAUGUCCUCUUGUAAUUUAUAAAUUUCCAAAAACAAUCUAAUGUAUCAAACAAGAUAAAUAAAUAUAUUUAAUAAAUUUUAAGGACAUUCUGAUUUUUGGGGGUUUUCAGUAGUAAGUGAAAUAAACAUUUCAGCUCCAAAAAAAUGUGAAUUUUCUGGCCAUAAUUUGUGGUGUCAGGAAUUAUAGGGCUACUAUUUCUGAUGAAUAAAGAUCAUGAUAGCCUGUUUUCUAGACUACUACUGUGAAACAUCUCUGCUUGCAUAAUUUUGCUUUAAUUGUCUUGUUAUAUUAGAUAUAUAAAUAUACUGAUCAUUGGACCAGUUGUUGUGCAUUUGAAUUCAAAGAUCUAAUCAGUGGAGCGCUCAGCCUGGUGGUUGAACUGUGGCGUCAGGGAUCAGUGAGUGCAGCUGAAUCGUGAGUCAAUCAAUCAAUCGAUCAGUGCCAAUUCACAAUUAAUAUUAUUCAAGACACUGAACAGAAAGAUCUGGUUCAGACCAAACUCUGUUUACAAAGACCAACUUACAGAUGGGAUCAGACUCAGCCCUUUCCUUAAGAGCAGAUCAAGUUACAGUGGAAAGGAAAAAACUUCCUUCACAGGCAGAAACCUCGAGCAGAACCAGACUCAUGUUGGACAGUUCUCUGCUGAGACUGAGCUGGAUUUAAAGAGGGGAGAGAGGGGGAUGAAGAAAGAGAGAGAUGGAGAGAGACAAAUUCACAACACUUCAAACAGAUGCGUGGUUUUAGAGCCAAAAAUAAGACCUGGAUUGGGCAAUGGUGAGGAGCAUAUCGAGAAGCGGGGGCUUUUGCGGUUGUUUCUGGCUGCUUGUAUGUUGUAAUUGCAAUAAAAAUUCUUCUGUAACAGGGGAUUUCUGGUGAAAACCCAUGACUAGCAGGUGCAAGCAGCAGUAACAUCAGUUUACGGGAGUAUCCUGAACAGGAAAGCGCACAAAAAGAAGGCCAUGUGCUGCUGCAUCUGUGCAUGCCUCUGUAUUUCAAAGUAGAAUGAUUGCACUUGGAAGCUUGGUUGAAGUUUUUAAAGUGGGGUUGCGUGAAGUGCUUGUCAUUAGCAAAUGUACACUUUCAGGAGAUUCUUCCCCGCUCAGCCUCUUUACUGAAAAACGUACCAUUAGAAAGCCCAUCCAUUAUAGCGCUAUUCUCAGACAUGCAGGACAGAUACAUGUUCUCUCACCUGUAGCGCAAUGAUCAGCUGAUAAUGUCUAAAUGGAGAAAUUUCUGCAUCAGAUUUUUUUUUUUUUAAAUUUUCGCAAGAAAGUCUGAAAAUGUUGGGUGAUAUAGUAAUGGCUGUAGACCUUCCCAUCCUGUCUGAAGCCACUGUAAAAGAAGCAAGUCUGCAGCAAGGCGGUUAUCGUAACAUCAGGCAGUGCUGCAUUGGGCAUCAGCUGUGUGAUUCAAAAGCUGUGGUGUGAAACUUAAAACAGGAUCCAUCUCCAAAAGAGGGAGUAUUCUUUGUUUGCAGCAAAAGUAAAUGAAAUUCAAGUAGAGGCAUCAAAAUAGUUUGAUUGAAGCCUGUAAUAAUUCUCUCAAACUGAAAGACCACACUAAUGCCAAGAAAGACAAAAAUGACAAAAGAGUGUCAUGCAAGUCUUCCUCUCUCUCCAGUAAUAUGCGUAUCUAUCACCAGUUGCAAAAACGCUAGAAACAACCCGUAUAGCUUGUAGUUCGAGCAUUGACUUUCAGAAAAUCGACUUUGUGGGAGCUGCAAAGAGAACCUCUGCAGGUCUUAAAGGGCCGUGGCCCCACUUGGUCUCCUAACAAUUUGGGGGCGAACACUUCGAUCCUCUCCCUAUCGUUCACAGACAAAUUCUGCCAACGCCUCCCACCUUUUAUAUCACACUUUUUUUCCCACACUUGAUCAAUAAUUGAACUUCAAUCAAUCCCAUGACGAUGCUGCACAUACUCCUGUGCAGGUAGUUCUAUUUUAGACCCCUCCUACGUCCGACCCCUCAACCCCUGAGUGAGGGGUCAGUGGCUUUGGGUGUCAAACAGUAAAGAGGCUUUUACUACUUUCUCUAUUCCUCUCCAUGUCUGCGCCUGUAUUGACAAUCCUCAGCAUUGCAGCCUGCUCAUUUAUUGAUGAACAUGUAGUCUGCCUUUAAGUCAUGUUUGAAUCCGUUCCCAUCGUACUCUUGGCUCGUCCACUGAGAGCGGAUGCACAAUCGACACUAAUCGUGGCUGCCUUUUCCUAGAAGACUUUUGAUCUAUAAGUCAAAGAUAGAUUUGCAAAAGUUCACUGCACCAAGCUCCCAAAUGCAGGAUUUGCAGAUGUGGAAGAUGUGGGUCUGAAUGUUCUUCAACCACCCCGUGGGUAGCAUCUCUUGAAAGCAGCAGAACACACCUCCAACACAACAGAGGAUCCUUCGGCUGAAAUCUUUGACAACUACAGAAAGGAAGAUUUCUGCCUUUAGAGGAAAUAGAUAAGAAACAUUAAAAAAUCGUUUUGAAAAGCAUUUAAAGGUCAUUUUGGAUUGAUUUAUUCUUUUAAAUGUUCCAAAUUAACUGCAGUAACAAAUCUCCUUCCACCAUUCCUAGUUGGCUACUUAUUAAUAUCCUUUUUACUGUAGGCUUGAAAUGCUGGUCCUAUAUUACUGCUAUUUGCCACCAGCUGAAGCUGUAGCUCAGUGACACCUUCUGUGGUAACGCUAAAAUGUUCUGCUGCUCAGAUGUCAACGAGUACACAUUAAAGAUAACAUGGCACAGUUAGUCAGAUUUUUAAGAGAAAGGUUUAGCCUGGAUUCUCAGUGACCAGAGUCAUUUGUAUGUGAGCAUGUGGACAUUGACCUGCAAUGAGGCACAGAGGUUUGUGGUGCUGGCUCUGCUAGUGUUAGCCACAUCCUGCUAACCAAUUUGACAUUGUUCACCUGCAGCCUCUCUGAUCAGGUGUUUAGCUAUGUUGGAUAAACUUAGGUUUGACUGUUUCCAGAGUGUUUUCUUACUUUUGUCAGAUAGUUCAGGUCUUCAUUUCGAAAUGAAUCCCUUUGAAGCAUCUCUGCUGUUUACACCCUUUGGUUACUAUUAAAUGCAUCUUGACUAGUCGGAUGACACACAAUGAAUACUGCUGGCUUCUAAAUCAAAUUUUACCUUUUACAUUGUGAGAUAUAGCCAGCUGACACAGACAAAACCCAGCACAGUGAAGUUUUUUCUGAUGUGGGCUUGAAAGACAAGUAGAUACAUCACCUCAAAACCCUCAGGAUGGGACUGUGUCUUUUGCCUAAGGGGUGUUAAGGCCCCAAAAACCCUAAGGGCCCCAGCUUCAUUGGGCCUCUUGUGAUCAGUUCAUGUAAUAUUAAGUACAGCGGCAGACAGAGAGUGUAGAUCCACCUUAAUCAAAUCAAAUCCAUCCAUCCAAGACAGAGGUUAGUGUGAGGGAGGGAGAAAAAGAUUGUCUCGAUCCAGAUGUCGUCUGUCGGACUGGAGCCUAUAAGGGUAUUUCUUUAACUGAUAAGGGCUCAAGAUCAGUUACGAGCUGAUCACUUCACCACAAUCACUGACUUCAGCUGUCACUAACCUAGCCCAGUUUUUUGCAGGUUCAAACCUGUGAGUAACUUAGCAUGAGUGCCCCUGUUUUUAAAAAGUCAGCAAUGUGAAAAUAUAUUAAACUAAAAGGUGGAAAAAGUCCAACCGUUUGUGAGGUAUUGAAUUCAACGGUAGGAGACUGUGGUGUGUUCAUGUCCUCAUUUUUUGAGGUGUGUUUCCCUGAAGAGUUACUGUAAGCUGGUUGCCAUUGUUGUUUGGAAGAAUUAAAUCCGGGUCAACCUGCCACACCACAAAACUGAUACGACCUAAAAGAAAAGCUGUCAGCAUAUGUCUGUGUGAGUUAAAAUAACACACUCAAUAUAUGCAAUAUAUGUCCUAACAACAGGGGCGUGCCAGACCUUUUUAGAUGAGGGGGCCCAGCCUCUGCACGGACACUGCUGGGGUGGCAUGAAGCAUGUGAGCCCAGAUACAGAUAAAUAGUAUUUGUUAUUGAUUUUAUGAUAAUUUUAACACAAGUCAAGACUUAAAGCCAUAAAUUAUGACUGAUGGAUUUUUUUCUAUAUUGUUAAUUUUUGGAGAGGGGGGGUUUGUCCCUGUAAAGUAUCCCUUGUUACAAAAAUCUUGAGCUGAUGAAACUAAAACUAAAAAUUUAAAAAAAUGAAAGCUGAAAUUAAAAUUCAGCAUCAAAAAUAAACUUAAACUAAUUAAGAAUUGAAAACAAAGAGCCAAAAUAAGACAAAAUAAAUAACAACUGAAAAUGUUAACAUUUGAUAAACUCAAACAGUUGACUCACUUUAGGUGCAUGACGACACUAAGACUUGCUAAAAAGUGGAAAAGUCAGGUCUCUAAAUACCGUUUAGCCCUGCACAGUGUACAGAUGAGCGACACACAUUUUUUUAGAUGUACAAAUAAUAAUGUCCUGAUUACAGCCAGCUUUGUUUCAUAUGGAGAUCUUUCAUGCAUGAAGUUAAAUGUGAGAAAAAUUACCUGUAUUUUCCGUAUAUCUGAAAUGUGCUAAUCACUCUAAAUGUUAUUCUUCCCAGAUUAAAAAAAAAGCAACAGGACAUUUAUAGCUCUGACUUUUCUUCUUUUUUUCCAGUGAGAACAGAUUUCUUUUUUCAAAGUUGUUUCUGUAAAGAAAAUAUUACAGUGUCUGAUAGAAAUCUAAUCAGUGUUUAUUGAUGAAUGUGUAAAAUACAUUUGUUCACUGAUGGUUAAAAAUGCUCCUCCCUAAAAACCUACAUCAGCCACAGCAUUCAUAUAUGGAUGUGGAGGGCAGAGAGAUUGUACAGUGUGAUGCUGAAACACGCCAUCAUUGUGCCUCACCAGGGAUGCCAUAUUGAAUUUAUUUACUCUGCUUUUUUUUCCUUUUCCUGCUCAGGCUGAAUCCUUAGAUCCAGCGUUAGUGUCUGGCACAGCCUCCCUGAUGACUGGAUGCUUACUGUAACAGAACGCUCUAUUAGUGUAGACUCCAAAGCUGCUCAUUAACCCUGUAUUGUUUUCAACGAGCCCUCGACCGCCCACUGCGCUAAUCUGUCUUUAAGCUCCUGCUGAGGACUCCCCACAUUGCACAGCCAGUCGCACUGUAGCUCACCAGCAUACGCCUUUUCACCAGCAUCCAGCAUCUCCCUCAAGUUUCUUCUCCCCCAAGCCAUCCAUCCGCUGACUUGACAAGCUAUUUCCUAUUAUUAUGAGGCCAAGGGAGAAUUGAGGAAAAAAAGCUUUUCUACUGUUGCUAUGGUUACUUUGCAGUAAGAACAUUCAAGGCACUUUGCUCAAAAAUGUAUAUUUACACGGUGGAGAUGGUUUCUAGAUAUUUAAAUCAGUGAAAUGUGAGCGGCUUGAACUAAAGGCAAGCUUUAUGCUCUGAUUUCACCUUACAUAGACUUAUUGUUAGAGCAGAAAAGUCUAAAAGUUUGACUGGAGACUGAUUAAAAGAAACCAUGUCUGUUUCCACUCCCUUUUAGAGUCUCUUUGUGCUGUCACAUUUCCAGAUGAUUGUAAGGGUUGGCAAAGUUCCCCCAAGUUUCCCAACUCAGGCUAAAGGGGGCGUUCUGAGUGACAGAUCGAACUGGCUUUUCAAGAUUUCUAAGAUCACCAUAUACUGCACCACCAUGGGGUCCAGGCACAGAUGUAAUUUGUGGGGGGCACAGGAGACAUGCUCCCCCCCAUACACACACACUUUUAAAAGCCUGUUUUGGUCCCCUGCAGUCUUAACCGUCUGAAAACAAUGAUACUUUACACUAUAGCAUAUAUACAUAUAUACAUUACGCACUAGGACCAAACGACAACUCAAGCCGAAAACUGGUUUCCCUUGGUUUGGACCGCCCACAAGGUCCUUGAUUGGCUCUGCCACAGGGCCGCUUUUUGUGUGUAACUGGCUAUUCCUGCUGUUAGUCAUUCCAUGCCCGUCAGACGAGUGUCUUGCAAGUUGCUCGUAAGAGUCAGUCCAUGAACAUCGCUAUUUGCCGAUGUACGUUCACAGGAGGGCGGCAUUCAUUUUCCCCCUGUAACGUCACAUUCAUCAAAGGUUUCAUUUACAUUCCUGUAUCUGGUUUAUACUUCUAUCCACCCGUUGGCCCUAUUGCCUCCUCUGUUACUGUGUGUACAAAAUGUGCUGUUUGCUAGGCUAUAUUUCUUAACAGUACUCAACAGUCCUCAAGUCACAUGUGUGUCCCCCCCCCACCUUUGAAAUCAAAAUUUCGUCCAUGGGUCCAGGUUAGAGUGCUGACAUGCAGUAAGCAUCAUACUCCAGUCAUGAGAGUCUAUUUAAGAUCCCUGACACUGAUAUUAAUCUGUCCCUCUUUUCUCUCCAUCCAGGCGUCCUUACAAAGUUGAGCGUGCCUUCUCUGAGGUGGAUGAGGAGGACGGUCUGCUGCAGAGAAGCUUGCAGGACGGGCUGAGGGAGAAUUACGUCAACUCCAACUCCUUCAAGCCUCCACUGGCUCGCUCACUGCGCAUCAAGGAAGAGCUCCUCAGCCAGAAGCACCGCCUCCUGAGCCAGCCUGCUGCUCUCUCAUUGGCCAAUCUAGAGUCAGCCGGCUUGCUCAGUCAUCGGCAGUCCCACUCCUUGCUCGGCCAGAAGGGUUCCUCCUCGUUCUGGGGGAGCAAGGCCCACCUGGAGAGCCUGUUGAAACUAAAGCAGGCCAGUGGAGCUCUGAGUGGGGCGCUCAGCGACCUCAAAGACCUGCCAACAUUCCUGGAGAAUCACCACCACCUUGUCUCAUACAAGAGUUCCCUCCAUCACCACCACAAUCAGGUCUCCAAGGCCCAGCACCACCACAAUGAGGGGAAGAGAGACCAGGGCCACUCCCCUCCUGUCGACCUCAAGAUCCCCCAGGUUCGGGGCAUGGAUCUCUCCUGGGACUCCCAUGCGUCUGAGCUGUACAGCUAUGGCGCCAUGGGGGUUGGGGGUGGUUGCCAUGGAGAGAAUACUCUGAACCGGAAGCUGAGAUCCAUCCUACCGAAGCAAAACCACCGUGGAGGAAGUCUCGGAAGCCUGUUGGAUGGGGCAGCUGACUACUGGAGCUCUGAUCUGGACCACUCUGGUUCUGGGCCAGCGUACUCAACCUCUGAUGUGGAAGGCGACCCAAACUCCAAGCAACCGAGGAAGAAGAGAGGCCGCUAUCGGCAGUACAACAGCGAGAUCCUGGAGGAGGCCAUCGCAGUGGUGAUGAGUGGAAAGAUGAGUGUGUCCAAGGCUCAGAACAUGUACGGCAUCCCACACAGCACCCUGGAGUACAAGGUCAAGGAGCGUAUGGGAACCCUGAAGAACCCCCCAAAGAAGAAGCUCAAGCUGAUGAUGAAGAUGGAAGCAACGGCCCAGGAUUAUCCCGCCAAGUCGGAGAAUACUCCCACCGCAACCCCGCAGGACGACGGCCAGCCACUGGCAGCUGCUGAGCUCAAGGACAAUGUCAAAGAAGAGAUUGAUGACAAUUUCAAGCCAAUCGACUAAACAACUCACACAUGUAAACCUCAGUCUAAUGACUUAAGUAAUUUAAAAACGGAUGGGGCUUUAUUUGUGCCAAUUUCCUUUGCAGUAUCUGGGUGAGCACAAACGCAGGGAUAAUAUAAGGAGGAUUCUUAAAACAAACUGGAGAUAACUAAUCAGAUGGUUUUUAACAAGCGUUGCAUUGGCAACACUUUAUAAGCAUUUGUUCGGCCUUUGUGUCCAGGGGCUCAACAAAUGCAGAGAAGGACACGAGUAGAUGACAAUUGAUGAAAUUCCCAUUAGCAUGCUGAUAAUCCCCGCCCAAAAACCCAAUC